AUGGAAGCGAGAUGGGUUUUUCUGAACUUUCCGUGGAACUAAUCAAUCUGUGUUUUUCACAAAAUUGAUUAUUGUCAAGAAGUCAAAGUGAAUUUAAAAUUUAAGGUUAAAAUAAAAGUUAGGGUCAAACAUCAAAAAGUUUUCAGUUUGGCUAUUGCAAAGAAUAAUAUAUAGAUAUAUUUGAAUUAAUUGGAUGAUUUCAUAAUUUCACAGGAUUUAUUACUUGGUGUCGGAUAGUUGGUAGUUUUCUUGCACCAGUUUAACAAAUAAGCAUAAAAUCCAAAAUGACAUCCCUCAUAGUAUAUGUAAUAUUAUUAAUAGAUAUUACUGAUAACAAUAAUUACAUUUUAACAUAAAUAAUGAUAAUCAUCAUUUUUGUAGCUUUAUUAAACUUACUAAAUGUGGUUAUUUAUAUACCUUGUUAGAGGAGGAAAAGUUGGAGCAGGUAGUUAUGGAAGUUAUUGCACAAUACACUAAAUUGUUUAUGUUUAUGUAACAGUCAGAAGACAAAAACGGAACUGAAAGUAAAAAGUGAAAGUGUUUCUGCCGGACGGAUUAGAAUGUGACACAGCAGAAAGCGUGGAGGAGGCAGGAGCACUGGAACUUGUCAAGGUAGUUAUUAGGGUAACAGAACUGGGCAAGGGUUCCAAGGCAGACAACACAAAAUGGUUAAAUGAUGUGUUAGUGUGCAAUAUGUCUACAAGGAGCUUGUGUAGUUGCCAGCUUAGUGUGAAUUUUUACAGAGUAGGCAUUUAACCUGUUAGAAAUGACAUACUUGUAUAUCUAUAUGUAUCUCUGUGUGUGUGUGUGUGUGUGUGUAUAUGUGUAUAUAUAUGUAUGUAUAUGUAAUCUCUUCAGUGCAGUCAUCUGUAGUUUAAUAAAUUCUUAUUGACUACAUGUUCAGUAACUGAUUUUCUUUUUAUGUUUUUAUUACUAAAGUUAUUUUUUGUUGUUUGUUUAGUUUAACAUAUAUAUACAGUAUGGUGUUGCUGUGUUUACUAAUCUUCAUUGGUAUCUCGUUUGCUAAGAAAUAUUAGAUGUUAAAGGGUCAAUUGCAAAGAACUCUUGCCUUCACAAUUGCAUUUGGUAUUUUAGAUUCUUGUGUAGUUUUCAUUCUUGUUAUGCUGAGCUGGACACUCGGGAGUUUGACAUUUAACAUGCUUCCUUGUACGUAUACGUUUACAGAGAAGUCAUGUGUUUGCUUAACUUGUUACUAUUAAAAAAAUUAAAUAAAAAAAUAAGCUUUGAAUUAGAAUUCAUUGUUGGGACAUGUGUGUUGAAAAGGUUAAAGUUUGCAAGCCUGCUUUUGCAAAUAAUAAUAUAGUACCGUGAACAAACCAUAAAGUGCCUUAGCAAAUAAAUAAAUAAAAAGAAUACAUUAUUACUUAAAAAAAAGUGUAUUUUCCUAAAAUAAGAUUUUUGAGAAUCAUAUUGUGGAAUUUGGAAAACAGAACCGUUAAAUGUUGACAUAAUACUUAUAUGUAUUGAUUAAUCUUAUGUUAUCGAUAAUUGCCCCAACUAUAUGCCUGGUUUAUGAAUUUGCCGCUUUAGGCUUUUUAACAUUUGAUUUUACGGUAUUAUCUGCUGUAGCCUAGUGAAACAAAUGCAUUCCGAAGUCAACGGAGUGUCUGCUUCCAUGACUGUAUCAAGAGAACUUAGUAGCCUUUGACAUUAGAAACAGGCUGUUCUAAUUGCAUAAUAAAUCACAAUUUAAGUUUGACCGAUUUUACUUUAGUCUCUUUAAAGUUUGAGGCCACAGUUUUUCAGAGCCUGUCCCUUUCCUGUUCGGCUAAUUUGGCAAUUAAGGUGAAAUUCACUUUGAAUUCCCUUUAGUGAAUAACCAUAAAUAUGUACUGGAAUACAUACAUUUAGGGACAGGAUGCAAUCUUAAUUCAGUUUUCACCCGAUUCAAUCCUGUUGCCAUUGAGCCAGGAAAGAAUAAAGAAAUCCAAUUGCCAGCAGAGGCUCCAGGGUACCAUUUCACCUUUAAGCAGCUUACUGCAUGCGUCGGGGGCAGCAGACAUUUACUCAUGACAGUCAAUCAAUCGCUUCUUUUGUGUUGAUCAUUUACCGACAAAUUACUAUAAAAAACAGGAUUAGAGAAUGUUGGCCAUCAGCUAAUGCCUCCUAGUAGGCCUUCUGUGAUUACCUCCAUUAGUUGGAUUUUCUGGUGUUUGCAGUGAACAGUAUUUACAUGUUAAAGCCUAUGAAAGUAUAUUGUCUCUCCUUUACUUGUUACUGGGGAAUAAAAAGAAAAGAAAAACCCUUAAAAAAAAAAAAUAGAUUCUUUGCAGCUUGAAGAUUUGUAAAAGGAAUACUUUGUCCAGUUUUUCUGACAGCUGUUUUCUGAUAAUAUAUACAAAUAUUCUGUGAAUCCUAUGUGACCGUUAGACAUUAAUUGUAUAGUAAAGAGUAUGUGGCUGCCUUAAUGACUCCGCAGACAAAAUCAUAGCAAUAAUUCUACACAAGGCCAGUUUAAAAAAAAAAAAAAAUCAUUCUUCUAAUCCACGGGAGCAUUACUUGUGGUUUAGCUCUGCCCAUUUGGCUGUUUAGAAGAGGACAUUAAAAUUAUAAAUAUACGUCUUAAUGAUUCCCAAUCUUAAUUUGUGACAAUAUCCUAUACAGAAAAGAGUGGAAUUCCAUGCUGUCAUGGAUGCACCCAGAAAAAUAACAUUUUAGUAAGUUUUGAUGCGUUUUCCUUAUUCCUGGCUAAUCCAUUGCAACAUUACGCAUGACAGGGAUAAGAAUCCUUUGCAACUCCAGUUGUGGAUUACAUCUCUUAUAAUAGUCUUACAUCCAUAAUGCUGGCAAAAUAUCAGGAAAGAUGUAGUCUACAACAUCUGGAGUGCCAAAGGUUGCCUACUUCUUUAGGGAGUUAAAAUGAAAACAAAAUCCAAUGCUGCUCUGGAUUUAUCCAGGAAAAUUAUGACAACUAUGGAUAAUAUUCCCUUAUUCUGUUAAGCCAUUUCCAAUGUUAUUUAUAAUUGGAAUGAGAUGAAUUAAAGCCACAGUUUCUACACCCAUUGCCACUCUGGAUUUAUAUCUUUUUACUGAUUACAUUUAUGGACUUGAUGCAUGCUUCAUUGGAGUUUUGAUACUGUAUUCGGGACUCAAAGUUCCACUUAACCUCUAGACUAGGAAUAGGCAUCCCUUGGCACUCCAGAUGUUGUGGACUACAUCCCCCAUAAUGCUCUUGUAGUAGAUAAUUUACUGCAAACCAAUUAGUUUGAAUGACUAUCUGUUCCUGUCCAAAUUAAAGAUAAUAAAGUUGCGUGCACGCAGAAGUAAAUUCACACUGAGACACAAAGUUCAGGGUAAUGAAAGAACUUCGGAGAAGUUUAAUGGCUUCUGGCAGAAAAUGGGUGCGCAGACCCUUUUAAAGGCAUUAUUACAUCAUUGAAGAAAAUCAAGAUAUAGACAAAUAGACAUUGUUAAUUGGCUUAGGUGCUAAGAUGUUAGUAAAAUGCCCUCCCCAUUCUUAGGUCACUAUCCACGUCAUUUUUAACUCCUCCAGGUUUUAGCGCCAUUUUGCUAACAUGAGGAGCUCACUCGACGGGAGGGGCCUUUUGGCAGCUAUCCAUUUAGAGCGUAGCUGGCACUUGUUAGUUUCUCAAGGUUAGGUUUCAAGGCUUUUAGUAAAUACACAUUUUAUCAAAGCUAUUUCUUGCUGACAUGCAAAUUCUAUGUUCUAUAGACAAGGCUUUCUUGUAAAACUAUGGGGGCCUCUUAGAGGUAUAGCAAGAGGAUUUAAAGGGGCCUUACAGAUUUAUAGAGGCCUAAUAAUUCUACAACACUCUUACACCCGUAUUGCUGACAAAGCAUCAUGGGAGGUGUAGUCCAAAACAUCUGGAGUGCCGAAGGUUGCCUUUGCCUGCUCUAGACUGUAUUGUGUGGAAGUACAGCCCUGCUGAUUAGCAAUGCCUCUUAUUGAGUGUUCUGUGGACCAUCCAAGCUUGCAUUGGCAAGUCAUGUUUCAGCCUGUCUAGUUGCGUAGGACUUAAAAGUUUCAGCCCUGUGAUAUUUCUUACAUUCUGUGAUAUAUGCUUUGUAAUGUCCAAACAUUCUCCAUAUGGAACUUGCAGCAUUGAAUAUAACAUUGACAAUCAUCUGUAAUGUGUGACUACUUUCAAGAGCAAAAGACAAAGUUUAUAACAAUGACUGACAGGAAGCUAAGAUGGAGGCAUUCAAUUGGAGGAAAAUGUGCAGAUUUCUACAUCUCAUUUACAUUUUUAACGUCUCACAAAUGCAUAUUGUUUAAUAUAGGGAUAGGUAAAAAUAGUAUUCACAAUCUCAGUCGCUGAAGGUUUGUUUCCCUUUAAUCUUGCACCAGCCAUUCUUCAAUAUAAAUGAAUCCACCUUCCUGUAGAUUGCUUAUUAACCUUUUUGUGCUUUCAUGAACAUAUGUGCAACAUGUAAAAACAAAUUUUCUUUCUCUAUGUAGUUCCUGCUCUGCUCAGGUCACCAUGAGUCUUGCAUUGCAUGAGCUUCUUCUCUGCUGUCGACAACUUGAAACUGACAAGGCAACUGAACGACGGGUACUAUUUAUAGAUAUUUUUCAUUAUUCUCUUUAUUUAUCAUAGAUGCCAGAAUGCUGGCUGUGUGAAGCUGGCCCCCUACAAUCGGCACAAAUAAAAAAUCAAAUGAAUUUCGUUAGUGCUAUGUUUGUGCUGUUUUGUGCUGGAAAAAUUAACAUUUGUGCUGCUUUUAUUAUUAAAGGGACACUAUAGUCACCAGAACAACUACAGCUUAUUGAAUUUGUUCUGGUGAGUAAAAUCAUUACCUUCAGGCUUUUUGCUGUAAACACUGUCUUUUCAGAGAAAAUGCAGUGUUUACAUUACAGCCUAGUGAUAACUUCACUGGCCACUCCUCAGAUAGCUGUUAGAGAUCCUUCCUGGGUCAUGGCUGCCUAAAAUGCAUCCAAACAUUCAGUAUCUCCUCCCUCUGCAUGCAGACACUGAACUUUCCUCAUUGAGAUUUAUUGAUUCAAUUAAUCUCUAUGAGGAGAUGCUGGUUGGCCAGGACUGUGUUUGAAUCAUGCUGGCUCUGCCCCUGAUCUGCCUCUUUGUCAGUCUCAGCCAAUCCUAUGGGGAAGCAUUGUGAUUGGAUCAGGCUACCACUUCUGAUGAUGUCAGCAGACUGCUUGUUUUCUGAGUCUAACAGCAUGCAGAGUUACAGUUUCAGGCUUGAAUACUGUAAGAUUCUUACUAUAUUUAUAGAGGCAUGAGGGACCCAGGGUGGCUAGAUGGUGGUUUUAACACUAUAGGGUCAGGAAUACAUGUUCAAGAUAAUUAGCGAUUAAAUAAAGCUCACCAAAGGUCAUCCAUCCCUCCUACAACAGCCAAAACACAUGAAUUUGGGCUUGUUGGUUAGUGCUGCAUUUGUGCUGGUUUGUGCCAUUUAAAUCUCAGUUCUAUCUCAUUUCAUUUUUGAGUUAUUAAUUGUGAAGAAAUGCCUUUUUUUACUGUAUAUGCACUCCUUGUAUAUGUUGUCAAUAGCAAUGUUUCCCUAUGGCAUUCGGUAGGUAAAACUACUGAAUGCAGACCACCCUGUCACCCCUGUAUACAGACUGUACCCCCUUGCUGGCUGGAUUACGUUCGGCAGAAGUUUUGCACGAACGGCAGGUCUCGCCGCCAUUUCUGGACUUCCUUGUGUUCGCGGCCAUUUUAGCUCCCGAACAGCGGUGUUUGCCCUUGAAUGUCUGGAACUGAAAACGGACACUCAAACAGGCGAACACCGCUGAAGCCUCCAGACCGUCGGUAAAACCCCUUCCAAACUACCGAACGACCGGGUGUUCGGUAGAAAGACUUACCAACAGAUGGGGAAUCAAGCGAACCAAGGAUGGUAGCUGGAUGGCCGGCCGUUCGGGAGGUUUUUCAUGCAAUCUAAGACCGACUGCAGGGCCAGAAUUCAUGGAACUGUUUUCGGCUACUUUGCCCGUGCAGUCGGUCAAAACUUCUAAGUCCUAUAUCUCCCGAACGGCUGAACCGAAUGGACUGAGUUUUUAAUAGGUUGGUCUCCCAGACAAUCAGUAAGUCCUUGGGGUACAUCCAAACUUUGGGGAAUUUCUGUUACGUUUUAAUUGUGUUUAAUGGUUAUCUGAGGGGAGGAGAUGUACAGUAUGUAUAUUGUUAGGAUUGGAUGUAUGGCUAAUUAUAUGGGAGGCUCCCUUGCAUGGGCUGAAUUCCAUAAAAAGAGCAUGCCUGUCAUUAAACCUUCAGUUCAUCUUUGUACCCUUAUUCUGACUACGUAUGCUGUUUGUGAGUUCGUGUGUUUUACUGUGGGAAUUAUCCAAGAACACUAUUGGAUUUACAAUUGGGAAUUCGUCUACUAUAUUCACUGGGCUCUGCCUGUUCGGGAGGAAACUACCGAUUAAGGUUUAAAUGUACUUGGUUUCCUUACAUUAAUGAUUUAAUAAAGAUCAACCAACCCCCCUACAACAGCCAAAAGACAUGAAACCAGGCUGGUUGGUUAGUGCUACGUUUGUGCUGGUUUGUGCCGUUUACAUUUUUAUUUGUGCUGCUUUGUUUUUUUAGUUAUAACAGUUUUUUUGUGUCCAAUAUAUAAUCACACAGGAUAUAUAUAAAACAUAGGGCACCACAAUCACACAGGUGUGACAAUAAUUACCACUCGAAUUAUAAAUGAAAAAGAAAAAAAUAUCUUAGUAUAGUAAUUUAUUGACAACAAAUAAUAUCAUAAAAAAAAAGUUAAAAUCACAUUAAAAAAAAUGGCAUAAUUAGAAGUACUCCUAAAUUGUGCAAAAGAGCUUGUAAGCCACUAAAUAUAAAGACACAAAAUCUAAAAUCUAUUUUAGCACCUAGUAUAUUACCCAAAAUAAAAUCCACAAAUGAAAUAAAAAAAUUUUUAAGCGAGAAACCAAAAGGCUUUUUUAAGUGUGGCCAUUGCAGCACAUGGAAAUUUCAAGCUUCCAAAACCACUGAGUUUAAAAUUACAGUAACUAAAGAAAAUGUUUAAAUUAAACACUUCAUUAAAGGGACACUAUAGUCACCUGAACAACUUAAGCUUAAUGAAGCAGUUUUGGUGUAAAGAACAUGCCCCUGCAGCCUCACUGCUCAAUCCUCUGCCAUUUAGGAGUUAAAUCCAUUUGUUUAUGAACCCUAGUCACACCUCCCUGCAUGUGACUUGCACAGCCUUCCAUAAACACUUCCUGUAAAGAGAGCCCUAUUUAGGCUUUCUUUAUUGCAAGUUCUGUUUAAUUAAGAUUUUCUUAUCCCCUGCUAUGUUAAUAGCUUGCUAGACCCUGCAAGAGCCUCCUGUAUGUGAUUAAAGUUAAAUUACAUCUGUUUGAAAGUGAAACCAGUUUUUUUUUAUGCAGGCUCUGUCAAUCAUAGCCAGGGGAGGUGUGGCAAGGGCUGCAUAAACAGAAACAAAGUGAUUUAACUCCUAAAUGGCAGUGAAUUGAGCAGUGAAAUUGCAGGGGAAUGAUCUAUACACUGAAACUGCUUUAUUUAGCUAAAGUAAUUUAGGUGACUAUAGUGUUCCUUUAACUGUCAGACAAAAUACUUAAUAUAUGUAUUACAGUGCAAAUGUGGCAUGCGAUUAGAUUUUUAGAACAUUUUAGUGGUAUUAAUAGAAAGAAUUAACCAUUGUGGCAAUUGCAAAGAUUUUAACUUUAAAAAUUUCAUUUGCAUUGGCAUAGAUGUUAUCUCUCCUCAUUGGAGGGGAGGCAAUAUAGAAAAGACUUUAGCAAUGAGGGAGACUGAGUGGAUCCAUAAAUUAAAAAUUACUGUACCUAUGGGUUUGAAUGUAGGUCUAGGUUUAUGGUUUGUUAUCGAUUAAUGGCCUCUAAUAUGUUUCAAAUGUGCGUGUUAAAGGAUCACUAUAGGGUCAGGAACACAAACAUGUAUUCCUGACCCUAUAGUGUUAAAACCACCAUCUAGCCUCCCUGGGCCCCUCAUGCCUCCAUAAAUAUAGAAAAAUCUUACUUGUAUUCAAGCCUGAAGCUGUAGUUCUGCAUGCUGUUUGCCUCAGAAAAACAUGCAGUCUGCUGAUAUCAUUAGAAGUGGCAUCCUGAUCCAAUCACAAUGAUUCCCCAAAUUUAUUUAUUUAUUUUUUAAUGUAUUUUAUGUUAACUUUACUUCUUCCUGAUAUUUUCUUCCUGAGUCCUUUUUAUCCCUGAAUAAGAUUGUCUGUACUCAUCACUACAAUAUAUGUUAUGGAUUUUAACAAUCUGAAGUAGACCAUGUAUUUUUAUUCUGACCUUGUAGUAUUAUUAUUGUAAUAUUGAAUAUGUAUUAUUAUAAUUUUAUUCUAUGAUUCAUAUUCUAUAUUGUCUACUAUAUCCCCUUCUAUUUCUUGAUAAUCACGGAUGCAAAAAAGUUCUGAACAUUCCGGUUUUCACUUUAAAUUUGUCCGCAAACAGUAUCAGUAAAGUUUAUUUGCGUUCCAGCCUGGUUGUGCGCCCAUGCGCGGUGAGACGGUUGAGCAUAAUUACACGUAUUGUGUUUCGUCUGUCGCAUGCACGCUCCUACCGGAAAAGCGUGCAAAAUUUAUAUAUAAAAAUGAGCGGAACACAGAGGAAUAUCAAGUUCUUGCGUCGAGCUGCAGCUGUUCCCAAUGGAUUGACAUAGCCUUUACCUCCACUAAAGAACCAUUAUAUGGACCCUCUUAUAUAUACUGCAUGUCUGGAUAUCUGAGGAAGUGAGACUGUUGAACUCAAGAGGUAUCAUAGGCCACACCAGGGAACUUUAAAAAUAAUUUCAGGAAGUAUUACUUUACUGAGAGGGUAGUGGAUACAUGGUAUCGCCUUCCAGCUGAAGUGAUAGAGGUUAACACAGUGAGGGAGUUUAAGCAUGCGUGGGAUAGGCAUAAGGCUAUCCUAGACUUAAGAUAAGGCCAGGGAUUAAUUAAAAGUAUUUAGAAAAUUGGGCAGACUAGUUGGGCCAAAUGGUUCUUAUCUGCCGUCACAUUCUAUGUUUCUAUGUAACUUAGCCCAUUUAGUGGAUUACAAGCUAUUUUGCACAAUGUACUUCUAAUUUUGCCAUGUUUUUUGUGAGUGUGAUUUUAACUUUUUUAUGAUAUUAUUUGUUGUUAAUAAAUUACUAUACUGGGGGCUUAGCAAGGAGCCAUACCGAGAGGAUGCACAUGCUUCGAGCUCCGAGCAAAACUCGCUCAAUUACUUAAGAAAACUGAGAAAAAUCUUCUUUAGAACGCAUUUAGCAGCUGUCCGCUCUCCAGCAGGCAUGGGGCGGUGGAAUAAAAAAAUCGAAGCCGGAUAGACCCCCCUUGUACCGCGGAUAUCGGAGAAACCAAAAGCAGCAGCACUAACCAACCAGCCAAGUUUAAUCUGUUUUGGCUCUUGACGGGGAUGCUGGGUGACCUAUAUUUAAUCAGUAAUAACCCAAAAAAACGAUUGCUAUUAUCUUAAUAAUAAACGCAGCACAAAUCUUAAUUUUUACAGCACGAAUGCAGCACAAACAAAUGGCAUAUUUGUUUUUAAAAUGUAAUAAUGUGUAGCAAAGGAGCACUUCCAACGCUUAGAUUGACAGAACUGGCUGGGGUUCGAUCCUGCUCCCUACAAUGACCACAGCCUACCACUCACUCUCCCCAAGCCCUGUACAAAUGCCGGGCCUGCAGGGUAACUUACCCUGAGGAUAUAAGGAGCUUGGUUCUGGGCAUGACCUCUAUAAACUAGAGAUGACUAAACAGAUUAAGCUAUUAGUCUAUUGUUAUUUCUUACUGAUAAAAUGUGCAAUGUUCUUGAAGCCACACCAAUGUUAUACAAUGCGGAUUGUUUGAAAAUAAAAAUAAAGAAUUUUAAAAAAUAAAUACAAAUUUAAUAAUGUGUGGCACAAAGUGGGUGGAGUUUGAGCAUAUAUGAUGCUUAAUGUCUCCCAGACCAAAUCAACACAAACGUAAAUUUUUGCAACACAAAUGCAGCACAAAUGAAUGGUAUGUUUUUAAUCACAUUUUAAAAAAACAUGGCUGCCAAGUUUGCACAGCUGAGUCAAAUUGGAUGGCGGGUUACAUUAUUUUCCCUGUCAAAAAAACCAAACUGUUAUAACUAAAAAAGCAGAGGCAGCACAAAUAAAAAUGUAAAUGGCACAAACCAGCACAAACGCUGCACUAACCAAGCAGUCUGAUUUCGUGUGUUUUGGCUGUUGUAGGGGGGCUGGGUGACCUUUGGUGACCAUUAUUAAUUUGUUAAUAACUCAAACACAAAAUGAGAGAGAAUGGAUAUUUAAACAGCACAAACGCAGCACUAACUAACUAGCCCUGUUUGACUGUUGAAGGGGCGGGGGGAGGGUCUGGUUGACUUUUUAUUUAAUUGCUAAUUAUCUUAAUAAUAAAAGCAGCACAAAUCUUAAUUUUUACAGCACAAAUGUAGCACUAAUGAAACACAUUGGAUAUUUUAUUUGUGCCGAUUGUAGGGGGGCCAGCUUCACACAGCCCAGAAUGCUCCAUGUUAAUUGUGUGUGUUGGGUAGUACAUUGUUUAUAUAUUUAUCAGCAGGUAGCAGUGCGUGUCCCUAAGAAGUAACUUCUUAACAGACAGGCUUUAAGCAUAGUCCAUAUAGAAAAGUAGCAGCUAUUAUAUUAUUUCCAUACAUGCUCAAAAAAGAGCUUAUAUCAGUUGCAACAAUGGACUGGUCACAGUGUUUAUAUACCCAAUACAAUGGCGACAAGGCAGAAAUGCAAUGACAAAAGAAUGUGAUCAGCUGACGCUGUCAGCCAAUGAAUUAAUUGCUAGUAGGGACACAAUUUCUACAUACAUAAAAUUCAAAGUGAACUUCCAUUUUAGCGAUAUCCGUGAAGAGGUGCUGGACUGCAGAGUUGUACCCGUAGACAGCACUGGAGACCUUUGGCACCAUGACCACUUCAGCGCACUAAAGUGGUUAAGAUACUUAGAGUUCUCUUAAUUGAAUAACUGUAUUUACUUAUCACUGUAUAUCCCCCUAUCCAGAGAUGAGCUGAAUUUGAAUAGGCCAGACUCCCAUCAUCACACGUCAGUUGUUCUGCAUCGAAAAUGACUCCCGAAUUUGUGAGGGCAGAGCAAGGCAUUCUACAGUUCCACUGAACUGAAUUGAAAUUCGAAUCACAAAACUGAAGCACAAAUUUCUGAUUUUAAAAAUGCUCAAACUUUGGUAUAGUUAGAGUUUGGCUAUGAAUUUUACAAUUUGAUGUUCACUUCAGACAAUGCCCCUCUGUUUUGAGAUGCCAAGCAUUGCGUAUUUCAGCCCUUUGAAUUUGUCUACUUCAGGGGUAGGCAACCUUCAGCACUGCAGAUGUUGUGGAGUACAUCUGCCCCGAUGGUUUGCCAGCAUUUUGGGAGAUGCAGUCCUCAAUAUCUGGAGUUCUGAAGGUUGCCUACACCUGGUCUACGUCACCAGAGACUGCAAAACAGCUCUUGUAUCUCCUCAACUAAUGUAAAAGAAUUACUUAAUGUUUUGCAUUGCCAUAUUAUUUCAUCUUUUUUUUUAUUUUAUUUUUUUUUACCAAAAACUGUAUUGAUAUUACUCUAAUUUCAGAAAGAAAUUGAUAAGUUUCGGCGUCUUCUUCGAGAUCCAGAGACCGUUAAGCAGUUAGAUCAUAAUUCUGACACCCGGCAUGGAAAACAGCUUAACUGGGAUACUGUCUUCAGGUGAGUCUUCUUUCUGAUAAUAUUAUUAAAGAGUGUCUCUUUAAUCUUAAGGGAUAGAGAAUAAAAUGUAAUCAAUACAUUGCGCUAGCAAAAUUGUUGGAAACGUAUAGAUUUCUCUAAAACUAGAGGUUGAAAAACAGCUCCUUUCCUCUCAUCUCAGUCAGUUCAAUCUGUACUGAACCUCUGUUGAUCAGCACAGAGCUAAAAAUGUUGCAUGUCUAUUAUCAGGGGAACCCUCCUCUGGGCAUUUCUUCUGUUUUAAUUCACUCUAAAGGAAAGCAAUAACUGCAAGGGAAGAUAGGGAGGAGGAGCAGGCUCUGUGUGAGUGCAGCAUGGAGUGAGGAGAUAAACAUCCAGAAUGAUUUAUUGCAGCAGCUUUGGGCAGGUAAUCUGAGAAUUGGAGAGAGAGGACAGAUCAGUUUUAUUUACACAAAGCCAAUGUAUAGUGUUGGGAACUUUUAACCUGUCUGUGCUUCCCAAACGGGGUAUGCAAGUUUAACACCCACUGUAAACGUGAAGGAUGCUCUCAGCAAGAGACACGGGUAAUGGAAAUAAAUUAAAAUAUGAGCUUUUAAUAGUAUUUAAGGAAGAAACGCUUAAUGGUAUAAAGUUAGUCAAGCCAAAUGGUUAGAAAACUGCAAACCUACAACUGUCAGGAUAGGUUCUCUUUAUCUGUGCAAUACUGACAGUUUAUGUCAAUUUCACUUUAUUUUAUUAAUUAAGCUGUAGAAGCUGUUAUAAGCAACUUAUCACAUAAGUUUGAGUUAAUCAAAGCAGGAUGUUUCCUACUCCAUUACUUGGUAUUCCACAAAUUAUAUGUUACGGCUCUCAGUUUAGUAUUCACUUGAGACUGGGAUCCGGUGUGUUUAUUGAACUAAUUUAUGUCAUCUGUUCAGGUUCUUGCAGAAAUACAUCCACAAAGAAACAGAAAGCCUUAAAUCUGCCAAGGCAAAUGUGUCUCAUUCCACGCAAACCGCACGUCAGAAAAAAAUGCAAGAUAUCAGCAGUCUAGUGAAAUAUUUCAUCCGAUGCGCCAAUAAACGUGAGUUGACCACAAUGUUAAGCCCUCUCUAAAGGAAUAAUAUUUCACAAUUAAAAAUCUUAAUUUAUUAUGUAGUCAGCAAAGUGUUACUUUUAGACCAUUGUCGAUAGACUCUUCCUACACUAGCAGAAGUUGUAAUUCUCAAUUUCCAUGUUCCAUAGAAAGACACAUUUAAACUAAAAAGAAAAACAUGAUCUAUAUUAAACCUAAUGUGUCAGUGCUCCAUUUAUUAAUAAUUAAAGUUAGAGUUUUACAAAAAUAAAAUAACAUAACAUAAAAUUUUGGUGCUUGCUUACAAUUCCCUACAUAAUGCUGCUCCAACCUACCUAUCCUCCCUAAUACACAAGUAUGUCCCGUCGAGGCACCUUGCACUCUGCCAAAGACCUACGUAUAUACUCUGUCCGUAUGCUCACCUCCAAGAUUUCUCCAGGGCUGCACCCCUUCUGUGGAACUCCCUUCCCUCCUCCAUAAGAAUUUCACCCAGUCUCCACUCAUUCAAAAAUUCAUUGAAAACUCACUUCUUCAAGAAAGCAUAUCAAUUAAACUGUUAACAGUUUUUACCCCCCACCCCUCAUGACUCCUCUCCUGCAACUGUCAUAAAUUACCUACUAAGCCCUCAGUGAAUACUUUUCCAACAACCUACUUCGUACCCCUACUUUUACCCUUUGUGUCACUAUAUCCCACUCCCUUCCUGUACGUCCAGUUGUCUGGUUACAAUUACAUGUCUGUUAGUCCACCCAUUGUACAGCGCUACAGAAUCUGAUGGCGCUAUAUAUAUAUAUAUAUAUAUAUAUAUAAUAAAAUAAUAAUAAUAAAAGUACUGUUAAAUGAACUUGCAAAGAUGCCUAUUCGCUUUUUAAUGCAUGGCAAAAACUUUCAACAUGUUUAUAAAAUACUCACAUUGACCGUUGUACGGAACACUGGUGAGAGGAUUGUACGCAGUACUGGAGACCGUAUCUCCAGAAGGAUAUUGAUACUUUAGAGAGAGUUCAGAGAAGGGCUACUAAACUGGUUAAUGGAUUGCAGGAUAAAACUUACCAGGAAAGGUUAAAGGAUCUUAACAUGUAUAGCUUGGAGGAAAGACGAGACAGGGGGGAUAUGAUAGAAACAUUUAAAUACAUAAAGGGAAUCAACACAGUAAAGGAGGAGGCUAUAUUUAAAAGAAGAAAAACUGCCACAACAAGAGGACAUAGUCUUAAAUUAGAGGGGCAAAGGUUUAAAAAUAAUAUCAGGAAGUAUUACUUUACUGAGAGGGUAGUGGAUGCAUGGAAUAGCCUUCAAGCUGAAGUGGUAGAGGUUAACACAGUAUAGGAGUUUAAGCAUGCGUGGGAUAGGCAUAAGGCUAACUAUAAGAUAAGACCAGGGACUAAUGAAAGUAUUUAGAAAAUUGGGAAGACUAGAUGGGCCGAAUGGUUCUUAUCUGCCGUCACAUUCCAUGUCUAUGUUCACUUAUACACCCUGGUUAUACACAGUAUCGACUAGCUUGCACAGCUCUUGUUUGUGUACUAAAUUUCCCAUGUGCCUUUUAAAGCACAGGCUGACUGAAUAUCAUGGGAAUGUAGUACAUAGACUCACAAUGCAGGGUAGUAGACUUUUUUUUUUUUAAAUUAAAAAAGUAUAUAUAUAUAUCUUCGAGACUUCCAUGUAUACCAAACAGGUACUCAUGUCCCAUAUCACUUCCCUCAAUGCUAAUCAAUGCUGUACAAAGUUCUACCUUGCCAUGCAACAUAGGUACAUUUGGAUUCAGAAGUAAUGAUCCUGCCCCUUUCCUGGUUUGUCUAUGUUAAACACCUAAUAUCAAAUUCUCCUGUUUUUAUUUGGUUAGGUGCUCCUCGAUUAAAAUGCUCCGAGCUUUUGCUUCAUGUGACCAACACUGUGAAUGAUCCUACCACCUGUGCUGCGUAUGGGGCGGAUUACAGCAGUAUACUUCUUAAGGAUAUUCUCUCUGUCCGCAAGUACUGGUGUGAGAUCUCUCCUCAGCAGUGGAAAGGUAUGUACUUCUUACUGUGAGACGUUUACCGACAGAAUUAUAUUUGACGUCAGACAUAUCAUCUCAACAUACCAGUUUUUAAAGGGAUAGGCCAGGCUGGACUAGAUUCCCUCCUUUUGCUAAUGCAUUAUUAAUAUAGAUUAUGGCUUAUUCGCUGUAAACCUCCUCACACCAAGUGAUUGUGAUAAGAAAGUGGUCAAAAUCUCUCAACAAAUGUAGCUACUCACAUUGACUUCAGUGGAAUUUAUUUGGUAAUAAUUUGGAAUGCAAAAAUGCAGCAGCUCGCAUGGGUGAUCUAGUAUGCAGAUGGACUGAGGAAUCACAAGCCUUAGUAGCAAUAAACUACAAAGUGUCAGAACGCUUAUUACAGAAGAAGGGAGAAUUUCAAAAGAGCUAAAACUCCAUAGCCUAGUGAAUGUAACACACUCCUCUCUUGGUAAUAGUUUUACAAUAAAUAAUUCUACAAAUUUUUAUUUAAAGUCUCAUAUGUUGAGAGUCACUGUCGGGGGCUCGAUCCCCAAGUGGGGUCCUGAAAAGUUUUAUUCAUUUUGGAAACAUGUCAUUGUUAGCCCCAAGUCCUGUUUAAUACCGAGAUAGAAAUAACACCUCCAAUGAUCUCAUUUCUGGCAGUGCCAAUUGAAUGCAUCAUAUUUGUAUUAAAUUAUACAGCACAAUAUGUGGGUGCAGGAUUGUAAUGCGGUCCGGUGAAGAGGUUAAUACUGCAUGGCUUGGGGUUAAUACAGCUGGUGCGGAGUUUAUAAAUAUAUGUUCAUGUGAUAAUCCGAAUUUGGUGUCAUGAUGUGAUUUAUAAAACACAAAGAUUUUGGGUAGGGUUGGUUUUGGUUUAAGUCAGUAUAAGUGGAAGGUGCCAUAAAAUGUACUAUUUGGGUAAAACCCCCGGUCUUUUUGCCAGCUAGCACUUCCCCUGGUUGCUCUGGCAGAGGCCAACGUAUGAUUUUAGCACAAUUCCAUUGUUAGCCUUAAGUCCCCACUAAUAUUGAGUGAGAGAUAACACCUCUAAUUACAAACUUUGGGACAGUGCCACUUUAAUGCACCUUAGUGGAUGUUAAUUAUGUAGCACAAUGUGGGUGUUUUAGUGCAGUGGAUGCCGUUUUGAUGCUGCUAGUUUGGGGUAUUGCUGUAGGUGUUGGCUUGAUACACUAGGGAUGUGAAAUGUAUAAAUAUAGUGCAUGUAAUACUCUUCCAUUCAAAGAUUUAAUAUCAUGUCACUCAUAGAACACGUUGAGGGUCAGGGUGUAGUAUAGAGUAGGGUUUUGGGAGAUGUUUCAGUAAUAUGUAUGAGAGAUCAUAACAUUUAACCUUGAUCUGAAAACCAUGGUUUUAUAACUUCUUGGAAAUCCCCUGAUAAAGAAUGAAACAUGACUAGUAGAAUGUGCCAGAAUAACAAAUGUAGCAUCAAGAGAAAAAUAAAGUUGUUAAUAUUGAAUGGCCCAUGCUACAAAUGUUCACAUUAUUAGAUCAGAAUUAGGAGUUUGGCUGGCCUCCGAUAUUCUUUGACAUGUUUCUAUCCAGAAUACAUCAACAUGCUUCAAUUCCUCUUAUCUAGUUAUUUUUCUCAUCUGGGAAUUGACUAGGGCUUUGCACAUUUUAGUAAAAAUAGAUUAUUUUAAUUUAGCUAUUUUGGCCUAAAACGUGUCAAUUCCUAGUCCAUUCUUCACAGUUACUUAUUUAUCAAAAAGCCCUGUAUAAGUAUGAUCCAUCUCCCAUAUCUGCUUUAUGCCAUUUGUAAAGUGUUACUAACCAGCAUUUUGUUUUAUUUGCAGAAUUGCUGACGUUGUAUUGUAACUUGUACUUAAAACCAAACAGUGCCAUAAACCGGUUAUUAGUGGCUCGUAUCAUCCACACAUUGACUAGAGGAUGCUGUCUCCAGACAGAUGGGAUGCGCACAGAAUGUUUUAAAUUCUUCUUGAAGGCAAUUCAAAGAGCAAGGUAAAUGGUCUAAACUGAGAGUUUCAGUCUGUAGUAUGGUCUUUGUCGGUCAUAUCACCAGAAUAUCACUGUAGCACAUGUGUUGAGACGUCAUUUAGGCAAUAAUCUAUUGGCAACUGCGAUCUUCCCCUCUUCCUUCCCAAAAGUGCAGAGGUAGAUAGAGGACUACAUUUUUGUUGUUUAAACGAAGCUUGGCACAGCAGAAUAAUGACCAGUUACUCAGUUUGCCACAUACAGGAAUAAUUUGCUAACCCAAAAACCCAUUAAGGCAUCCAUUAAAAUAGUGCCAAAAGUUGAAAAAGUUGUGCGACUCUCAUUUGAGUACUGUGUUAUUGCAACAUUGUCGUAACGACAUUCUACAAUUUGAAUUCUGCUUUGACAACAAUAUUCUUAAACUGAAUCAAUAUAAAUCAUUAUUUGGCUGUUAAUUCAGGACAGAUCUGUGACUUUCUUAGCUAUCGUACUGCAACUCUCACAAAGCUAAACCAGCCAUAAAGAUGACUAAGCAUUAUGGGGAUCUUGUUUUGGGUUUAGCUGGUUAUUGUCACUCGUAAUGGUUGCAUAGUUUGUCAUAUAUCUUUAUUUAACUGCUUGACUGUUUUUAAAAAUGUUUUUUUUUUUUAUUGGUUCUAUUAGAGAGGAGAGAAACCCGCCUGGGCUGGACCACAUUCUUGCUGCUCUCAACGUGUUUCUUAGUGCGGCUUCUUUGAACUGCCGCAUGCGAGUGUGCAAGCUGGGUGAAGAACUCUUUCCAACUGUGUUGCGAAUAUGGACACAGCAUCGACCUAAGGAUGCUUUAAAGGAGGAGAUUGUGGAGUUCUUUAGAUUGCAGCUACGUAUUCACCAUCCAAAAGGAGCAAAAACCACAGAAGAAGGUAAACCUACAAUUCACAGCCCAAGAUUUUCCACCAACUGUUCAGUAUUCUUCCAGAGGCACUCACAGCACCAAAACCACUACAGCACAUUUGAUAGGGUGCAGGUAUUCUUAGGGCGUCUUCAGUAAAUUGACAGAAAGGUAGACUCUCUCUACUCUCUUUUAUUAUUAUUAUUUAUUAUUGCAAUUAAUAAAUGCAGUCUUCACUGAGUUGAUUGUGAAGUGAGGCCUUACAUAAUGCAUACGUUUGAUUUCUUAUAUCUUCUUACACACCCAUAUGACCUUGGAUAGCUAUUAUAUGCAUUGAGCUUGAGGGGCAGCUUAGCUCUGGACUCAACCAUUGGUUGGAUGACUUUGUAUGGACAAUAGUAGAUACGUACACAUUUCACAUCAUUAUAUUAUGGUAACCAUUUGUUCUUUCAUUCUAGGGGCAUAUGCAUGUGACCCCGACAGAUGGCAGAGGAAUUUGUACAGUUUGUAUGACAUUAUGGUCCAUGAGAUCAGCCAGAUAGGAAGUAGGGGAAAAUAUUCAUCCGGAUCACGUAAUGUUGCAGUCAAGGACAAUUUGGUGGAACUAAUGGCAGAUCUUUGCCAUCAGGUAAAGUGUAUUCAGAUAACGUAGGCUGUACAUUCUUUAACCCAAUCAUUUGAGAAUAUUAUGAUUUAAAAAUGGCACCUGGGCUCUUUAGUAACAUUGCUAUCUUUUGCAGAAUUUUGUUAUACCAUGGACCUUUCAAUAUUUUUUUCUCGUCUUUUAAUGUGAAAGUGUAAGCUUUCUAUUGAUAACAACACUAUUCUGUAGUCUGCACUGUAUAUAAUCCAUUAUGAUAUAAACUUCAAUAAUUGUAAGACAUGAGUAUACUUUAUUGUGGGGAAGCAGUGUGUAACAUUUCAAUCUUUCACAAGAUUUCAGUGAAAACUUUAACUUUAAACCAAGUUUACCAUGAGUCUUCCAAUAAUUUGGUCAUUGUUUCUUCCUGAGAGAAUAUUCCCAAUUUUACUUCUUUGCUUUGUUCUUAGCUCUUCACCGAAGAUACUCGAGUCCUGGAGAUCACCCAAGCUUCAUUUGCAGUUACGCAGAGAGAAGCACCAGGUGAGGGAAUACCGAGUAAGCGUCGGAGGAUCGAACUGGGUUGGGAAGUGGUGCGAGACAACCUUCAGAAGUCACACAAUGACUUUGAUGUUAUCCCAUGGUAAUCCUAUUUCAAAUAAGAAUCAUUCAGGUCUCUUUUAUAACAACAAAUGGCUAAUUACUGGGAAAUUGUAGACCUUGCACAAUUAUAAUUCCACACCUGAAAAAGGACACAAAUUGAUAUUUUUUUUAAAUUGUGAACACUUCUCUCUGCUGGGAUUUCUCACUAAACUGUGAAUUCUUCAGAAUUAACUAGGUAGCUGCAAUUUUAAAAGCUACCAUUUUAGAAAUGGGAAAAAUCUCAUCAACAAUAUACAAUAUAAAUAUAAUAUAAAGAAUACAACAGUACUCUGUAAACGUUAUUAAAAAAAUGUGGGUGUAUUAAACCAAUGAGGGUAUUUCUGACUUUGUAUGUCUGUACUGUAAGUACAUUGUAAAUCCUGUGUUUACUUACAGGUUACAAAUCACAUCCUGUCUGAUAUCCAGGCACCCAAUGAGCCUGCCCAGCAGCGAGCUGACUCCUUUACUGACAAUUCUGCUCCAGUUACUUGCUCAGCAAAGGCGAGGAGAGAGAGCUACCUUCGUGUUGAGGUGUCUGAAGGAAGUCGCAAUUUGUCAGAAACAGAAGACAGAUGUGAUGGUCACUGUGAAAUCAGACCUUUACAAACUGUGGGCAAAGAUCUGGGCAGUUACGUUGCGCAGCAUUAGUUCCCCACAAACUGAAAUAGAGCGCUUUUCCCUGCUAGGUGUCAUUCUGCAAGGAAAUCUCAUACCUGCGGACAGAGAUUUUUGGAAGGUGUUUGCGGGGUCUGCUGGUAAACCAUCCAGGUAAUUAAUUCUGUAAUAAUCAUCAGUUUUUUUCAGUACAACAGUUAUAUCAACAGAAAAGGAUAUGCAAGUGUUACAUAUGUGUAACAGAAUUGUUAGAAAGACACAGAAGGAAAUGGUAUUAGAAAAGUAACACAAAUUCCCAUUAUAGAAAAGGGUUGACCUAGCGCCCACAACAGGGAAAUGCAGAGGCCAAGCAGAUUGGAGGCAAGUGCACCAAAGGGCUACCACGACCUUCCAUCUAAUGUGGGUUAGUAUGAAAGAAAAAGGAGUUCACAGUAAUGGAAGGUACAAAUUAGGGUGUCACACCACUAGAUAAAUGUAUGAGUCCAUACCAUCCUCUCUGUGGCUUUCUGACAAUUCUUUUUUAUAUGCUCCUACAUUUCUUCCCUUUCUCAUACCAGUGCACCCCAUUUGCAUUUGUGUGCACUGGACACGUCUCACCUACUCUUCAGAUGUCUAUAUUAGGGAUGUUCCAGCCAUUGUUGUGCCGCAAGGAUCCCUGCAGUUUAUGUUGGUUCUGUUAGUAAUGGGACUGGUGUUAUACACUUUGCUUCUUAGUCUUAAAUUAGAGUCUUAAAUUAGAGGGACAAAGGUUUAAAAAUAAUAUCAGGAAGUAUUACUUUACUGAGAGGGUAGUGGAUGCAUGGAAUAGCCUUCCAGCUGAAGUGGUAGAGGUUAACACAGUAAAGGAGUUUAAGCAUGCGUGGGAUAGGCAUAAGGCUAUCCUAACUAUAAGAUAAGGCCAGGGACUAAUGAAAGUAUUUAGAAAAUUGGUCAGACUAGAUAGGCUGAAUGUUUCUUAUCAGCCGUCACAUUCUAUGUUUCUUAACUUUUGCUUUUUAACAGAUUUUUUUUAAUCAUGAAAUUCUGACUUGACCUCUCAUUAAGUAGAUAAAUAAAAAUACAUCUCAGUCGUCACUGAUUGUUAUACAGUUAAUUUCAUGGUAUAAUGUUGCUUUUUGUAAAUAAUAUUUAAAAAUCAAAUCCAAUGUCUCCCCCUAACUCUAGCUCUCCUUUUCUGCAGCUCUGCAUUGCUAUGCUUGUCAGUGGCUCUUGGAUCCUGUGCCCUCCCAGAGCAUCUCCACACAGGAUUAGAACAGCUGGGGAGUGACCUCAGCGAAAGUAAAGGAUUGCUAAAAGAAGACAUUAUAAAGUGGUUACUCUUCGGCCAUUUGGAGGAUGACAUGGAAGAUAAUAAUGAGCUUUCCCCGGUUAUAACCAAGUCAGUGUUCAUGAUGCGUAUGAUAAUAGAUAGAGAUUCUUGAAAUGAAUUCCAUUUAAAUAGUACUUUUAAAUUGCUCCGAUUAAUGUAUACAUGUUACCAAAGCAUUGAUUGGGUCCUGUUUCUGAUUAGUGUUUACAGUCCUAGAAACUAGAAUAUACACAUAAUAUAUUUUGUGAUCCUGGAAUUGCAAGCAGAUACGUGGAUGAAUUGAAAUGGCUAUUUAUUUUGGUGCAUUUUGUCCUUCAUUUAUGAUCCCACCAUAGGCCACACAAUGCAAACUCAAUAUUUUUCACAGUAGUCGGUAACUUUCAUGACUGUGAUGAUGUCACCGAUAAUCUGGUGCAGAAAAACUCUUUCCAAAUAAUGUAGUCAGACGUAACACCUGUGGAACAUUUAAUAGUUAUAGCAAUACACAGUCAGUAAAAAUGUUGAGAUGCCCUACUUAUAGAAUAUUAGUAAUACAUGCCUGUGUUUGAGAAAACCAAUUCUGAGACUAAGAGAAAACAAACAUAAACUCUGUGCAUUAAGGAAAACAUAUAACGGUAGGGAGGAAAAAUAAAAAGUAGCAAAUAUGUGGAAAGCAAAUACUGUAGAUCAAAAUAUGGAGGGUGCAAAAUAAGAAAUGAAAUACUCUAUGUUUGCUUAUUAAAGAAGACAAUCUACUAAAUUUAAUUCAAAAAAUGCAUAAAAAAUUAUAUAAAAAAAAAAGAAGCAAUUAUGGCAAUGACUGCUAAACAGUGUUUACAUGCAAGAUGCAAGAAUCAAAAAAUAUACAUUUGAUUUACUAAAUAUUGCUAAUACAAUUAUAGAUUUUUCCCAAUCAUUGUAUUAGCAAUAUUUAUUAAAGGAACACUAUAGGGUCAGGAACACAAAUAUGUAUUCCUUACCUUAUAGUGUUAAACCCACCAUUUACCUGGCUUAACCCCCUCAGCCCUCUUAAAAGGAAUUAAAACUCACAUUAUUUCAAGCGCCUCUGGCCCCACCCCCAUCUGCCUCCUUGAUGACCUCAUCAGAAUUGCCGAUUUUUUUGUUGUUGCUAAUCCAAUGCUUUCCCGGCAAGGAGGCGAGAUGGGGCGGGGCCAAAUGCAUCAAGGCAUCUCUAUGAGGAAAAUUUAGCAUCCCCAUGCAGAUCGUGGAGACGCUGAACAGCAGUGCUGCCUACUGUGCAGCGUUGCCCCAGGAAGCACCUCCAGUGACCAGAGGAGUGGCCACUUGGAGGUUUUCCUCAGGGCAAUGUAAACGCUGCUUUUUCUCUGAAGAGGCAGUGCUUGCAUGAAAACGCCUGAAGGCAAUGAUUAUUCUCACCAGAACAACUACAUUAAGCUGUAGUUGUUGUAGUGACUAUAGUGUCCCUUUAAAUGGAAUGUGUAUACUAGUCUUGCAUUUUACCAUUGGGUACAGUUUAGCGUUCCCUGCUUUGAUUGCUUGUUUUUUUGUCUUUUUUUUAUUUAAUGCAUUAUUUGUAUUCAAUUUUGUACAAAUUCUUUCUAAAUAAUCAAGCAUAGAGUAUUUAAUUUGUUUUUGCACCCACCAUCUAUUGAUAUACCAUAUUUUAAAUCUGUGCACCCCACAAACACAGCUGUCCUUUUUUUGAUGAUUACCAUUUCCUAGUCUCUCUUAGUAAUGUAGUGUAAUCAGUACUAAGUGGGGUGAUAUAAUCUGCAGUCUCUGUUUCCUGACUGUGUGGGGCAGGACAACUUCAUAGGUGAGAGAGGAGUCUUUUUCUUGGGAAUGUCUGGCAACAUGAGUGAGGUUGUUUUUGGGACUGAUGUUGUUUACAACACAAAUGCAAACCUAGGCAUACAUGGUGGUGGUUGUCAUACAUCUGCUCUUCACGUAAACAUGUUGUCUUUAGGUCAUAUUUUUAAAAUUGUGGUUUUUUCCCCCCCUCAUUUAGUGUUUUAUUAACGUCUAGAACUUGUCUAUUUUUUCCAGAGACUUUUGUCACCCUGCUCUGCAGAAAGUCCUUGUGAGUCUAUCAAUCAAAGACUCAUGUGCUGCUAUGACUUUUUUUGAAAGCUUUUCAGAAUGGUAAGUAAAGUCAUGACUGCACGUUGUGAUCACAUUUGUUUCUCUAAAAGUGGAUGGUUUACAGAUUUUGAAACGGUUUGGUGACUUUAUAGAUGUCAUUGUAUGGUUCAUGCUGCAGUAAAAUGUACCUAUAUAUAUUAAUCUUGUUUGGACUGCCAUGUCUCAUGAUCAUUUUCUCAUUAGCUUUUGGACAUGGAUUCUCCUAGACAACAUAUUUGCAUUUUUUGUUUAUCUUUACCUUCUGGGAUUUUGCCUUUAGUCUUUUUAUAACGUUGAAUAUUACAUUAUACACUCAUGUUUCCAAUGUACUUCAUGACCGUUAACUAAGUUGAUGUGACAAAUCCCAUAUCGGAUGGUAAACUUGACACAUUCUCCCUGCAAACUGUGUUUUGGGAAGAAUAUUUUUUUCUUGAAUCACUUUUUUUUUUUUUUAUAAAUUAUUCAUUACCUUUCUUUUUGUUUUUUUCAGCUCACACCAUGUUCGAGGAAGCAAUGAGGCUAUUUUCUCUGAAACUGAAGAGCUAUACCUGCGUGCUUCAUUUAAUGAAAUUACCUUGUUGUCCAAUACAAGUGGCGCAGAUUCCUCCAAUAGGUCAAGAUCUGUAUGUCUUACUGUGAAUUCAUCCAUUAGACAGAAGUUGGAACAUGACCUGACCACUUUGUCUGAGCAGUUAGUGAACAGUUACUCAUCAGAGGUAUAAAUGAGUUUCUGAAUUAUCUCCUCUGUACAUAACAAUCAUGACUGGGUCAUCUAUAGUGCAGACACUUAUUAUAUAGCUGUGACAAAAUGUGCCCAAUUAGGGCACCGGAAUAUAGAGAAACUGCUUUAUAAGAAUGUGCUGGAAUGUAUUGCUUUUCUGUAUCUUUUAUAUAGCAGACAUACCACCUGAAAACAUUUUCACAGGCAAACGUAUUUGAUAUGUUAAAUCUGCAAACAUGAUAGAGGCACCUAUUUAUAAAUAUAGAAACGAAGUCAGAAAAUAACAAACUAUAAUAGAAAGAAAUAAUGCUUAAAUUGUUGAUUGGAUAAAAGUGAAAGAUUCCACUAAAAUCUGAGAAAUCUAAAAUAAGAUCACAAAAACAAACAGAAAUAUUUGAAAAAAGAAAAUAUAUAGACCCUAAUCAUACAUUGAUAAAGUGAAGUCCAUUGAGAAUAGGUCAGGGGCACACGACCUCAAGUAUCAAGAUGCACUAUGUUUUGUAGUAUGGCAGAGAAUCCUGGGAGUUGUAUCUCAAGAACACCUGAAGGUUCAGUUUAUCCCUAGACUAUAGCAUAGCAAAAGAGUGUGUUGUGUUCAUAUUUCUGAUAUCAGGUUUGCGGGUUUACAUACUUUCAUAACUUAAUUGCACUUAUAAUUAGCUGAUUCUUUAAGAAUAUUACGACUUUAGUAGAGUUGGGAGUUAGGGAUUGAAUAGCAGUCAGAAGACAGAUUUAGUAAUUGACACGAGAAUAGAAAAAGCUGAUUUUCUCUAUUCGGAAAUCGGUAACUAAGAAAAGCUUCAAAAUUCUGUAACCAUGUGAAUUCCAAAUUGGAGAGCUUGAACUAAAUUGCAAAAUAAAUAAAAUGUAGAGCUGUUCAAUAAAGGCAUAUUGGCACCAACUGUGUGUUUCACUUUUUAAGUGUCAAUUUUGUGAGUGCACGGCUCUUCCUUUGGGAUGUGAACUAGGUUUUUAGUUAUGUCAAUAUGUGCUGUUUCCUUCUUAAAAAAUCUUUGAUUUUUCAAUCUUCCUCUUUUUUUGUCCUACAGACUACCCCUGUGGUAAACCUUGUUCACUGCGCUAGUCUUCUAAUUGGAGUCCUGGCUGGUUACUGUUAUGCUGAUGUCAUCAGUGAAGAAAAUGCCUACAAAUCUCCUCUGUUUCAAAAGGCCAAGGUAAGUCUGACUGACUAGAAAACCACAUGUCGGUCAGUAUUAGCCGUUCUAUUGUUUUGAAUGGGAGAGUGUAUUACUGUAUUUUGUAGAAUGGCUGAGAAAUCUAGGAACUGCUUUUCACAUACCAUCUGAGACAAAGUGAGAUAUUUAAAAGAUUUUAGUUUUAUGAUGGUAUAUUUCAGAGAUGUUUAUAUAUCCUGUAAUGCUUUCUUCCAUAACAUGCUUUUUCUUUAAUAGAUACUGAUGCAGUGUGCUGGUGAGAGCACUUCAUUCUUAAAGUCAAAACUUGGUGAAGAUGCCAAAAUAGUGUCAUUAGCAUCAUUUGUGACACAGUGCCUGGGCUGUGUGUGCAACUGUACAAAGGUAUUAUUGCUGGUUAAUUUUUGUGUCAUAGAUAGAUUUAAAAACAGCUAACUAAAGAUUGCUUAUCGCUAAUAAAAAAAAAAAGCUUUGUAGCCCCUUAAUGGUAUAUGUGUGAUCCUGUGGAUUCAAAUUACCAUUAUACUCAUCGUGGCAACUUUAACUCAAUGACAUCUGCAGUGUCCCUGUCGUUUUGGUCUCUGUAAUGGCAAAAACCCCAUUAUUUUCAAAACUAUAGUUUUCCUUUAAGAAAAAAAAAUCUUUCUUUAAAAACCAAAAUAAAUGGUUCACAAACAUCUGGAGUGCCUAGAUUAGCUAUUUGUGGCCUCUGGAGUAAAUAACUGUAUCUGACUUACAUGUGAAAUUUGUAAUAAUUGAUGUUUUAAUGAGUCUGUAAAAUAUGGACCAUGUAUUGUUCUAUUUAGAAUGAAUUACGUCUGCCUUUUCCUUCUUUUGAUUAAGGAUACUUCAGCUCAGUUUUUCAAAGUCUUCUUCUUACGCAUCUUAUCACCCAGGAUGUUAACUGAUCUGUGCGAUAUCUGUAAAUACUUGGUAAGCAUCUUAAAUAAUUGGUAAAUAAUAUAAAUGUGUGCUUUGCUCUAACCACUUAUUUCAAGAGCUAUGAAACCGGCCUUAUUACUAACAUAUCCGUACCCCCCAUAAGCUGUCUAUGCUGUUUUUUAUUUAUUUAUUUUAAUAACAUUUAGAAUUUUUCCAGAAUUUAUAUUGUCUCCUAAUGUAUUAUCAGCCUUCUCAGGGUUGCAUCAUUGGUAGUCAAUAAAGGUUUUAUAUAAGAACACUGGAGUGUGAGAAAAAAGGCUAUUCCAAAUCUUGUGAAACUUGAGGACACACAUUGUCUGUAUUAAGCUAGAAAAAGCAUUAACAAAUGCAAAGUAACAUAAUCUUAACAAUAUAAAAUGAUAGUAGUAGUAGUAGUAGUAGUAGUUAUAUAGUAGUAGUAGAUAUAUAGAUAUAAAGGGUAGCAGAAACCAAAAAUGUUAUGGUGAGGAAAAAAUUGUGAUUGAAAACCCCUUCCAUCUAAAGUCUGUGGAUAGUUGUUGUAUACAGCAAACACAGACUCAAAGGAAUCCAUGUUUAAAAUGGAAUGAGGCAAAAAUUUGAUUGUUAAACUAAUUUGCAUAUGCCCACCCAGAAUCCUUUGCGGUAGUAACAUCACUGCAAAUUUGUGAUUUCUGUCGUUAAAGCAAGUCUUAUGGCUUGACUGGUGUGCAGAUUUUUGUUUAACAUUAUAUUAACUAUUGAGAUAUAUAUAUCUUCCUCAGGAGAAGAAGAGCAAAAAAACAGUAAAUAACUAAAAAAAAAAAAAAACACACACACACACACACAGUGUGCUGUAGUGGUUAUGGUGCCUGGAGUGCCCUAGCAUUAUCUCAUAAAUAGUCAAACUGUUUUAGAAUGGUUUAACUUCUUAGCUGGUGUCAACCCCUGCCUGCACUGCUUUUGCCAGAGAGCUGUCAGAGCAAUUCCUGGCUGUGUAGUGCUUAACUCAUUAGCUAAGAGUAAUCAGUAGUGUGACACCAUAUUAAUAGAUAGUUUACAUAGUUACAUAGCUGAAAUGAGACUUGCGUCCAUCAAUUUCAGCCUUCCUCACAUAUGUUUUUGCUGUUGAUCCAAAAGAGGGCAAAAAACCUAGUCUGAAGCACGUCCAAUUUUGCCACAAACUAGGAAAAAAUUCCUUCUUGACCCCAAAAUGGCAGUCAGAUGUCUCCUUGGAUCAAGCAGCUAUUACCCCACUAAUUAGAAAUUAUAUCCCUGUAUGUUAUGUUUUUGCAAGUAUUUAUCCAAUCGCUGUUUAAACAUCUGUGUGGACUCUGACAAAACCACCUCUUCAGGCAGAGAAUUCCAUAUCCUUAUUGCUCUUACUGUAAAAUAAAACCUUUUCUUUGCCUUAGAUGAAAUCUCCUUUCUUCCAGCCUAAAUGUGUGACCUCAUGUCCUAUGUAUAGGAAUAGAUUUCCACACAAUGUUUUGUACUGACCCCUCUCAGGCGCCGUUUUUCCAAACUAAACAGAUUUACAUUUUUUAACCUUUCUUCAUAACUAAAAUGCUCCAUUCCUUUUAUCAAUUUUGUAGCUCGUCUCUGCACUUUUUCUCAUGCCAUGAUUUAUUUCUUUAGAACAGGUUCCCAAAAUUGCACAGCAUGUUCAAGGUGUGGUCUUACCAGCGAUUUAUAAAGAGGCAAAAUUAUAUUUUCAUCCCGAGAAUUUAUGCCCCUAUUUAUACAUGACAAAACCUUACUGGCCUUAGCAGAUUGACAUUGCUGUUUAAUUUGUUGUCUAUAACAAUUCCCAAAUCUUUCUCGUGGAUGGUUAUCCCUCAUUCACUACCAUUUAGGGUGUAAAUUGCUUGUGCAUUCUUAACCCUGAAGUGCAUAAUGAUGGUUUUCUUUUUUAUAUGUCUUAAGAUAAGCAACAGUGGAAGUCCAGUGGAGAGCAAUGAGGUAGACCUCAUGGAUACUGACCUAGAUUCUAGAAUGGAGGUAGAAGACCAAGGGACUGUGGACCUUAUUGACGACGAGCGUUCUGCGGAAAGUUCGGAUGGCACAGACAUUGGAGAGCUACAGAAUGCUACUGGUAAUGUCCACUGUCAAGCAUUGUCAACAUUAUGGAACUGCAGUAAACUUGACCUUUAAAAGUCAUUAAAAGCAAAUGUAGUAUAAAAGGUUAAUGAUGAAAAAGUAUAAUCAAUUGAGGUUGAAAAAGUCUACUUUCCUUGUAAUUUGUGUUGUUCUAUAAGAUGAAAUGGUACGUGUUAGUGCUGACUGGGUUGCCCAAAACGGGUGCGUCAUGACAUCUGAGAUGCUGACAGAAAAAGCUGUUUUGACACUGUCUGGUUUUGCAUUAAGGGAAUAUUGAUAAGGCAAAAACCUUACAGAGUUACUGCAAGCAACAUGACCACUUUAGUGAUUUAAAGUGGUUAUGGUUCUUGGAGUCUGUGUGUGCAACAUUUUGCUAUAAAACGCUGCUUCUACAGAGGUUAACCAAUUCAUUGGUAUAAUGCCACCUCUGGCAGCAUCAUUGACUAAUGUCAGUUCUGUGAAAAAAUUAGCUUCUGGUACCAGAAUGCACCGCUGAGGGGAGAACUUGGACUCGAUGAUAAAACAGAUGAAUCUGUUAGUUUUACGAUGUGGAGGGUGGUUCAGGACCACUUUAGAAAGGGUUAUUCUAACCCAAAUCAGUGUUUUUUGUUUUGCUAACCCUUUAAAGUUCAAAUAAAUAAAGUUAAAGUAGUUAGGUUCAGAAGGUAGAUUUUACAAUAUUACAUAUUCAGGUUAAGUUUAGAGGUUAUAAUUUACGCUUAGUUGUAAGAUUUUGAAUUUGUAUAAAAUGAAAGGUUUUGACUUGUGCUUUGAGUUUAGCAAAGUAGAUGUUAGAGUUAUAGAUUUAUGAUUGGGUGGUUAGGUUGAUGUUAAGUAUAAGAAUUAGAAAUCUAUUUGUGUUGGCACGAAAAUAAUCAUUAUGCUAAAUAAGAAAAAGUCUCUAAUUGCAAUCACACAUUAAUUUUGUUCCAUCUCACUUCUGCUCAGUAGUAUCAAAAUGUCAUACAUGCUAUGUUACAAUCUGGAUGACUGAACAUUGGAUUUGUGUCUACAUAGGUGCUGUCAGUCCCUUAUCCGAGGAACAUCUAAAAAAACAAGAUUCUCUCCUGCUACAGACUUUGCAGUUUUUGUGUGUCUGUGCAUCAGCGUCUCAGAACCUCAAUGUUUCCUUCAGACCAUCUGAUAUACGACGGAAACUCCUCAACCUGAUAGAUAGUAACUCAUGGGAUAUGAACAAACCUCUACAUCUUCAUGGGGUGAAUUUCAUUCUUAAUCAUUUCAUAUAUAAAAAAAGAAAAAUAUAGUUUUUGCUCAACCUUUUUCAGCCCUGAGUUUCCAUCGGUGCUUCUGGCCUCUCCGCCUCCCAUGACGUAAUCAGAAAAGCAUUGCUUCCUCAUCGAUGGUCCAAUCCGAUACUUCUCAUAGAACAGCAUUGGGGACAUGAUGCGCGUUAGCUUUUCCUAUGAGCAGUAUUUGAUGACACUCUAUGUCCUCAUGGACGUCGAACAUCAGUUACACUAGGUUGUUAGAGCGGUAUUGGCCGUUUCUACAGCAAUGUUUUACAUUGAACGAUAAAUAUUACAGAGCCACUGCACCUAGGCCACUUCCUUAAGAUGAAGUGAUCAGGGUGACUUUAGUGGUCCUUUAAGUGAAUAACCCUGUAUGUGUUGUGUGAGUUUGCAUUUUUCUACUUUGUGUUUAACCCCGUAAGGACACAUGACAUGUGUGACAUGUCAUGAUUCCCUUUUAUUCCAGAAGUUUGGUCCUUAAGGGGUUAAAGUUGUGGUGUGUUUUCAAAACCUUCUCUUUUAUUCUAGUAUUUACAGUUGUUAAGUGAGAUGCCAUUGCAAGAUUCACCGUUGCCUGUUGAUGACAUCAAAGUGUUGCUGAAGCCUCUCCCGUAAGACAGUUUUAGCCUGUCCCUUUUGAUGUCUCUUGCUGGAGCUUUGUAUUAUUUAUGAAUAUUUAAUUUUUUUUGCUAUUCUUUUUACAGUGAUGUGUGCUCUACUUAUCGUCGGGACCAGGAGGUAUGUGCUGCUAUAUUACACCGGCUGCUUCCUGUCAUCUUGUGCUUGUCACAAGAGAACAUGGAUACAGACGAGACGUUUGACGCAGAAGGGCAGCUCUUGAACAUCAUCCAAGCUUUUUGGUAUUCUAAAUUUUUAUUGCUUUCUGAAAAAAAUCUUUUAUCAUUUUAGUCAACUUUGCAGCUUAACUAAAAUGAUGUUUUUGACAUUUUUAUUUUUUUCCCCCAAGGCAUCUGACAAAAGAUGGAAAAUGUACACACUUAGUCAGACUUGAACUGGUAAAGUGCUUGAAGACUCUGAUCGAGGUACACACUUUCCUGGAAUAAUUUAAAAUAAUAUCAUAUAAAGGAAGUAUGAUUUUGUAGUUGAGGACUGAAAUUGCUCUUUAUGUCAGCCGUAAAACUUCCAACAAAGAAUUAACUUUAAAUAGAAUCUUUUUGUGGGUUUAAAUAUACCUUGCCCUAACUGUAUUUUGAUAUGUUCACCCUGAUUGCUUAUUUUCAGUAACAAGUGAUUUCUCUGACCCAAUUGUAUCUGUUGUGAUGUAUAGAUAUGAGAAGACUUUGUUUUAAUCCUUUGUUGAUUAUUUUUUAAAUAGUAAUUUUUUUAAAUUGUUUCCAGCUAACUUAAUCAGGUGUCUCUAAUAUUUUUCUGUGAACAUUCUUGUUAAUUUCCGUUUGUCUAUUUUUUAUGAUAGGUGGAUCCUCUGGCUAAGUGGACUAUCCUCACUGUAGGAGGCACAGAUCUUCCUGUAAGAGAUGCUUUCCCUCAAUUCCUGGCAGAUCUCAAUCACCAAGUCCGUUUGCUCACUGCAACAUCGGUAAAGAGGUAAUCCAGAAAUUAAAAGACCGGAUAUAUUUUUUGGUUGGAUAACAUUGCAGAAGGGAACGCAAAAAAAUUGGACUUAUAAAAAAUAUCAUGCCUUUCUAAGUAACUAUCACUUGCAUGGUGUUUACACAUCUGUAAACCGUAAUACCCUGCAACACGCUAGCCACCCAAAAAUAUGCUAAAGCUCACCAGUAGGUUUCAAUAGGCAAAACAAUAUUCCAUCAACUUUAAAAGCACAUUAUCAAAAGUGACUCACACAUGGACUGCUUGAGCCAAUUGUAGAUUAUUCUAUGUAUUAUAAUAAGUUGCACUAUCUUUGCCAAUUAUCAACAAGCAAAUCUUCCUGGUAAAAUGUGUAAGAUGUAUGUUUCAUUUUUUGAUACUUUGAUUCUAAUGAGCACAUAAAUGUGUACUUGCCCCAAUGUAGAGGCCACAGAGACACACCUCAGGUAACCCGAACAAUUAAGUAAUACAUAUUCUGCACAAUUUAUAGGUUAAAUGGUGCUAUCCACAUAUUCAUGUAUGGCAUGCACAUAUUAAUUGGUGUAAUUACAUUUUGGUCUCAUGAACACAAGGUGUGCACAUCUGGAUCCUGGCUGUAAAAACCUUUGUCUUGGAUUAAAGGGACACUAUAGUCACCAGAACAACUACAGCUUAUUGUAUUUGUUCUGGUGAGUAGUAUCAUUACCCUCAGGCUUUUUGCAGCAAACACUGGGUUUUCAGAGAAAAUGCAGUGUUUACAUUGUAGCCUAGUGAUAACUCUACUGGCCACUCCUCAGAUGACUGCUAGAGCUGCUUCCUGGGGCAGUGCUGCACAAUAUGCACUGCCAUUCAGUGUCUCCACCCUCUGCAUGGAGACAUUAAACUUUACUCAUAGGGAUGCAUUGAUUCAAUGCAUUUCUAUGAGGAGAUGCUGAUUAGCCAGGGCUGUGUUUUGCUUGUGCUAGCACUGUCCUGAUCUGCCUCCUUAACAAGCUCAGCCAAUUCAAUGGGAAAGCAUUGUGACUGGCUGAGAAAAUCACUUCUGAUGAUGUCAGUCAAGCAGGCAGAUCAGGGGUAGAGUAUUAUUUCCCAACUUAACGUGCUUCAUGUGUUUUAUGUUUGCAGACUAUUCCAGAAUAUCAGCUCACAACCUCUGCCUAGGCAGUUGCAACUACAAGCUUUUGAUAAUGCAUACCUGAAAGUUCAAGAAGGAAUGGGCCACCUGGUAAUUGUCUACUCUGAACUGGUUUCUUACUGUAUGUUAUGAAGGCAGCGAAUGCACACAGAUUUUGAUAGAAAUGUCACAGCUGAUAUUACAAUAUGAAAAGCUUGUUUUUUGCCGAACAAAUUAGCCAUACUGUUAUUUGGUUGCAGAACAUUUGUAAUCUGUAAUAGUUUUAUUUCUGUUUGUCUGUCUGAAGUUCAGAGAGAGUUCAGAGAGAAUUAGUGGGGCCAUAAAUUAUCACCAUUUUUCUAUGGCAUCUGCACAUCUAUGCAUAAACAUGGACAUGGUAUGUUUGUGGCACCUACCAAUAUCUUCACAAGAUAUGUUCUUUGGUUCUAAAUAUAUUAACAAGAGACUGCAGUGCUGAGUGGGAAUGACUGGUGACUGUACCAAUUCUCUUCAGAACCUUAAAGGAAUCCUAUGGUGCCAGGAAAAUAGACCCGUUUUCCUGGCACUCCCCCCCCCAGUUCUGGGCCCCCCUCCAUUGGCGCUGAAGGGGUUAAGACCCAUUCAUCCACUUACCUUACUGGGCUCCCUUGGUGCUGGUGACCUCUCCUCCCCCGCUGACGUCAGCUCAAUGAUUACUCAAUGAUUUCCUAUGGGGAUAUUAUUUGACGCUGGACUCCAUGAAAACGUCCAGCGUCAAAUAAGUGCGAUUUACUCUGUGUAAAUCACAAAAGCCCCCUCUAGUGGCCGUCAGGGAGACAGCAACUAUAGGCUGGAUUAACCCUGCAGUGUAAAAAUAGCAGUUUCUCUGAAACUGCUAAGUUUUCAGCAGCAGGGUUAAAACUAGGGGGACCUGGUGCCUAUAGUGGUCCUUUCAUUUCCUUGGCACCCUAUAACCGUGAUAUAACUUAUCUUUAUUGCUACGUCUGCUAGAUUUUAUGGAAGCAAGAUGUUCACAUAUAGUUUUGUGGCAGGCUUUUGCAAUGUAUGAUCACUGAGAGUACCCACAGGCCUUGCUGCCUGUGUCUGCCCACGGGGCACGAGUCUGCCCAUGAGGCCUGCCACCUGAGUCUGCCCACAAGGCCUUCCCCCUGAGUCUUCCCACGAGGCCUUCCCCCUGAGUCUGUCCACGAGGCUGGCCCCCUGAUUCUGCCCACGGGACCUGCCCCCUGAGUCUGCCCACGGGACCUGCCCCCUGAGUCUGCCCACGGGACCUGCCCCCUGAGUCUGCCCACGGGACCUGCCCUCUGAGUCUGCCCACGGGACCUGCCCUCUGAGUCUGCCCACGGGACCUGCCCUCUGAGUCUGCCCACGGGACCUGCCCUCUGAGUCUGGCCACGGGACCUGCCCUCUGAGUCUGGCCACGGGACCUGUCCCCUGAGUCUGGCCACUGGGCAAGCUCCUGAAUCUGCCCACAAGGCCUGCCCUCAGUCAAUUCAAAGGAAUGCAGUGUAUGUGUGUGUAUAGUGUAUGCAGUGUGUGUGUAUAGUGGAUGUAGUGUGCAGUGUGUGUGGAAAAAGUGUAUGUGUUUUUCUUUAUUGGAUGCAAUGUAUGUGUGUUUAUAGUGGAUUCAGUGUGUAUGUGUGUAUAAGGCAUGUAGUAUGCAGUGUGUGUAUAGGGUAUGUAGUAUGCAGUGUGUAUAGGAUAUGUAGUAUGCUGUGUGUGUAUAGUGGAUGUAGUAUGCAGUGUGUGUAUAGUGGAUGUAGUAUGCAGUGUGUGUAUAGUGGAUGUAGUAUGCAGUGUGUGUAUAGGGAUGUAGUAUGCAGUGUGUGUAUAGUGGAUGUAGUAUGCAGUGUGUAUGUAUGCAGUGUGUGUAUAGUGGGUGUAGUAUACAGUGUCUGUGUAUAGUCGAUGUAGUAUGCAGUGUGUGUGUAUAGUGGCUGUAGUUUAGAUAAUGAAUGUUUACCGUUUAAGUAUCUCAGUGUAAGAGUAAUACUUUGCUAUACAUCAUUCACCCAUCUGGCUGUUAAAAGGGCAAAGACAUAUAAAACCAUAAUAAUUUCUGUUUUAUUUCCACAGUCUCGUAGUGGCCUUGACCCAGAAGAUCUCCUUGACGAGCAGUACAACCGAAAAUCAACACUACUCAUGCUGAUAUCUGUGAUUCUGUUAAGCAGUCCUAUAUGCGAGAAGCAGGCGCUCUUUGCAGUUUGUCAGUCUGUUAAAGAAAAUCAGCUGGACCCUCAGCUCAUAAGGAAGGCAAGUGUCUCUUUUGGGCAUAUACAGAUAGUGAGAUAAAAAACACCAGCAACAUGGCAGAAAGAUAUCCUGAUACAAUUAUCAGGCUGAAAUAAUGAGCCUAAAAAUAGAAAAUAUGGGUUAAAAUAACAUACAGAACAUAUCAGAUUAGCGCUGCGGAAUCUGUUGGCACUUUAUUAAUAAAAGAAAGAAGAAAUGAGUGCCCUAAAUAAAUUUAAAAUAUAACCUUUAAUAGUAAUAAUAAAAUAUAGUAUAAAUGUCCAUAGUGGGGAUAGUACUAAAUGAUAAACUAAGGUAUAUGUACACUCUAAUAGGUGACAAUCAAAAUAGGAAAAUAUGUAGGGAUACCCUGUAACUAUUAAGAUAGUUGAGUACAGGGAUAAGCUAGGUUCUGUUUCAAAAUAUAAAGAAACCUAAAAUGUAUAUAUUCUGAAAAUCAGUAUACAAAGAUUGGAGUAUGAGUGUAUAAGUAACUAAAGUAUAUACAAUUAAAUAACCUGAUGAAUAACAGAAGUAUAUACAAAAGGUAAAGAGGUCCUGUUAAAGAAUCACAGAGACCUUCACCACUAAUGUAAACUGAAAAAAAGAAAGUAUAUAGGGUAUAAAAAGAAGGUUCUGUUAAUAUGUUUUCAGAAACCUUCACUUGGUAGUAUGAGCAAAAACUAAUUUUUGCAUUCCACCGAGCCUGAGUUUAAAUAGAGGGUUUUUUGCCCGUUAUUCAGUUAUAUCAGAUACAAGGAAAAUAUUCCUAAUAAAUAAAUGAACUAGCAUAUAUCCUAGUAGUUAGCAGGUCCUGUUCAAAAUUUUUCAGAGACCUGAGCCUUAGUCUGUAUGCAAAACCAAAUGUUUCGCAGUUCGCAGCUAGCAAGCUGACGUUAACCUGUAAGACCAAUUGGUAUAAAUGCAUAUCGUACUGUCAUAUAGGUAAGUCAGGCGUGCAUAUCCGGUGUCGCUAAAAGAAAAUAGAGCACCAAAAACGCAUGCGAGCAAGUGUUAUAGAGAUAGAUGAAUGUGGUUAAACGAAAAAAAUAUAUAUCCACCUAAGAUCUUUAAAGGGGAUAUAGUCAUGAGCCACAAACACAGCAAGGAUAUAUGCUAAAUACAGACUCCAUGGAUAGAAAAUAUGAUACCGCUAUUAGUGAAGGAAUUUCCAAGCUAUUCAGUCUAAGAAACGAACAUACUGUCUAGUUCAAUAGCUAGAUAUUCGAUAGUAAAUUAAUAACAAUUCCCCCUCCCCCCCUGAAAUUUUGCGGUAAAAAUACAGCUCAGAAUCAGAGACAUAAACCUAAAUUGUAGAAUAAAUAGGAGAAUAAAUGCUAAUUCUCAAAAUCCCUGAGAGCCGCUGAUGCGCACGUUUUGCUCGUUUUGCAUGUUUUUGAUUGUAAUUAUUGGUAUUCCUUGCACACUUUGUGGUAAGUGCUAUUCAGAUUUUCUAUUGUUUGUAUAUUUAGAUGUCAAAUUGAUCUCAAAACCUGUGACCGCCCCAUAUUCCACAUUCAUGAAGAAUAAAUAUAUGGGAUGCCCUCUCCAAAAGCAGUUAAACUGAGCUUGCAUAAUAUAAGGCAAAUAUUGUCAUGUAGGGCUCAUGAAGUAUUCUAAGAAAAGGGGGUGGCUUUAUUAAUCUGGAUAGGAGAUAUAGGGCGACCAUCCCUAACUCCUCUGCGCAUGGCUAACUAGUCUAAAUCUAAACUCCUGAGGCAAAGAGUUAUCAUAAGUUUAUUGUGCAAACGUCUGAUUUGAUUAAACAAAGGAAUUCCAUAUAAUCUGUAUUUGAUGACCCAGAACAAAUGAAGUCAUGAUACUUUGUCAAGAAACAAGGAAGACUGUAGUCUAUGAUGUGUGUGGUGGUAGGGCACUGCUUUAAUCGAAUCCCAGCCAAUGUUUAUUUAGUAUUCCGGGUAAUAAAACAUUGCAGCUAUGUACUAUCAUUUGUAUUAAUCACUAGAAAUCUUGGUCUAGAAGUGCUCUUGAUUGAAAUGAAGAAACCUAAUCCAGGUUUCCAUCCAGUUUAAGGAUAAGGUACGAUUCAGUCUUCUGUAGGAGGUGCGGCAGAUACCAUAUCAUUGUAUUUUUAAUAUAUGGAGCAGUAAGGGUUCUAUAUUUCCCUAACAUAGUUACAAUAAUUAACACAUCAGGAUCUGGAAUAGUCUCCUUUUUUAGUAGAUGGAAAUGACCAUUUUACUUCAUUUUUAUCUACUAAGCUACAAGUGUGCAAAUCUCUCCAGUAAGGGUUCGGGUGGAUUUGAUGUUGUGUAUGUAAAUUACUGACGAAGGUAAAGAUUAAAACAAUCGUUUUUCUCUUAAUCUCUCAUUCCAGUAACAGUUUGUCUAACAUGCACUUGGCCUCUAUGUAUGUCUGCUUAUUUGCCAAAGAUCGACCUGCUAUAUAUUGUUCAGUAGCCGGAGUUGAACCAUCAUUUAGAAUGUUGUACUUGGCUACAAAUGAUUCUUUGUUGCUAAGAUAAAUAGGAAACUACUAGUCCCUGGUAUGAUGUGUAGUGGGCCCAGAUUAUGUCAGUGGGGGCAUAGUAAAAUAUCAGGAAAUAGUGUAUGAAUGUUCGUUUAACCCUAAUCAUAAGGCAGUAUGAAAUUAAAACAUAAUAUAUUCUAGAUGAUAUAUUAUGAACUCUAGAUGUGUGUGUUGAUUGCCUGACCUGUUGAUUUCGAUGUAUAUAUUCUAGUUAUUUUUAAGCUCGGUAUAAUUUAUUUUUCUAGGUGUUGGAAAAAGUUUCUGCCAAACUGGGUUACAGAAGUGUGAAUGACUUCAUGACUUCACACUUAGAUUACCUGGUUCUCGAGUGGCUACGAAUGAAGGAUACUGGCUACAACAUAUCCAAUUUCCCUUACGUCUUGUUAAACUACUCCUCACUCCAAGAGUUCUACAGGUGUGUAGGCUUAUGAACUCAACUCAGUUCUCUUGAUUCAAAAUUGUAUAUAGGGCACAUAAUGUCUAUAGUUCUUCCAGCAAAGACACAAUUACCCAAAUUAUAUCAUGUGUGCCCAACAAUAACAAUAAAAGUGGACAAUCCUACAUAUGGGUGCUGAACGGAAUUAUUAAACAAUAAAACAAAUAAAUAAGUGUUUUGGCUUAAGUUAAAGUUUUCCAUCCACUUAAAUACAUACAAAUAGAAAAAGUGCAAUACACCCAGGUGUAACAGUAAAACAAAAAUUAUGCUUAACGCUAUCAGCUAUAUUAGUCUUAAUAUAUGUGAAUCAAACAAAUAUGUAAGUAUUGUCUGGCCCAUGGGUGCCGAACCAGGCCAGGAAUUCUGGAAUAUAGAGCACUAAAACCAUGUUCCAAAUUCCAAACUGUGAAUACGAAUAUAAGCUUUAAGAGGGCUUGCAACACCCAUUUGUACAGUGGAUAAAAGCUGUAAAUGAUUGAUUUACAGUACUUGAUGGAUAGCAUAUGUAUAACUAUAUGAGGACCUAUUUACAAUAUUCAAUAUCUCUUGGCAGAUGCUGCUACAAAGUACUUAUUCCGCACCUUGUAAUACGAAGUGACUUUGAAGUAGUGAAGGCCGUAGCUCAGCAAAUUGAAGAGGACUGGAAGGUCCUUCUGGCCAAUUGUUUUCCAAAGAUUCUGGUCAACGUCCUGCCUUACUUUGCCUAUAAAAGUGCAGAAGACCCAGAGAUGGCCAAGAAGAGGGAACUUGCAUCUAAAGUAUAUGAUUUGCUACAAGAUGAAAAUUGCUUGGGCAAGCAGGUAUUGUUUAGUAGGUUCAAUACGUCUGAGUACACAAGAAAAUACAGUAUAAUAGUAUGAGUUUGGUUAUGUACACCAGGCUAUAUUUGUUUUUCUCUUCUGUUUAUUGAGCAGUCCCAAAAGAAAAGGUUACACAUGUCAUGCGUUAGACUGGUUGCAUUUAAUCUAAUUUCUUUUCUUAUUGGUUCUAUACUUAAUAUGUUUUUUUAAAUGUCUCUCUACAUACUUUUGUGAUGCCGUGCUUUGUCUUUUACAUUAUGAAAAAUCUUUAAAUGUUUAUCCUAUUACACCCCUUUCUUGACAUCAUUGUUAUCUCGAUUUUCAUUUAGAAUAUUUUAAUGCUGAUUCUUCUAUUAUUGAUACAAUUUGAACGCAGCUCUACUUCUGUUUGCAGCAAAUUGAUGGCUUGUUUCUCCGUCACUUGCCCGAUAUUGUGGGGGAGCUGCUGAUGACGUUACAUGAAACCUCCACCGGCGCAAAUACUGAACAGUCUGACUUAAUUCAGUUUGCUGGGUAAGGGAAGAAAACCGGCAUCUAUGUCUGUUGGUGCUCACCUAUUUACCAAAUACUAAAUUAAAAACAUUGAUAACAGCUAAGUUCUGUAGAAAGCAUUCUUACCAAGUGGAAGGAGAGAUCCUGUUACCUUAUCAAGUUCCACUGGACCAGAGACACACUCCCCCAUGCAAUUGAAAGUUUGUGUCUUUGGAGUAGUGGAUGGCUGGUACUGGCUCCUAGUUCAACUUCCUCUCUUCUGCCGAGUGAAAGGAGAGCCUGCCAUGCCCUAGAUAAGGGACCUGCUCUAUGAGAUAUCUUCAAUGUGGGUUGAGUGGGAGAUAUUGCUAUUUCCCUAAGUGGUCUCUUGUGAACCCCUGGGUUUAAUGGCAAUCUAUAGAUGUACUGCCUACACCUCCCCUUCUUUCCCCUCCCCGAUGGUGACCCUUCAAACAUUUAUGGGUUAGUGGUCAGUUUGUUGUGAGCUUUCUGAUCAGAAUUUGGCAAGUUCUUCCAGAGGGAAAUUCUUUAUUGAAUUCAGUUUGAGGGCAGUUGGUGUAUUUGGUAAACGGCUUACAGCCAGAAUCACUCAAAGAAGCCAUAUAUAGUCACCUUGAGAUUCAGGUUCAGCUUAUUGAGUCAAAUAUUGAGAUCAUAAUUGGGGCUAGGUAAGGGAAUACAUUCAAAGGGGCACUGUUGUGAAAAGCUAUUGUGGCAAAACCGUGAAAGAUAACAUAAAUAAAAGUGAAAAAAACAAACAUGUUACAAAGUGGUGAUGUAUUUUGUUCUAGGGAAUUGGAUCCAGCCCCAAAUCCUCCAUAUUUUCCAUCCUACGUCAUAAAGGCAACCUUGGAUUAUAUCAGCAGCUGUCACAAAAGCAAGCUCAAAAGUCUUGUGGCGAUUCUAUCAAAGACCCCUGUGAGUAUACAUGAAUACAGCAAUGUGUUUCUAUUACCAUAUUGAUCUUUACUAUCUCUCCAAUCUACCUGGCAAUGUAAAACAUUUACAUUUUGCUAUAAACACACAUCAAUUGGCUAUCAGAGUGAGAGCCCCUAGAGACAGUUCCUCAUAGGAAGUUUUCAAUUAUUGAAAGUCUUCACGUUUGAAAUCAUCACACACUGCAUGAUGCUGCUGAAUAAUGUGAACACUUCUCAUUAAGAAGCAUUGAAUUAAUUGCUUCUCCAUAAGAAACAUUUGAUUGGCGGAGUGUGGGAAUAGCAGCAAAUGUGCAGUAAGUUCCCAAAGCUUAUCUAGAACCAUUACAUUGGACCAGAGAGAAUCUGGACUUAUGAUCUCAGAAGAGGAGGCUGCCGGGAGGAUAUUGCCCAGUGUUUGAUUCCUGGUAAAUUUUACUUUGUUUUUUUAAUUUUAUUUUAAAAGAGAAGGUCCAUACAUGAAAGUUCAAAAAAGCAUACCAACAUUACAAAUAAAUAAUGUUAGAUUGUUUCUUUAAUCCCCUUCGCUUUAUGGUUUGAACGUAACUCAUUCAAAAUAAUAAACUUUGGUAACGUUUCUCUUCUUGAGCUGUCUGGAACUGUCAAAGUUUGUUCUUACGGGUGUAAUUGGGUACCAUGCAUGAAUGAUGUCAUAUUCCACUUGCAGGAGUCCUUUCAAAAAAUAUUAUUGUCGAUUAGCACGCAAGCUGCAGAAACCAGCAAUGUCUACAAGAAGCACCGCAUUUUAUCUGUCUACCACCUGUUUGUUAACCUGCUGCUUCUAGAAAUGAAAGAUGGUCUUGGAGGUGCUUGGGCUUUUGUUUUGAGAGAUGUCAUUUACACCUUGAUCCACUACAUCAACAGCAGGUAUACCUUCUGUUACAGAGGCAUCACAUUGUAAACACCACUUUACACUAACAACAACAAAAAUAUUUUAAAUUUAAUAUACAAAUCUAGAAAUAUUUCCCUAUUGGCUUUUUUUAUAUCUUACUACACUUUUAUCUGAUAGGGUUUCCCUCUCUGUUGAUGGAGUUACUGCACGCACUUUUCUGUUAUGCCUUGACCUUCUGCACCGUGUUUGUCAAACUGCUGUUGACUACUGCAAGGACGCCUUAGAGAGUCACCUCCACGUCGUCGUGGGCACACUGAUCCCGUUGGCCAACAGCCAGGUUGAAAUUCAAACACAGGUAAAUCCAUUCAGUGCUAUACCAGAGCUAAUAGCAUUCAGUACAAUCCCGAUUUAGUGAAUAACUCUUACAAUUGACUUUUGUUUAUGAUAAAAGUUGUAGUUCUCAUAAAGCCAAACAUUUUGAAAUAAAAGUUAUGUUCUACAUAAAAAAUACUUUUUUUAAAUUUUAUUUUAUAUGGUUUCCAAAGGUUUGCAUUGAUGUUCUGUUUCAUCUUUAGUUUCUAUUUUAUUCGUCAUGUAUUUUUAUCUUAACGAUUUUAUAAAAAAAUAAAUACACACAAAAACAAUUGUGUCUAUUAAUAUCAGGCACGCACAAUAGUGUCACUUGUUCAUGUUUUGCGUCAUGGAAGUUCAGUUUGUGGACACCUUUCUAUACUUAUUUAAAGCAACACAUGCCUACUAAUGACCUGCUGCUCAUUUUCACUAUUAUUCAGGUGUGUGACUUGUUAACCUUUCUGGUAAUUGAGAACAAGGACAAUGAGCAUCUUUACCAUACAAUUAAACUACUGGACCCUUUCCCGGAUUAUCCUAUCUUUAAGGAACUGCGCCAAGUCCAUCAGAGAAUCAAGUACAGUCGAGGCCCGUACACUCUUCUACAGGUAUUAGCCUUUUCUGUUGUACAGAUGCAAUGUGAAAUGGUUAUGAUUAAAGGCAUGCUAUUUGAUAAUGAAUGCACUUUGUCCUAUGCAAAGGUGGCUAGUUUAUUAUUACUACCCGCAUACCCAUUUAUCACCAGCUCACCUCUGUUACAUUGAAGAAUUGUAUGUGGAAUUCAUAAUACUAAGAUCUCACGGACAGUAGAAACUCAUUAAUGUAACCUUGAUUAAAGAAAAAAAUUUCUACUGUCUGCCGUUGUGUAGAAGUUACAGUAAAACAAGCAUGUCAAAUGCAAAGGCUAACAUGGUCCAAAUAAACAAGGUUUACGCGGGCCGCAAAAAAACAAAAACUUUACUUAAAAGACCCAAACCAUCCAUCCCUGCAACAGGUUUCAUAGAAAUGUAGGUUUAUUUUGAAAAGUACAGUGCCUCCAUGCAGAUGCAAGCUAAUACACUGCCCCAUCCACAACACAAAGUGGGCCCAGGACAUAGAAACAUAGAAACAUAGAAACAUAGAAUGUGACGGCAGAUAAGAACCACUCGGCCCAUCUAGUCUGCCCAAUUUUCUAAAAACUUUCAUUAGUCCCUAGCCUUAUCUUAUAGUUAGGAUAGCCUUAUGCCUAUCCCAUGCAUGCUUAAACUCCUUUACUGUGUUAACCUCUACCACUUCAGCUGGAAGGCUAUUCCAUGCAUCCACUACCCUCUCAGUAAAGUAAUACUUCCUGAUAUUAUUUUUAAACCUUUGUCCCUCUAAUUUAAGACUAUGUCCUCUUGUUGUGGUAGUUUUUCUUCUUUUAAAUAUAGUCUCCUCCUUUACUGUGUUGAUUCCCUUUAUAUAUUUAAAUGUUUCUAUCAUAUCCCCCCUGUCUCGUCUUUCCUCCAAGCUAUACAUGUUAAGAUCCUUUAACCUUUCCUGGUAAGUUUUAUCCCGCAAUCCAUGAACCAGUUUAGUAGCCCUUCUCUGAACCCUCUCUAAGGUAUCAAUAUCCUUCUGAAGAUACGGUCUCCAGUACUGUGUACAAUACUCCAAGUGAGGUCUCACCAGUGUUCUGUACAAUGGCAUGAGCACUUCCCUCUUUCUACUGCUAAUACCUCUCCCUAUACAACCAAGCAUUCUGCUAGCAUUUCCUGCUGCUCUAUUACAUUGUCUGCCUACCUUUAAGUCAUCAGAAAUAAUCACCCCUAAAUCCCUUUCCUCAUAUGUUGAGGUUAGGACUCUAUCAAAUAUUCUGUACUCUGCCCUUGGGUUUUUACGUCCAAGAUGCAUUAUCUUGCACUUAUCCACAUUAAAUGUCAGUUGCCACAAUUCUGACCAUUUUUCUAGUUUACCUAAAUCAUUUGUCAUUUGGCUUAUCCCUCCUGGAACAUCAACCCUGUUACAUAUCUUAGUAUCAUCAGCAAAAGACAUACCUUACCAUCAAGACCUUCUGCAAUAUCACUAAUAAAAUAUUAAAGAGAAUGGGUCCAAGUACAGAUCCCUGAGGUACCCCACUGGUGACAAGUCCAAGCUUCGAAUAUAUUCCAUUAACUACAACCCUCUGUUGCCUGUCACUCAGCCACUGCCUUACCCAUUCAACAAUAUUGGAAUCCAAACUUAAAGAUUGCAGUUUAUUGAUAAGCCUUCUAUGUGCAACAGUGUCAAAAGCCUUACUGAAAUCUAGGUAAGCAAUGUCUACUGCACCACCCUGAUCUAUUAUUUUAGUUACCCAAUCAAAAAAUCAAUAAGAUUAGUUUGGCAUGAUCUCCCUGAAGUAAACCCAUGUUGUCUCUGAUCUUGAAAUCCAUGUGUUUUUAGAUGUUCAUCAAUCCUAUCCUUUAACAUGGUUUCCAUCACUUUCCCCACUACUGAAGUAAGGCUUACUGGCCUAUAGUUGCCCGACUCCUCCCUAUUACCUUUCUUGUAAAUGGGCACAACAUUCGCUAACUUCCAAUCUUCUGGGACUACACCUGUUAACAAUGAUUGGUUAAAUAAAUCUGUUAAUGGUUUUGCUAGUACACCACUAAGCUCUUUUAAUAGCUUUGGGUGUAUUCCAUCAGGUCCCAUUGACUUAUUUGUCUUUACUUUUGACAGUUGAAAUAGAACCUCUUCCUCUGUAAACUCACGUGUAAUAAAUGACUCAUUUAUCCUUUUUCUCAACUGAGGUCCCUUUCCUUCAUUUUCAUCUGUAAAUACAGAACAAAAAUAUUCAUUGAGGCAGUCAGCUAGACCUUUAUCCUCUUCUACAUACCUUCCUUCUUUUGGUUUUAAUCUAACUAAUCCUUGUUUUACUUUUCUUUUCUCAUUUAUGUAUCUAAAAAAUGUUUUAUCCCCCUUUUUUACUGUCUGUGCUAUUUUCUCUUCUGUGUGUGAUUUGGAAGCUCUUAUAACUUGCUUAGCCUCUUUCUGCCUAAUCUUAUAGAUCAUUUUGUCUCCCUCACUCUGGGUUUUUUUAUAAUUCCUAAAUGCUAACUUUUUGUUUUUAACUAUUUUGGCCACAUCUGCGGAGUACCACAGUGGUUUCUUGAAUUUUUUGCUUUUACUGACAAGCCUAAUGCAAUUUUCUGUUGCCUUCAAUAGUGCAACUUUUAAAUAAUCCCAUUUUUCUUGGACUCCAUUUAAAUUGCUCCAGUCUGAUAAGGACAGGUGGGCCGCAAAUAUAUCCAUUGUGGGACGCAAGUUUGAUGUGCUUGCAGUAAAACAUAUUGUUAUGCUUCCAAUUUGGUUAAAGGGAAACUAUAGUGCCAGAAAGAAAAACUAUUUUUCCUAGCGCUGCAGCUUCCCUCCCAUUUAAGGUGCCCCACUCCCAUGGUGCAGAAGGGGUUAAAAAUCCCUUCUGCCACUUACCUGGGUUCGGCGCCGAUGUCCCUUGGCGCUGGCUCGGGUCCACCUUCACUACUCUCUUGCUGACUUCUGUCUGCAGUUGAGACCUAAUGCACAUGCGCAGCAAUGGCCGCGCUUGCUUUAUGAUUUCCUCAUAGGAAAGCAUUAUUCAAGAGUCAUGAUUCUGGUGACGCUGGAAGUCCACAUGACCAAAAGUCGCCUUAACACCCAGAAGUCCCUGUAGUGGCUUUCUGGUAGACAACCACUAGAGGAGAAGUUUACCAUAGAAACAUAGAAUGUGAUGGCAGAUAAGAACCAUUCAGCCCAUCUAGUCUGCCCAAUAUUCUAAAUACUUUCAUUAGUCCCUGGCCUUAUCUUAUAGUUAGGAUAACCUUAUGCCUAUCCCACGCAUGCUUAAACUUAUUAAUUACAUGCUCAGGGUUAAAAAUAAUAGGACACUGCACCCAGACCACUUCAAUGAGCUGAAGUGGUCUGGCUGCCUACAUUGUCCCUUUAAGUUUAGAAGGUAUGGUUCAGCGCUCCAUGAAGAAGGAACUCUUUUGAUAAUUAGUUACUUAGUAGCCUUAUUAUUAUUUUUAGUGUUUAUGUAGCGUCAACAUACUCUGCAGUGCUUUACAAUAUUAUUAUGGGAACUUAAACAACAAAUGAGACAAACUAUUAAUAUUUUUACAUUCUAUAGACGAGCUUACAAUCUAGAGAUUCUUAUUGUUGUCUUUCUUUCAGGAAGUAAACCAUUUUCUGUCUGUAAGCGUCAGUGAUUCUCUUCCUCUGACGAGGCUGGAAGGUUUAAAUGACUUACAAAAACAAUUAGAGCAACAUAAGGAUCAGGUGAAAGAUCUUGUAAGAGAUUUUGAAGGUAUGGAGCCCAUCUAAAUCUCAUUGUGCAUCUUGAUCUAAAGCUAUAUUGAUUUUGGAAAUUGUAAUUUUUCACAAUACAGAAGUUGUGAUCAUCUGUCACUUGACCAUAAAUUUGGCUAAUCAGUGUAAUAUAACCAAACUUGAAUUAUAAAGGUUUACUUAAGAUGUAUGACAUGUCUAAAUGUUUUUUGUUUUUUUUUGUUAGUUAAUCCACAAGAAAGUGUUAUUAUGAGACUUGUGGUUAAUCUGCUACAGCUUGCCAAGUGUGCUGUCCAUCAUGAAAAUGGGAAAGAGGUUUUAGGUAAGCCGUGUAUAACAUCAUGCAGCUUACUAAUGUUGAAUACGUCUGCUGUUUUGGAUGUGUUCAUUUUAGAAUUGAAUUCAGAAACUAGAGAAAACACAGGAACUAUUUAAAUAUUGCAAAGUCUCUAUGAUAAAAGUCCCUACAUUUCAUUUCAAAUAUGGGCCUCAGUUUCAUAUUUUUGAAUAAACAUUUUAAAUGAUUUACUGUUUAUAAACUUUUAAAACAUUUUUUCUAAAUAUUAAAAUAUCAAUAUAUAUAUAUAUUUUGUAUGUGAUACAUUAAUAUAUAGUAAAAAAAAAAAAAAAUAGAGCGUUACCUGCACUCUGGCCUAAAUCCCCAUGUACAUUUAAACAAAAUGGAGGCUCUUUAGUUUUAUUCCAAUGGCCAUUUGAAUAUAUAAGCUCACCUGCCACGUCAAGGCAAGCCUCAAUAGGUGAGUUCCUACACUAGCAAUUAGAUAUGCUGAUAUCAGCCAAGGAUCUCCAGUAAGACAGGAAGGGGUAUUUUAUAAACCCUUUCACAUUUAACCCUUUAUAGGGCUUCUACACAUACAAUAAACUUUGCUAGUAUCAGACAAAGUGUAAACAUCUCUAAUGAGACAUGAAGGGGUGUUUUAUAAACCCCUACAUACUUAACCUAUAAAUUAAUAUAUACCAGCAAGAUAUUAUUAUAUUUUUCAAAAUAUUAAACCAAAGUUUGUCCAAAAAUAUUACAUUAUUUGAAAAGAUUAUCCAAGAAUAUUAAAUUGAGGCCAUAGCUUGUGAUAAGGUAAUUUGAAAUGCACAAAUAUUCAGUGACUUUAGAGGGCAAAUGUCAAGCAAAUAUUAGUUGUGAUAAAAUGGUAGCUAGUGUAUACUUUUAUCUUGUUAUUAAAUUUAGCAGUGUUACAUGCUGUUCACAUUUAUGUAUUCGUUACAUAUUUUAUUUAAUCAGUAUUUUUUUUCCCGGUGUGGAUAUGGUUGUAUGGAAUUAGCCUUAGGAAGAGGAUUUUUGUGUUAUCUAUGUAAAACAAUUGAAGAAGGAAUACAGUUGAAGUCUUUAUUUUCUUCUCUUGUGCUGAAAUGCCCAGUUAUUUUGUCUAGGUGUAACAUCACGUUUAACAGACAUUUUAACUAUUUAAGAAAUUUAGAAUAAAGACAAUACAAAUUUCAAUUUGUAUCUACAGACGCUGUUGGUAGUUGCCUUGGUGAAUUGGGGCCUAUCGACUUUUCGACUAUAGCACUCCAGCACAGAAAGGACCCCGUAUAUUUCAAAGCCAUGGAGGUUUUCACUGACAAUGAGCUUCAGUGUGUGCUUGUCAUCCUGACAUUAAUAAAUAAUGCCAUGACAGACCAAUGGUGAGUAUCCCUGUUCCAAGCUUCCUUUGCUCUUGCAGUGACAACAUUGUAUGUAGACUGAUGUAGGCAUUACUGUAAAUUGGUUUAACUCACGUGGGAUGAAAGUCAGUGUCACAAAAGUCAUUACUAACAUUUCUGCCAACAUGUAACCAGUCAUAAACCUUUAAAAGGGCAUAUUCCACCAGAAAUCAAAUAUUCAAAGUGUACUCUAAACAGUAUUAUUUAAAUCCAGGUGCAUGGCUUUCUAUAAUAUAGACUUUCAUUUUUGCGCUAAAAAGGAACACUUGAAGUACCAUAACCUCUUCAUUCUACUUUAACCCUCUGACUGCAUAUUUUUUUUUUUUUUAAAUCUCAAAUUAGUACAAAGAAAAAAUGUCCAAAGCACUCUGCACACAAUGCAAAGAAACAUACACUGAACAAAAUUAUAAAUGCAACACUUUUGUUUUUGCGCCCAUUUUUCAUGAGCUGAACUCCAAGUUCGAAGACUUUUUCUAUGUACACAAUGAGCCUUUUUCUCUCAGAUAUUGUUCACAAAUCUGCCUAAAUCUGUGUCAGUGAGCACUUCUCCUUUGCCGAGAUAAUCCAUCCACCUCACAGGUGUGGCACAUCAAGAUGCUGAUUAGACAGCAUGAUUAUUGCAAAGGUGUGCCUUGGGCUGGCCACAAUAAAAGGCCACUCUAAAAUGGGCAGCAAUUCAUUGACUGGAUGAGAGUGUUUGCAGAGCACUCUCAGCCAGUGAUAGAGUCAAAUAAGUUCCUAGAUUGACCAAUAUUAACAUCAUCCUUUUAAAGCUACUGUGAUGGUAUUUCUGUCCAUAACAAAGCUACAAUGUCCUCCUUACUUGCCCACCACCCAGGCUAAAUACUAUAUCUAUAACUCUGUUUGUGCUUCUUGUAUUAGUAUCCAGGUCCGAUCAGCGGCUGCAACUUGUUUAAAAAAUAUUUUGGCCACCAAAACUGGCAAUUUGUUUUGGGAUGCAUAUAAAGACAGUGGGGAUCCUAUGCUGGCAUACCUGCAGCCGUUCCGCAUUGCUAAGAAAAAGGUGCGUCUGUUUUGUUCUCUUUCUGCAGCUAAAAAAAAUAUAGAGUUGUAUAUUAUGUUAAUAACAGCAUAAACCAAAAUAUAGGUUUUGCAAAACCUAUACAAUGUUGUGUAGUGUGGUACAAUCAUGUAUAACUAAUUUAACCAUGUGUAUGCACAUGCAAAGCUAGUACUAGACUUUUCUGAUUAUGGCAGUGGCAUUUUGAGAAACUUUAUAUUUGUUAUGCAUUGAAUCACGUGUAUAUAUGUAUAUGGUAGAUGAUUCCAUAUAUAUAUAUAUAUAUAUAUAUAUAUAUAUAUAUAUAUAUAUAUAUAUGUGGGUGUAUUUGUAAUGGUUUAAUUUAGAGAGUUACUCCAAGCAUCAUAACCACUGCAGCCCGCCACUGCAGUAAUGGGGCAAGCCGUUUCACAGCUGAUAGCCUUUCAAUUAAGCCUCCUGGAAUGGCAUAUGACAUGUAUCCUGCUUCUGGAGAUCUACAGAAACCAGAUGCUGAUCCCACCAUUCAUUCAUUGGCUGAGAGUGCCAUCUGGGCGCUGUCAGACAAGGAAUGAAACUCUCUGCAUAGAAUAUUCACAGAAUUGACAUUAGCCUUUCCAUAACACAUGUUCUAGGCUGGCUAAUUACUUACCAAUGACACUGCCAGGGGUGGAGUUACACCUUGUGGAGCAUCAUUAAAUAUAUCUGUAUAGGAAAUGCUGCACACACAGAUUUCAAGCACCAUGACUACUUCAAAUCAGUGAAGUGGUCAUGGUGCUUGGAGUAACCCUUGACCAAGACCCUUGUUUGUGUGAAUUUCAAAUUUAAGGCAACAUUAGCUGACUUAAGUAAUUCAUUUUCCAGUACAGUUAUUUUGACCUUAUAUUUUAAAAUUCACUGAAUGUGAAUUUAAAAUUUAAGGUCAAAAUAGUCCUAGUCGAAAAAUUCAGCUGCGCUUUCAGUUUGGCUACAAUUUAAAUUAAGAUUCACUUUGAACUCUCACUUUGAAACAAAUUCAUAAUCAAAGCAAAUACAGUUUCUUUCUGUUUAUCGGAUGUAAUGCUUCCGAUGUCAUUAUAGAUAGUAUGUAUGUCUUAGAAAAUAUUUUGCAUAUCUGUUUUGUAGCAGCACAUGACAGCGUAAAUGCAUAUUAGUUAUUAAAUAUUGAAUACAAUGUGAAUAAAUUAAAGACGGCAAUGCAUAUAUAUUGUCAGAAAGGUCUGAGGAGGUUUUACUGCAGUAUUCUAGUAUUCUUUAUACUACUAUAAAGCAAAUUACUUCGAGAUUGUGGUAUUUUGAAAUUAUUUAAUAUGCUAGCUAUACAUACUUGAGUUUAAAUCAUGAUUUACACUAUGUUGUUAGCUGCACCAGCCAUAUUAAAAACAAUGUGGUCAUAAAUUGGUUAAUGGAUUAAGAAUAUUUGUUAUUUAUAUUAUUCAUUUUGACCUGCAUGGACUUGCAUAUUUUUAGGCAUAGGUGUAUUUUGUAUUUGUGUUUUCUAGUUUCUGGAAGUAGACGACAUUGAGACAGACAGUUCUUUGGAAAUCUUAGAUGACUCCAGUCUUUGGAUAGCCCAGAAUGACAGCCAUGAGAGCUGGUUAAAAACCCUGACUUGCGCAAUUCUAGACAGUGGUGGCGUGAAAAGUGAGGUUCUUCUGUUACUAAAGCCAAUGUGCGAGGUGAGUCUAUAUUAUUAUUAUUAUUAACUAUGUGAGCUAUUAGUCCUUUGGUGCCUUGCAGAUAUCUGCUAUACAUCAAUCUCAAUAAUUUAAUCCUAAUCAGUAACACUGGGGCAGACUGUUUUGGCUGUUUUUUUGUUUGUUUUAAAAGAGUUUUAUUGACAAAGGAGAGAAUACAAUGAGGCAAAUAAAGAACAACAAAAAGUCACACGUUAUCAGCAAAGUACAGAACAAAAAACUGAAUGGGAGAUGAGAUUUAACAUGUGUAGUUAGGGAAAACCACAAAAGACUGACUCCGGAAUAGUUAUAGACAACAGAUUACACAACCAUGUGUAAUAUCAUUCAUUAUUUGCUAGCACAUUAAUUCAUAGUCUAAAAUAUAAUUUUGCCUCUAUAUAAAUCAGUUGUAAGAACGAGACUUGAAUAUGUUACAUGCAAUUGUGGGCACAUUUUUUAAAUAAAUGCAGAAACAAGCUACAAAAUUAAUAAGGGGAAUGGAGAAUUUUAGUUAUGAAGAAAGAUUAUAAAUUCUGAACUUAACUUUUACUUGAGAAGAAAAUGUGUCUCAAAAGAGAUAUAAUAACAAUAUGUACAUAAUAUCAUACAAACAGUUCUCUGGUAACCUUUCAUAAUGAAAACUGUCCAGAGGAGAAUAAUGACCCAAUUAGACUUGAAGAAAGGAAAUUUUGCUUGAAGCAGAGUUAAGGGUUCUUUACAAAUUCUGUACAGAUUAUUGAAUAAAAUCUGGAUUCCUUUUUUUGUUAGUUUGAAAUCUUUUCAAAUUUGGGUUUUUCGCCCUCUUAUGAAUCUACAUCAGUAACAGAUAUGUGUGAUAGGUUAAACUUGAUGUAUUUGAGUCCAACUGAAUUUUCUUUUAUGCAUUUUAACUGUUUGUAUGAUUGCUGCAGGUAAAAGCAGACUUCUGUCAAGCUGCUCUGCCGUAUCUCUUCCAUAAUAUUCUACUUCAAGACUCCAAUGAAACUUGGAGAAAACUUUUAUCAAAGCAUAUCCAGGGCUUUUUCACAUCAUGCUGUCGGUCUGCAACAAACACAAGUAGAUCAGCUACACCAGCAAGCUCAGAUUCAGGUGCUUAUUUUCUUAUUGUGAGCUGUGUUCAUGUAUGGUAAUUACAACAGUGGUUUAUGUAAGAAUUAGAUUGGUCUCUGAAUAAAAUGACAUUAUGCAACUUCCAGUUUAUUAAUCUGCUACAUUCUUUUCAUCAAAUAAAAUUCACAACCCUGAAAUUCCCACAGUUAUAUCUCCACCUCACAGUAAACUUUAUACCACUUCCCCUCAUUUACUAUUUGCAAGAUCCAUUUUCCUGUUUUCAAAAAAAGUAGCCUAUCCGUGUACCUUACCACAGAAGCAAUUGAAACUUUCCUCUCUCCAUACACAAUGUAUCGCUUGACUGUCUUAAAUAAGUUAAUACAAUUCUACAAUAAAUACACCUUAAAAUAAAAUAAAACAAUAAAUACUCUCAAGUACAUGCUGUCUAUUACUACAAGCAAACUACCAGUUCUUCUCUGAACACACAAGAAAUCUAUUCCUUCUGACACAAUGUGUCCCUUACUGUCUUAUAGUAAAUGCUCUCUACCACUACCUGUCUCCCACCACACUUAAUCUACCAAUUCUUCUCUUCCUCCACAAGCAACACACCACAUAUGCGUUCUCUUGUCGAGCAUUAUUAUUAUUAUUUCAUUAUUUAUAUAGCACCAGCAAAUUCCUUAGCGCUGUACAACGGGUGGACUAACGCACACAUAAUUGUAUCCAGACCAGUGGACGCACAAGAACAGAGAGGUUGAGGGCCCUUCUCAAUGAGCUUACAUGCUGGAGGGAAUAGGGUAUAGUGACACAAAAGAUGGAAGUAUGGCUAAUGAAAUAGGUUACUAGAAAAUUAUUCACUGAGAACUUGGGUUAUUUUUGACAGUUGCAGGAGAAGAGUCAUUGUGGGGAGGGGGGGGAUGAAAUCCCGCUAACAGUUUAAUUGAUAUGCUUUCCUGAAGAAGUGUGUUUUCAAAGAUUUUUUUGAAGCAGUGGAGACUGGGUGAAAGUCUAACGGAGAAAGGAAGGGAGUUCCACAGAAAAGGAACUUACCUUCAUUUCUCUUUCAGAAAUAAACUACGUCACCACCUUCAUCAAAAUAUCUCAUAAAUCUUUUCUUCCUGCUUAUUCAAUAUAGGGUAGGGUGAAUUCAUUAUAAUAUAUAGAAGUCUAGUGCUUCAUAUUCAUUGCAGACAUAAAUUGUAGAGAGGACUUACAUUUGUUACUUAUAGGGUUAGAAAUUUACGUUACCCAUUUGGCAUAACUCUGUAUCUGAUGAUGAGUUUAAUUGACUAGUUAAUUUUCCUGAAAGAAUAGACACAUUACCUGCUCUCCACUUCUUACUUGAAUGUGAUAUUACAUUAUUACAUACAGCAAAAAACAUGGCCACUGAUAAAUCUUGUACGUAAUUCCUUUUCCUUUCUUUCUACACAGAGUCUGACUGCUUAGCGAGGGGGACUCUGGACAUUGCCUCAAGGCGUACAAUGCUAAGCGUGGUUGAAUACUUGAGGAAACAAAAAAGGUAGAUUUGUGUUUUUUCUCUUUUUUCUUUAAAGAAAAGAUUUAAAAAUGUAUAUUUUUUUAAUUAUAUUUUGGUUUGGUUUUUUUCUUAAUAAAUGUAUGUGAUUUCCCUUUGUUUAAUAACAUUUCCAUAAGAUGUACCUUUGUUUCAGCGCUGGGACAGAAUUACAAGAAAAGCUUCUGAGCCUAAUUUUUCUCUAAUGCACUGCUAAACUUUUGUGACUUUUAUCCAAUCAGAUGACCAGAAGAGACAUGGCAGAAAUGUAGCAAUCACUGCAAUCAUGCCAAUUCAAUACUUCUCCUAGAGAAACCUUGAACUAAGUGUUUCUCGAAGAAGUAUUAGUGGCAUUUUGUGUCAUCAAGCUCUGCGUGAUUACCUCGAACAUGAAGUGGUCCUUAAAAAAUUAAUUGGAAGAGCUUGCAGAUUAAGAAAACUUAACAUAAGCUUAUAAACCACAAGUGUGUUCACUUUUAGGUAUAUUUCAGGUAAUUAAAGAAACAAUCCUGGCUGACUCCUGCCCCAUAAGGAUUUUCUUGAGUGGAGUCAUAAUGGGGGCUGGAGUUACUGGUUACUUGGUUUAACCCAAAUUUGUCCUUCCGCCUCUCUACCUCUUAUUUCCUCCUCUGGGACGCAGCAAUGGUCAGGAAGGCUUAACCUUCAGCCAAUGCUCUCAUCCUAUCACUGGCUGUCGAUUAGUAGUAAUAGUACGUACUGUAGUUUCUUACUUUAAUGAACCUUUUGUUGUUUUAAAAAACGUACAUAGUUUUUUUUUGGUAAUGCUUAAUGCUUAACAAGCUGAUAUGUUGAUAUCUAGGCCAGUAUCAGGAACAGCCUUUGAUGACAAUUUCUGGCUGGAUCUGAACUACCUUGAGGUGGCAAUGGCAGUCCAGUCCUGUGCCGCUCACUUCACUGCUUUACGGUACGCUGAAAUCUACGCAGACAAGAUAAAACUUGACGGAGAGCAACGAGCAAGGUAACUUAGAUAUAGGUUUCAUUAAAUUUAAGUCACUAAUAUAUUUUAUCCCCAAUUAUUUCUCUAAAUGAUGAACAAAUAAAAAUUUUAAUUGUGUAAAAAUGCAUAUCAUUUUUGUAGUUGUGUACUGCAAUCUGUACAUGUAAAUGCUGAUUUUUCCAGUAAUUAAUCACAUAUUUCAUAAAUGCUAUUUUAAAAAAAAAAAAACAAAACACACAAAUAAUAGUGCAGUGAAUGGACUUAAUUGCCUCCCUCCCUCUCUCCUACCCACCCAUCCACCAGCCCUUAGAAGUGGAAAUCAACUUGUGGAGCUUACAUUCAAUUUAUUUUUGCCUUGUUUUUAAGGCAUGUCUAUAAAACACAUUAAACUGUUUAAACUAAAUUUAAUGUUGAGACAUUAUUCAUUAUACCUUCCAUACCUGUAGUAGCUUUCACCACAUAUUCUUCUCUACAGACUUGCAGUAUAUAUUCCCACUCAUUCCACUGUCCACACCUAUAAAAUCCAUUUUAACUCCACCCUCCCCACUGAUAGAAUCCAUUUGUAUCCAUUUAUUAAUGGAAGAAUCGAGUUUUACUUAUUCCACCCUCCACACUGGUAAAAUACAUUAUUACUUAUUCCUGCUUCUGUAGAAUCCUAUCUCACUGUUUCCAGCCUUACCACCAAGAGAACCCAUUCUCACUCAUUCCACCUUCCACAUUUACAGAAUCCUUUCUCUUUCCUUCCAUCCUCCAUACAAGUAGAAUUAGUUGUCCAUGCAUUCACAUCUCUAGAAUCCAUUCUUUUUUCUUUCCACUUCAAUACCUUUAGAACCUUUCCUUCUCUUUCCACCUUCUUCAUAAUAUUGCAUCUUAUUAAUUUUUCUCUCAUGAACAGGUCGAUGACCAGUGCCCGAAAGAGUCUUAAAUUUGAAGAGGAAAGUCAAGUUAUGAUGAUAACCAGUUUAAGUGAGAAAAGCAAAGAAGAGACAGGGAUAAGUCUGCAGGUAAGAACAGAGUUUAAAGGGACACUCCAGGCACCCAGACUACUUCUGCCCAUUGGAGUGGUCUGGGUGCCAACUCUCACUACCCGUAACCCUGCAACUGUAAUUAUUGCAGUUUUUAUAAACUCCUCCUCUAUUGGAUGUCUACUAGACAGCCACUAGAGGGCACUUCCAGGAUUAUAGCACAGAUUUUCUGUGCUAUAGCGUCACUGGCCGUCCCCACCUAUGUGAGGACCUCCAGCGUCGCUAAAAUCCCCAUAGGAAAGCAUUGAAAUUAUUUUCAAUGCUUUCCUAUGGGGAAGUCUAAUGCGUAUUAGGCCGCCCCCACCUCCCCCCCGCCGGCGUGCGUGAUCAGUCCCCCCGGCCGACUGACGUGGUGACGGGGAGGAGCGUGGGCGGACCAAGAAGCAGCGCCGAGGGACAUCAUCGCUGCCUCUGGUAAGUCACUGAAGGGGUUUUGACCCCUUCAGCAACCGGGAUGGGAGGUGGGAGGGAGAGGGGACCUGCAGUACCAGGAAAACGAUUCCAUUUCCUGGCACUGGAGUGUCCCUUUAAUACCUGUUGGGUUUAUAAAGAGAGAAAGAAGGGAGUCAAUAUGUUAUGCUCAGAAGUCAGUAUCAAGAUCAUUAUCAGUUUUCAGAAGAAUUACUAUCGUGGCUUGCAAAUAACCUUUUUUGCAUAAUUCUGUAUAGCCAUCAUAAUUAAUUUCCUGAUAUAAAUGCAGAGUUUGCAUUACGUUGGAAAAAACAACUUGCCCCUACCCAUUCUUCCACAUAGUUUGCGAUGAGGUGGAGGGCAAAAAAACAAUGUGGUUUGGUGUUCACUCAGAGGUUCAGGAAAUUAGUCAUACCUCACUUUUGAUUUUAUGGUGAGAUAGGUUUCCAUGAGCAUAUCAGACUGGUUCCAGCAACAUGGGAAGUCUAGCACCAAAAUACCACCCAAGUCUCCUCUGUAUGACACAGUAAGCUUAAAAAUACAUUUUAGUUAUUUUUACGACAUGUCAAUCUAGUAUGACUGAUAGUUCCUUGGGCACUGUGAGCAAAAGACCCUCUUAAUUUCCAUCUCAUGGCUUUUAAAAAGAACCGCUAAGACUAUGCCUGGUUAGAAUAGUAAAUGUAUAUUGUACAGAACAAUUUAUUGGCAGGGAUCAGGGAGAGCAUGGACAAACUUAAUUCCAAGGAAAAAAUAAAUAUUAGAAACGUGAAUUAAAAACAUAAAAUGCACAACGUAUUGUCAUAUGUCAUCUUGUCACAUAAAAAGAUUGGCAGUGUAACCAGAUUCAGAUAUUUUUUGAAUGCAUAUAAAUGUAUUUUAGGAUUUGUUACUGGAGAUAUACAGAAGUAUUGGAGAACCUGAUAGCUUAUACGGCUGCGGAGGAGGAAAAAUGCUUCAAGCUCUUGCAAGGUGAGAUAGUGAGUAGAAUUACAUUCAGGAAUUGUGGCCAUAUCAAAAGCCUUUCAUGUAAGAGUUGUUUUUCUUGUCUAUUGGAACCCUUCAUUCCAAAGGCAGAUAUUAUCAAGAUGGAACAGUCUUAUAAAUACAUUUACAAAAAAAUGGUAAAGGUGAGGAUUAGAUUAGAGGAUAAUUUGAUAGAGAAAAGUGACAAGGGAGGUGCAUGACGGAAAUGAUCAAUGGAUAGUUACAUGGGAAGUAUGGAGAAAAAAAAAGGAGUUGUCACUAGCUUUUCCAAUGUCAGUUGCUCACUGAUAUUCCAUAAAUCCCAUCCAACAUUACAUCCCUGUUUUCACAAACACUGAUACUCCAUUUACUUGAAUAAGUACACCAACAGACUCCUUAUUGACUCUCCUGUCUGUUGCCAUACAGUGAAUGUAACACAAAAUGCUCAUGUCCAUGCGCUUGUGUGGUGGCACGUAACUUUUAGGCAAGGAUAUGGAAAAAUUGUUCAGUAGGACCAAGGCAUAAGAAUUGUAACAAUUGCAGAUUUCUGAUGUAUAAAGAGACCUUCAUACCAAAUAAGUAUGUUUCAUUAUUUAGUUUCAGUUAAAUACCUUGACUGCACAACUCCCAGGCCUAUCCUAGUUUGUGCUGUCUGUCUCUGCUACAGUGCUAAUUUGCGUUUAUACCAAUCUACUUAAUUUUCUUGAAACAGAAUCCGGACCUAUGAGCACGAGGCUAAGUGGGAAAAUGCCUUGCUUACUUAUGAUGUAGAGUCAAAUCUCCCUCAAGCUACACGUCAAGCUGGGAUAAUGCAGGUAAUAUUCCAACAUGAUCUCCACUUGUCAUAUCUCCUCCCAUGAACAUGUAUGAACCUAAAGAUUGAAUGUAAAUUGUGUACACUAAAUUUAUUUCUAGAAGAAAAAAAAUGCUAAUUUAUGUCACUACAAAACCUUGUAAAAUGAAUACCAUAUGCAUGUCUAAUAUUUAUUUGAAGGAUUUAGCUCACUGCUCAGUGGGGACAGAUCCCCAAGUGGUGACCCUACACAAGGCUUUCCUAAUUUGCGGGCACUGCCAGCUUGGUGGAUAUGAUACAAGGAGGAUGGUCAUAGCGGAAUGUUGAACAUACAGACUCCAAACACCAUGAACACUUCAAAUUGGUACCUGGACUUAGGAUGUAACCUUAUGGGCUUACACUAAAUGUGGCCAUAAAAUAAAUACUUUCUAUAUCUCAAAAGGAAACACAACAAACAUGUCAUAGUAACAGCACAUAGGUAUUUCGGUAGGGAUAUUAAUUAAACAAGACCUGUACCUGAAAGGUAUUUUAAUUUACAAAUUAGCAUUUACAUUCUUCAAGGGUGCCUUAUAGUCAACACUCUGCUUAAAAAUUAAAUAAAUGAAUGUGAAUGCAGUUAAAGUCCAUGAAUAUUCCAAUACUUCUGAAUUUUAGAGCUUCUGAUUGAAUAAUUAGUUGUUAUUUAGCCUUUGUUUAAUGGUUUGUACAGGCUUUGCAGAACUUCGGCUUAUGCCACAUUCUGUUUACCUACCUACGAGGGCUUGACCGUGAAAAUGCAGAAUGGUCAGCUGAGCUCCAUGAAAUUCACUACCAAGCUGCUUUAAGGAACAUGCAAUGGGAUGACAGCCCACCCAUCAGGUAUGUAUGAUAUUAACGAGCAGAGUUUAAAAAGGGAAAUAUAGAAUUAAGAAAAAGUUAUUUUAAAUCCGUUUUAUAUGUCGUUAUGGAAUACUGUCUUUAUCGUAUUAUUAUUUGCAAUAAGAGAUUACAUUUUUAAUAGCCAAUGUAAUGCACACAUAUACGUAAAUACAUGUUGUAUUUUCUGGCUUACCCUUCCUCUAGGAGUGUUGCUGUAUUUAAUGCCCUUAUUUGUUAGAAAUACAACUUAACCAGCCAAAUAACAUGUAGUUAGCCGAGAAAAAGUGUGCAUUAACGAAUCUUGAUUGUGUCUACAUUGUGCAAGGCUUACAGUCACAGAGCAAGGAUAAAUCAUGAGAUGCUCUAUUUAAACACAGUGUGAUUAGGAAAGCCUCCUAUCUUUAUAUAUGGAGAUAUAAUAUCACAAAAAUGCUCAGAGUUUCUCAAUCAUUUAUACAAAGACAAAUCUUAUUAUUUAGUGCUUGGCAAGCUGUUUAAAUUGAUAUUCAUGCCACAGUUUAUACAUAUAUAUAUUUUAUAUAUAUAUAUAUAUAUAUAUAUAUAUAGAUACAGAAUCCAGCGCACUCGCUUAUUCACUAAACAAUGAUUUCAAAUCUUAGAGAUUGUUAUAGUUUUAUUUAAAAACACCUCACUUAGGCAAAAAAAGAUGGGGGUUUAUUUACAUUAUAUGAUCAUACAUUGCAUAAGCCUGCCACAACGUCAAUGUACCCCAUUCUUGGCAGGUCCUACCCUAGCAGUCUAAUGCUUGCCCUUAUGAGAUUAAUCCACUUACUUGGGAAAUGCUUCCUUACUGGGACUCUCUGCAAGUCAAGGCUAAAUAGGGUCCUGGAAUAAGGCACCUCUUGGUUUUGUUUGUAUAUUUGGGAGUCUAGGCCAACUCCUUGGUUUUGCACCCCUCUGUGUCACAGGUGCCUCAUUCCAGGACCCUAUUUAGCCUUGACUUGCAGAGAGUCCCAGUAAGGAAGCAUUUCCCAAGUAAGUGGAUUAAUCUCAUAAGAGCAAGCAUUAGGCUACUAGGAUAGGACCUGCCGAAUAUGGGGUACUUUGACGUAGUUGGCAGGCUUAAGCAAUGUAUGAUCAUAUAAUGUAACUAAAUCCCCAUCUUUUUUUGCCUACGUGAGGUGUUUUUAAAUAAAACUAUAACAAUCUCUAAGAUUUGAAAUCAUUGUUUAGUGAAUAAGAGAGUGCGCUGGAUUCUGUAUCUUUGUAUAUUUUGGCCCCAGCAACACCCUAUAAUGUAUGCAUGUUCAGGUGAGUGCAGCCCUCUUGUUUUUUUUUUUGUGUGUGUGUAUAUAUAUAUAUAUAUAUAUAUAUAUAUAUAUAAUAUCUCAUUUAUAAAACAAAUCAGAAUUUCCAGUAAUUAUAUAUCAAAGUUUAUGACAUUACGUUGGUAAUUUUAGAUCUAACAUUUACACGUCACAUGAGGUUUUAAAAGUAAUCCAUUACAACAACAAUAUUCUUAUCAAGGUAUUUUAAUUGAUUGUAAAUGCAAUAAAUUAUACAAUGUACACUUACUACCUCCCACUAAGGCAUGAUGCUGCCGGACCUGGCCAUCACGAAUCGCUCUACCGUUCCGUACAGUCUUUGAGGGACAAAGAAUUUUCUGUCUUCCAUGAUCACCUUAAAUUUGCCAGGCAAGUAAAAUGUAAUUGGAAGUGAUCACUUUUCAAUGAUGAAAUUAAGUAUAAUGAUCUGCUGCUAUUAAAAUAAUUGGGUGUAAGGAGAUCUUCCAAUCUUUACAGAGAUAUAGGGGUUUAUAUAUAGACAUACAAAUAAAUAAAAACUAAAUGCUUGUAAGGUUCUGUAUAUAAUUUGGCCCUUCUUGGGCUUAAAAUCCCCAGAAUUAUCUGCUGACUAUUUGUUUAGAACAUCAAUUCUAUAUUCAAUCACUAUAAGCAAUUUCUUCAAACAUCAGUUCCCAGGCUGUGGUUGAAGUCUAAAUUUAAAAAGAUGAUAAUUUUGUUUGGAAAUCAAUCAGUCUGUCUGAUAACUACCAGCAACUAUUACAGUAGAUUAAGACAUUACAGAUAUCUGAUUAAUUUUACAGCUGACCAAUGGUUGCAUAGGCUGUAAUUAUCUUCAUAUAUUAUGGGAUUAUUGUAAAACGAAAUACGGAAAAACAGCCUGCAUAAUUGUUUUUGCCUUGAUUUGUUUUUGAAUUUCUGACCUUUAUGCACAGGAUAACUUGCUGUACCAAUAGCUUGUCAUUCUUUUCUUUCUUGGCAAGUGUCUGAGAAUAUAAGGAUUCAAGGAAAACCAAUUAAUUGUUUGUGAUUUGAGUACAGGGUUACACAAGUGGAAGAGCUGUGCAAAGGGAGCCUGGAGUCUGUGUACUCUCUCUACCCAGCGCUGAGUAGACUGCAAGCUAUUGGAGAACUUACAAAUGUCAGUCACGUGUUUUCCAGGUAUGUCCUUGUGGAAUCACUUUCACUAAAUAAUUAUUUUAUAUUAUAUAAUGUUUUUUGCAAUGAGAAUGUAUAAAUACAUCAACAUUUAAGAAUAGAAGAGACAGAUCUGUGUUUUGCAACUAUUCACCUCCUGAGUAAGAAUGCACAAUUUUGUUUGACAAUAUUUAAAAUUUUGCGAAGAUUACAACAAAAGACACCCAUCCUUGGACCCACAACAUCCAUAGCUGGAUGUCAUUUAGUGAUGUUGUCAUUGUUGUCAAAGAUUUCAUGUCAUAUAUCUUAUCCUGGACUGUCACAGCUGAAGAGUGGGAACAACCCACUGUUUCCAAAUGGCUGAUAUACGAACCUUGGCUGCAUUGAGCAGAUAUCUUGUAAAAAAAUGAAUAAAAAAAUCUAUAUAUAUUUAGAAACUGGUAGAGCAGAAAAAUGGAGCCGCAUGAAUGUAAGCAGUAAUUUAAAAAUUGCUAAUUUUGAAGAUUUAAGAUGAGCUGAUUAUUGUAUUGUCACAUGGAUGCUUGGAUUGUAUUUUGCUUUCAGGUCGGUCACCGAUCAUGAUUUAAAUGAGACUUACACGAAGUGGCAGAGGCAAUCCCAGCUACUCAAAGACAGCGACUUUGGAUUCCAUGAGCCGGUUAUGGCUCUUCGAUCUGUUAUCUUGGAGACAAUGCUUGAAAAAGAGACAAAUAGCUGCAAUCAGGGCUGCCUCAAAACCAUUCUCACCAAGCACCUGGUGGAAUUCUCCAAAUUAGCUAGAAAUGCCGGAAACACACAGGUACCCUUCGGUUUAUACCCUAUCGAAAACAUAACUGCCAUUAACCACACAAAAAUGUCAGGAUUCCAAGAUUUCUGGAUAUGCUUUAAACACUGAUAACUUGGUCAUAGAAUGGUAAUCCUGACUUUAUUAAUUAUGCUAGAAAAAAUUUACAAAUACAAAGUUUCUUAAAUGUUCAUCUUAAAGGAACACUCACACACCAAAACCAUGACAGUGUGUUGUAGUAGUUAUGGUGCAAGGAGAGCCCUGGCACGUCUCAAUUUAAGUAGGGGUACCAUUUGCGAAUGGUCUGAUGUUUUUUUUUUUUUUUUAAAUCUUUAAUUUUGCCAUGUCAUAACGUUACGAUACAUUAGUAAAGCAAUGGCUUGUGCAAAAGCCAGGUUAAGUUUCAGAUAACAAUGAAAUAUUGAUACAGAAGGCAAAGGUUUACAUGUUAGGUUAUGCAUGUUUUUAAAUGACCAUGUUUUGCCUGUUUGUGGUCCGUCAUGGUUUUUUAGUAUAACAGUUUCUAAGGAAAUAACUGUACAUUUAAACUGUAACACAUAGUAAUAAUAGGUAAGUACCUAGUUAGCUAAUACAACUCGAAAGAUCCCUACCCUAUCACAUCGUCAUAGAGUGCUGUGAGUGGUAUCUUUGCACCGGUGGGAGGCUGUUUACCCCCUGAUGUUGGCCCAGGGUCUCUCUGACCUAUCUGUCUCCUUUUGUGGGGCCUAAGUGUCAUAUUGCUCCCAUAGGUACCAUACUUUCUGGAAAGUGGCGGUGGUGUUUCUGACCUGUGCAGUCAGCCUGUCCAUGAGGUGAUUGUCUCGUAUUUAAGUGAUCACCUGAGCUAUUGAGGGUAUGUCGGGUUUGCCCAGUGUUAAGCUAGGGCUCUCCGUGCUGCUAGGUAUAUCAUGUUGAGCAGCUUCUACUCGUGUCUGUGGAGGCCAUCAGUCUGUCUGGACAAUAGGCAUGCCCAUGGGGUAAAGGGGCAGUUGCCUUUGUAGAAUGUUUGAACUCAGGGUCACUACCCUCUUCCAGAAUUCCGGAACCCUGGGGCGUUGCCACCACAUGUGGAUGUAGCUCCCUUUUUGUCCGCACAACCACCAGCAUGAGUCAGUAGUGCUUAGUUUCAUACGAUACUGCUUUGCAGGUGUCAUGUACCACCUAAAUAACGUCUUGUAGGACUGCUCCUAUAUUGUGACACAUAUGGAGGACUUUGCGCUUCCCUCUCAUAUGUCGCCAAUCAGUUCUUGAAGUAAUGCCUCAUCAUGGCUAUCAGAGGGCCUUCAUUUUGAUUUUUAGGUAGGCCUCUCAACCAGAGGUUGUUGUGUCUGGAUUUUUUCGCCAAGUCUUCUACCAGUAUCUCUAGUUUGGGUACGUGUUGUUCCAUCAAGUUUGAGUGGAUGGCUGUUGCGUUGUGGGCCUGUGCUAUCUGCUCGACCUUGGUCUUUAGGUUUUAUGUGCGGGCUCUUAGAGCGUGGAUCUGGACUUUUACCUCCCUGGAGCUUCGGGUGAUUUAUCCAGCCAGGUAGCUGCGAACCUCUGCAAGCUUGGCCAAUAUUUGGUUGGUGUCACCCUGUUGGCCCUACGGGGUCUCGCUGUCCGCCGUCAAGGCCGGUGAGAGGGAGCCAUGUGGGCUAGCUUGGUGGCCAUCUUGCAGCCUCCCUAUAGGGCGCAAGGUGGCAAACAUCUGCUACAGAGAUACUGGGUUCCUUCCAUUCUCCUAUCUUUUCUGCGCAGUGUUUUUGCUUCAGUUCCUGUGCCAGGCAUUUUUCGCUUCUUUUAAGUUGGUUUGUGAGGUUCGAUGCUAAUGGCUAGUGCUCAAUUGCAAGUGGAUGAAGCGGGAGCUCUGAGAUCAGACGACCAUUCAGGUUGGCAGUCAUACCAUGGUAUGACGUUUUAACCUGGGGUCAGCGUGGUGCAAUUACCUGCUCCUUUCCCUUCAUUCCUGAGAGCCAGAAAUGUCUACUGUUCAGUGCCAGCUCAUUACCUGAAACUGUCUCAGCCAAUGAGCUAAGCCCUGCACCACCAGGCUUAUGUAUUAUAUAAUUUCUCAAUCUUACUGAGUAAGGCGGUUUAUCCUAUAAAGUGAAUCUGUUCAGGUUAUGAGGCUGCUUCUCCUAAAUUUACUGCAAUUCUAUUGCUACAUAUACUGACAGAACAUGCAUGUCUAACAAUUUACACGGCAAUCCUAUUUUACUCACAAGAGUUUCCAAGCAUGCCUUGCUAUUGCAGGAGUUCUUGCCAGUAACUAUAUUGCGAUGUAUGUUUCCACAGCUUCCAGAGAAAGCAAUGUUUCAGAUUAAGAAACACAACCCGACCCAGUUAAUGGUGUCAGAGUGGCAACUUGAAGAGGCUCAGAUCUUCUGGGCUAAAAAGGAACAGAUUCUCGCCUUGGGCUUGCUGAAGCAAAUGAUUCAUAAACUGGAAUCUAACAGCUUUGAGGUUUGUCUCCAAAACUUUUGUUUUUUCUCAAUAUUAAAAUGGAAAUCUGAUAAUAUUGGAAUGCAUAGUGCCUAAACUAUGCUACAGUUUCUAUUCUCCCAAAAAAGAAAUAGCUUUAGGUGCAGAAAAGAAUAUGCCCAGCCCUGAUGCAAAAGCACUUUGUGGGUAAUUAGGGCAUAACCCAAAUUAAAUACUAUAUACUAACUAAUGAGGCUAAAUUCCCAAAAUUUAACUAAACCUCAGAAAAUUACCACCAAUACAUUAUUCCUCUUGGUAAUGAGAACACAUUUCCAGUUAAGUCUUUAUUAUUAAAAAUAUGCCACACAAAACACAUACAAAUAAUGUGCAACAAAAUAUAAUAAGUAAAGUGAAAUUAAGGGAACGAAUUGGCCAGCAAGUAAGAGUUGUAGUAUUACAACCUGUCUAGGGCAAUCCCUUAGAGCUCAUAUUUAAUCCUGAAAAUUACAGUCUGAAUUGAAAGCUCAAAGAAAUAUAUAUAUUUAGUAUAAUAGUUACGUUAUACCUAACUCUCGCUUGAACGUUAAUCAAAGUAAAUUCUGGAAGUGUCGGGCUGAAAAAAAUAGAGCCUGCUAGGGAGAAUGGCUAUAAUUGUACCCACUUACCAGGAAUCCAAUAUAAAAAGAUUCCAAAUAUAAAUGGAAUAGGUUUUUAAACAUUUAUUCAACAUUUUAAUUAUUAGAGAUGCAGAAAUGAAAUAAAAGGUACCUGUAGCAACUGGUUGCAGGGCAUUCCAAAGAAUUGUAACAAUUAAAAGCAGACACCCUAUAUAUAGUCAGUGAUUGUGUGCUCUUCUGAACAAGUGCUUCCAUGUUAUAUUUGGUCAAUUCUAUAUGAUUAACAAUAGUAUUUUGCCCUGCAUCUUAUUUGAAGGUGGAGAAUGAUUCCAGCAUACAGUUGAUUUAUGCUGAAUGCUUGCGGCUGUGUGGGAACUGGCUAGCGGAGACCUGCUUGCAAAACCCCACUGUCAUCAUUCAGAACUAUCUGGAAAAGGUAAGUUCAGGAGUCAGGUACUGCAUAAUCAUGGCUAGAAUUAUGCUUUAAACCAGUGCAGUCUAACACUGGAUACUUUAUUCCCCCUGCUGUCAAGCCUGAUGCUUAUUUAGUGAAUGCUAUAUUACAUUGUGCGGGCAAUCGAGGCAAGGUGGGGGCUGUGCAAAACAUUUUGAUUGCUACUUUUUUUUUUGGCUGCUUGGGUAUGUGCCAAUUUUUCCAAAAGACAAAGCAGUAAUUUUUACGAUGUCUGCAGAGAAGUUAAAAGGGAUGUGACUUUGUGACAGCCAAACUGACAAAUUGUGUGAUUUUGUAGUUGUACAGAAUGAAAAAGGAAAUAAAAAAUAAUAAACAUGAAACACUAAAAAAAAAUGUCAGUGCCAGGAUUUCCAGGCUUUACAACCUGACGUGAUAGGAACCAAUAGGCUGCACAAGUAAUGAUGACACAUUUCAAUAUUAGUUACUGAAACAAGCCUGAGAUCCUUGAGAAAGCCACAGAACGUUCAUCUUACUCUUUGUGUCUUAUGAUGAUCUUAAAGGACUGGGUUUAAUCAACGGUCGUUAUUGUUAGAAUGUUGAUAGAACGAGACAUUUCCUGUUUUUGUUCUUAGAAUUUAUCACGUCAGUUACUUCAAACAUACAAUAGGACACAUGAGGUUUCCAUUUACAAGCUAGGAUUAUUGUAUUGGCCAACAAAGUGUACAGGCAUUCAAUAGAAGAUUACGACACAUGGUGGGAACAUUUGUGAAAUAUGGAGUAAGGUUAUCAUGGAAGCAUUUAGGCUAAAAAAAUAGUUUUGAUUAAAAUGCAAGUUACCAAGAUAUAUAGAUUUGCAGUUCAAAUUAUUGUGAAUCUUCACAUUGUGGACUGUUCAGUGUUGUAAGUUCAAAAAUAAUGCAGAAAACGUAAUGAGGCUUUGGGUGCGUGUGUCCUGCUGUUACACCUUUACUCUUUGUCCAUGUCUUAGGCCGUGGAGGUAGCAGAUCAUUUUAGUGGCAGCGAGGGUGACAAACUGCAGGAGGGGAAAACAAAGGCCUUCCUUUCCCUAGCUCGCUUUUCGGAUGCUCAGUAUCAAAGGAUUGACAAUUACAUGAAAUCCUCAGAGUUUGAAAACAAGCAGGCUUUGCUCAGGAAAGCAAAAGAGGAAGUUGGACUCAUGAGACAGCACAAGGUUCAGAAUAACAGGUAAAUAAAUAUUCAAGUUAUGUAUAUUUAACCCAUUUAUUAUACUUCUAUAUGACACAGGCAGUGAUGCAGGAUUGUUGUUUUGGCCCUCUAUGGGCUCUAUGGAUAUAAAAUGCAAAGAAAAAUGCAGACUGUCAGCUUUAAUUUGAGGGGAUUUAGAUAAAUCCAUGAACUGUGUAGCAAUUACACGUUGUAGACCCCAUGCCCCUACAUAAGCACCCUGUCACUUGAGAUGCUAAUUAAAAAUCAGUGACACCUGCUAGACACUCUGUACAAUCAGCCAUUCAGAUACCAGAUGUUAUAACUGCAGUUAUGUGAUGGCAUUAUGCAUACUCUUUCUGCUAGAUAUACCGUGAAAGUUCAGAGAGAGCUGGAGCUUGAUGAAAAUGCCAUUUCAGCUUUGAGAGAGGACCGAAAACGGUUCCUGUGCAAAGCCUUAGAGAACUACAUCAGCUGUCUUGUCUCCGGAGAGGAACAUGACUUGUGGAUUUUCCGACUGUGCUCUCUUUGGCUGGAGAAUUCUGCUGUGUCUGAAGUCAACAGUGUGAUUAAGGUUUGUUUGUUUUUUAUUUUUUAUUUUUUUUUUGUUUUUCUUUUUUUUCUUAUUUUUUUGCUAGCACUGUAUUUAACCCUGUAACUUUCCAUGACACCAUAAAACCUGUACAUGAGGGGUACUGUUUUACUCGGGAGACUUCACUGAACACAAAUAUUAGUGUUUCAAAACAGUAAAACAUAUCACAGCGAUAAUAUUGUCAGUGAAAGUGAAGGGUGUUUUUUUUGCAUUUUUUACACACAAACGGCACUUUCACUAAUGAUAUUGUUUUGAUACGUUUUACUGUUUGAAACACUAAUAUUUGUGUUCAGCGAUGUCUCCCGAUUAUAACAGUACCCCCUAUGUACAGGUUUUAUAGUGUUUUUAAAAGUUACAGGGUCAAAUAUAAGGUUUGAUUUUCCGUUCUUUUGAAAUUUGCCAGAUUGAUUAUGUUGCAUUUGAGAGCGUAUGGUAGCCCAGGAAUGAGAAUUACCCCCAUCAUGGCAUACAGUUUGCAAAAGAAGACAACCCAAAGUAUUGCAAAUGGAGUAUGUUCAGUCUUUUUUAGUAGCCACUUAGUCACAAACACUGGCCAAAGUUAACGUUCAUAAUAGAUUUUUGCAUUAUUAACACACAAACAAAUUUAAAUGCUUACUUUUGCCAGUGUUUGUGACUAAGUGGCUACUAAAAAAGACUGGGCAUACCCCAUAUUAAAUACCCUGGGUUGUCUACUUUAAAAAAAUAUGUACAUGUGGAGUGUGAUUCAGAGAUUUAUGACAGAUAACAGUGUUACAAUGUUACUAUUGAUGAAUUUUAAAAAUACAUAUUUUCAAAUGGCAAUGUCCUACUUGUACUUAUAGCCCCAUAACCUGCAAAAAAUGCUAAGAACAUGUUGACAUUGGGUAUUUCUAAACUCAGGACAAAAGUUUGAAACUAUUUAGCACGGGUGUUUUUUGGCAGUUGUAGAUGUGGAAGAGAUUUUGAGAGUCAAAGUUAGAAAAGGUGUGUGUUUUUUUUUUUUUUUUAUUUCACCAUAUUUUAGAAUUUUUUUCAAUUACAUGAUAUGAUGAAAAUAUUGUUAUCUUAAGAAAGACCAUUUAAUGGCAAGAAAAACGGUAUAUAAUAUGUGUGGGUACAGUAAAUUAGUAAGAAGAAAAUUACAGCUAAACACAAACACCACAGAAAUGUAAAAACAGCCCUGGUCCUUAACGGUAAGAAAAUUGAAAAACAGUCUAGUCUCUAAGGGGUUAAAUAUUGCUGCUGUUAUGAAACAUGUCAGCUAUUCCAUUAGCUCUCAGCAGACAGUUUGUACAUAUAUGAAGUGUACUUGGCAUUUGAAGGCUAUUACUGCCCUCACUUUAACCCCUUAAGACCGGAGGGCGUACAAUUACGCCCUAUUUUAGGCGGCUCUAAACGCCCUCCGGUUUUUGUUUACUAACCCUCCCGUUUCAUUUUUCACAUUAAAAUUAAGCCUUUGAGACCCUAUGGUAGCCAAGAAUGAAAAUUACCUAUGAUGGCAUACCAUUUGCAAUAGUAGACAACCCAAGGUAUUGCAAAGCGGGUAUGUCCAGUCUUUUAUAGUAGCCACUUAGUCACAAACACUGGCCAAAAUUGGCGUUUUUUGCAUUUUUCACACAAACAAAUACUACGCUAACUUUGGCCAGUGUUUUGACCAAAUAACUACUAAAAAGACUGGACAUUGCAAUACCUUGGGUUGUCUACUAUUGCAAAUGGUACAUUUGGUGUAAAUUUCAUUCCUGGGCUAUAAAGUCCCAAAGGCAACGUAACCAAUCUGGCGAAUUUCAAUUUCAAAUGUAACGUGCUAUAUUUGACCCUGUAACUUCCCAAAACGCCAUAAAACCUGUACAUAGGGGGUACUGUUUUACACGUGAGACUUUGCUGAAUACAAAUGUGUAUUUUAUUGCAGUAAAAGCAAACAGUAUUAUGACAUUGACAGUUAAAAUGUCAUGUAGAACUAAAAAAAUAAAAAAAAAUCUUAUUUUCUCCCAUUUAUUUCAUAUUAAAUGAUGUUUCAUAGCUAAAUAUUUGAUAUUAAAUGAAAGCCCUGUUUCCCCUGAAUAAAAUGAUAUAUAAUAAGGGUGGGUGCAUUUAAUAUGAAAGAGGUGAAUUACGGUUGGACAGAUAUGUAGCGCAAAUGCCAGGUUUUGUUUACAUUUUGUUUCGUUCACAACGUGUACAUUUGGCUCAGUCCUUAAGGGGUUAAAGAACCCAUUUGUCUGUAUAUUCUGUUAAAUACUAUUCCCCAAUUUAGGUGUCUGUUGAUUAAGUUAUGCAUUCCAGGAUUUUACUACCCUUUACAUUUAGGAUAAGGGUUUAAACUUCAAAUACCAGUGCGCAGUGAUAAAUCCUCAAAGGCAUCUUUUAUAGAAUAAACUCUGUCUAAUUAAACACCACUCUUUAUUUUAUUUGAGGAGGGUCCAACAGAAUCAGAAUUGGAGGAAGCCCUUAUAUGAUUAUUGUGGUUCUUUUUCAUUUAGCAAAAUGUGGCAAAGAUACCUUCCCACAAGUUUCUGCCGUUGAUGUACCAGCUCGCUGCUCGGAUGGGAACGAAGAAAAUGGGCAGUUUGGAAUUUAUUGCUGUUCUUAACGAUGUGAGUUUUUUUACAAAGUGACUCGUAAUCAUGACCGUCCUUUAAAUAGUAACGUAACGUUCUAUGACACAGGUAGAAUUGUUUACAAAUACUAACAUUAUUAAAUAUGGUUCCUCAAUACCUGUUUGGAAGACAAUUCUACCAAUGCCAUUUGAAUAUAUAUUGUCAAAGAAUUCGCCACACUGGAAAACUAGAUUCACACGGUAAAGUGAUUUCUCCUGUCUAAAGACCAGGCCACAGUAUGUAUUGUUUAUGUCAACUUCAUCAAACUGGCCAUGCUGCAUCACACCAAAUGGACUGUCUUACAUUUCUUUCCAUUUCUUUGAAUCUGAGAUGUCUCAAGCAAUGUUUGUUUUAAUAGUUUAUGUCAUGCUGUUCUUUGCUAGCUUUCUAAAUGUGUGUAAGAUUAAUUAGAAAUUAUUAAAAGCCAUGCCGAGGGAAAUUUGCAUAUAGCAAAAAUCUUAAAUAUACAGAGUUAUUCACUAAAGUGAUAAGUCAAAGUUAAUUUCAAAUUGAAGGCCAAAGUAACCAAACUAGAAGCAAAGUUGUCUUAGAUAACUUUUCUGAUUUGUUUAUUUUGAAUUUCAAUUUAAAAUCACUUUGAAUUCUCACUUUAGUUAAUAACCCUGACGGUAUAAAAAUGCACAUGACAUAAUACUAGAUAUAUAAUUCAAACCAACACUAUAAUGUCAGGAAAACAAACAUGUAUUCCUGACACUAUAGUGCAUGUGUGGCUGUUUAGGUCCCAGACCCUCUUUAAUAGUUCUGAGAAGUACAUUUUACUCACUUUUUUUCCCUUACUGCGGCUGGCCCACCGCAAGGGCUGAGAUCAUCAAUCUUGAUGAUUUCAGCAAAUCCGAUGCUUUCCCGUAAGAAAUCAUUGGUAGGCUGUUGGGCCUCUAACUUCCAAAAAAAAAAAAAUGUGAGAUGCUAAUGUCGGGCACCACUUUACUCAGGGAUAGUAGUUCUUAUUGUGCUUUUGAAGUCUUUUUUUCUACAGCUGUAUUGCUAUUUUUAUAUUUGUAUUCAUGGUAAAUAAUAGUUUGGCAUGGGGGGCGGGGCCGGACCGCCGAGCUGGAUGGUCGCACAUGAGUUCAGCUCCUGCAAUACACCCACAAAUAUGCUUAAAAAUAUGGAAAAUGACCUAACUACUGACCGGCAGCAAGGGUCUUCAGAACCACGAAGUUACCGGAUCCUGGGAGAGGCUGGCUACCGGAGCUACAGUCCCCAGGAGGUGAAGCCCGCAACGAACAAGUUGGGGCCUACGCCGGCGGUGAGAGGGACAGACGGCCGCUGCCCCACUAUCCCGCCUAAUGGUACGAAGCCGGAGAUCAAGACCCGGGCGGUCCUGGCCCUGUCCCCCCCCCUCUGGACCGGUGGGGGUGAUCCUGGUCCUCACCCAGAGGCUACACAUCCAGGGUCCAGAGGUACUACCAUCCCGCUCAAAGGCCUGAACACGACAUCCAAGAUGGCGGAUGCCAUGUGCGCUGGGGCCGGGGAGAGAGAGUGCGCCCUCGCAGGGAGUAGAGCAACAAACUGGGUCUCUGGACAAGAGCCCAAGGGGCCAGAAGAACUCAAGCUCCUCACACUAGACACCGCAACCCCACAAGCGACUACUUACCAGCCCACUACACGGAACUCGCCAAAGGCGAACAGCGGAGGAGGCCUAGCCCGAGCCACAAGGGCAGCGGAACCAGCCCACACUGCACCCGACCUUCCACCGCCAGAGACUGCCAACCUCGCAACAGACCAAGGAACUCCCACAGCAAGGCCGACAACAUUCAUCGGCGGCCAUAACAGCGGUCUCAUCCAGCAGCCAACUGUAUCACACAGUGCCCAAACAUCCGUCCUGACAGGCGCUCACCUCGGGAAGUCCAGAAGAGGUACCCAUGGCCAGCCGGAGAAGCAGCCCAAAAGAUACCAACGAGCAACACAGCAACACUCCCGGAGGGGCGCUGCUUGAACCCCCGCACCAGAGGACACUCGCUCCCGGCCGCACGGACCCGCCGAGCCGAAAAGCCCUGGAACGCAAACCAACCCAAGAACUCUAAUCCAGCCAGGGUGAUAUAAUGUUCAUACAAACACCAUUUAACACUAGCAUGUCUACAUCUUAAGUUCUAUAGUACAGCAUACCGUUAAACUUACUUACUAACAGCCUUUGGAAGCACCUAUGUUAAUUAGUGUCCCAUCCCUAAUGUUUAAUCUAGGUUAUUAGACAAGCCAUUAGUUAAACGACUGAGUAUUGCACUCCUCACAUACUCAUUCAAUUAUACUAGGCUUAGCAUAACAAGCCACCUCAAUGCCUAUUUUGGACCAGUUAGCUGUGUAGCACUAUUCAGACCAGCCAUGCUGUUAGAAUAUGCAUUUUGUUAAGUUACUCUCACAAAACCCACUACGUUUCAUUCAAUGAUGUUACUACCUGUCACUUUCGUAACUUACAACUCGAUGUAUGUUUAUCUUCAAAAAUACAAAAAUGUGCCAAUAACCCUAUGCCAUCUAUGUGAAUAAUCUUGCUUUAAUGGGCUUGUACUAUGCUGUUGUGGCAUUGUCGGCUUUUAUGUUAUCUUGUGCACAAUAAAAAUAAAGAAUUAAAAAAAAAUAAAAAUAAAAUAGUUUGGCAUAAAUCGAAAUGUAAUAUUCAUAACAUAGUAAGGAAACGUUUAUAGGCAAUGUGUGUAAAUAUGAUCGAAAAAAACAUUGAAUAAAAUGUGUAUGUGGUUGAACUAAAUGAGUGUAACAAACAAACAACAUAUGUAUGCCUACUCUGUAAAGCAAAAACGAGAGAAAAAUGUUGUAUCGUAUAAAAAAAAGAAUGUAUUAGAGAAUAAAGCCAUUUUGUGAUGGUUAAAAAAUAUUUUCAAUAAGAAGCACAUUCCCAAACCUGCAAGUUUUCUAUUUUUUGGCAGCUUAUAAGCAGAGUUUGCCUGGAUCAUCCUUACCACACUCUGUUCAUUAUCCUCGCUUUGGCCAAUGCUAAUAAAGAUGAUGUCUUAAAGAAACCGGAAGUAGAGAAAAGAGGACGGCUCACCAAAAACGCCCCCAAGGAGAUCUCUCAACACGAUGAGGUGAAUUUUUAGGGUUUGUUACUAGAACAAUUGUUUGUAUGAGUCUAAUUAAUAUCUGAAUUAUUAUAACAAUGUUAGGUUUAAUUAAAGUGUUUUCUUUAACUUGGAGCUGGGAAUCUCUUAAAGAUAAGGUUAUAUUCUACUAGGAAUGCGGGUUGGAAAGGCCAUUUAACAUGCUUUUUGUUGUUUAUUUUUUUUGUUAUUCAGUUAAAUUCCUUGUUAUGUCUAUAUACUGCGUUUCAUCUAUUUAUUUUUAUUGACUUUUCUUCCUGGGUUGAGUGGAGGCUAAUUAACAUUCUGGCUGAGCCUAAUAUUGCAUGAAAGUCAAGACACAUGAGAUUGAUUACUCCCUACGUUUGCACACCGAUCAUUUUAAAAUCAGACACAUUUGCAAAAGAAAGAAUAUAAAAGUAAAAAUGUUGAAAAUGUAUUUUGGAAAAAUGUCAUGGUAUCCUUAUUACAUAAAAUGCAAUACAAUAAUAUUUCCUAACUUUAUCUGGCAGACACAGCGCACUAAAUAUAGCAAGAACGAAAGCUAUGUGUAUAUUCAUUUAUAUAUCUUCCCGUUAAAUGUAUCUUAUUUAAAUUUACUUAUGGAUCAUAUUCUAAUGCACCCUGAUAAGGAAGGACGCAUGUUAUUGAUAGUAUAAAACUGUGGAUAAUUGUAAUGAAUGAACAAGCUGAGAUGAUGGGGAGUUUAUUUAGAGGGUAUUAAUUAUACUACUUUACCAUGUUACUCUUUUUAAAAUGUGUGCCCAGUGUUUAAUAUGAACCCACUGUUUCAAAAGGAUCGAAUGGAAGCAGCAUCCCGUAUAGUGAACACAAUAAAGAAACAUAGACCUCGCAUGGUACAAGAUGUCGAAAGGCUUUGUGAUGCCUAUAUCAUAUUAGCCAAUAUGGAUGCAAGUAAUUGGAAAUCACAGAGAAGUAAGUAUGAAAGUACCUAAUUCUUAACAUCCUGUUUGGAUAUGCACUUCCUGCCCCACAGUACAGAAAUAAUAGAAUAUUGGUUAAUGCCAAGGGCACGCAUCAAAGCACACCAUAAAAUAUAAUGUCAGAAUAGCAGGAAAGAGGAGAUACACAUCGUGUCCACAUGUGACUGACGCUGAACAGGCACAUACAUGUUAAUAUGUAGACUUUGCUAUAAAGGAAUCACAAAAAAACAGAUUACAAAUGCAUGCAUGUCAUAUUGCAUGAACGAAUCUGAAUAUGUAGUGAAAUAAUUAUCUAAAGGAACAAUCCUUUUACUGUAAGGGUUAUGGUGUCAGGAGGGCCAUGUUGUUCUCCCCUUAUCCCCCCCACUGUAAGAAGUGAAAAUCUAUUUAAUUUCUUGUUCGGGGUCCGCUGGGCACCACUUCCGCCUCAAACCGAUACCUGGGAGAGAGAGGAGAAAGCAUAAUAGAAAAAAAAAACAUGUUUUACUGUGGCAGAUCAUGAUAAUUACAUGACCUGGAUGUGCUUAUACAUGCAUUUUUUCCAAUUAGGUGCCAUCCCCAUUCCAUCUGAUCAGCCCAUCACUAAACUGAAAACUUUACACGAUGUUGUGAUUCCAACAAUGGAAAUCAAGGUAUGUGAAUUGUCAGGAUAUUUAUAUCGGCAGACAUUUUGUGCUAAGUUAGAAAUUAAAAGUGUAUAUUGCCAGAGUCACUCAGAACAGAGCGGACUCCAUUUUGGAUUUCAGGCCAACAAAGACACAAAAUUUCUUUCCUUUCUGUAACUAGCCACUAGCCCGAGCUAAGGAAUGCAUUAUGUAAACAAGCCAAGUGAUAAGCAAUGAAGCAGGGGGAUGGAAUGCUCUGUUUAAAUGUUAAUGGAAUAGAAAUAAUUUUAAACACAGACACUAGUGACAGAGAAGACUAAGCAAUUAAUUUUACUCUCUAAAUUUUACAAGGUCCCAUUGUAAUUAAGGGGUGAAAUUGAGUUUAGAACUGUCAAUUUUAGAAAUUACGAUCAAAGUCGUUGCCACAAAGACUGAGGCAAACGCUUUGAACUGACAGAAAAUUUAAGUUAUGGUAGUCAUUUUAGAUAAGCCAAAUGACGUCAAAAUCGUCAUCAGGAAAAGUUAACUCUUUCCUGGAUAGGAAGGUUUAAUUAGGCAAUUACGCCCUCUAUUGACCAAAAACUAUAUAACGUAGACACACCUACAGUUUCCUAUUGGCCUUAUCAACUAGUGACGUACAGAGAGUCUGGCCCUUUAAAAGUUAGGACAAAGGGAAGAGAGGAGGUUAGUUUGGGCAUUCAGAUUCAGACAUUCAGAGAGAUACAGGACCGAUGUUCAAGACUCUCUGGGACUAACUCUCAAACUCUCUUGGACACAACUCAAACACUCCUUGACACUUAGAAUUUUACUAUUACUUUCUAACCAACAUCACGUUUCUCUGUUACUUACACACCUCCAUACAAUCAAUCAUACUCGCAUUCAGGUUCCUGGGACUACCUAUUCAUCUGAUGAGAACAUCUGCAUAACUGGUAAUUAUGCUGGUUUUAUUUAAUUAAUCUAAAUUAAUUAAAAUCUAAUAGCAUGAUAUAUGACUGGAUAAAUCACAGUCCGAUUUCAAUAUUUAGAAAUCUUAGUUAACUAAAGAAUAUAUAGUUAUAAGCAUUCCAUUCUGCUGGUGGAAUUAAGAAUAAUUAUAUAUUAAUGUGAUAUUAUCACGUGUUAGCAUACCGCUGUUUUUAUCCAGGUGUAUUGAUUUGCUCUAAAAUAAGAUAAGAUAUCUUUUUAGGCAAAUUAAAAUUCGGCUUUUGUAAAAAUCUGAUAGAUUAUUCUUAUUGGAUGGUUCCAGGAAAUGAUUGACCUGGUUCAAAUGAUAUUUUAAUUGAAAAUUACAUGAGAAUAGGAUACUAUAUGCCUAGGAGGAUCUAGCCAGCAUUGAAAGGGUUACUCAGUUGAUCUAACUGUUAGCCAAGGUUUUACGACUUUUCGCUGUGCUGUGUGAAGUUUUGCUUUCUGUGUCUGUGAUGUACCCUCAUAAAUCAGUUGAUGCUGUAGCUUUGUAUGUUUAGCCAUUACCAUUGUAUACGACGUUGUACUAAAAAUAUUCACUGAUUAUUAUCACACGUUACAUAUUAUUAUUAUUUUUAAUUUGUCACAAUAAAUUAUAUCUAUUUUUAUAACAAAUUGUGAUUUUAUUUGUAUGGAAUACAUUUCGCUUACAUGAUAACGAUCUCUAAGAUCUAAGAGAAUUGAAAUAAUUGUCAAUUCUCAACUGUAUAAUAUCAUCAUCCCAUAAAUAUCCCCACAGAAUACACUGUUGUUCUGUUCAACUUCACACUUUUUGAAUUCAUAGUAAACUCAGUGAGCUUUGUAAUAUCCCAUUUUACUCAUAAAACAUGCUUAGUGCACCAUCUAUAGUACCUGUUUAAACAUCAAAGUCAAAGGUUUAAAAUGUAUACUUGCUUUUUCAUCCUUAUGUGGUCUAUAAAAAAAUUUGUAAUUUUUUGUUAAACUUCUCAUGUCCUGUAUAAUUUGCUCUAUGGUAUCUGGGAUAAUUUUACCUGUUAUGAGGUCUGUACACAUCAUGGAAAUUCUGCUAAGAACAUGGUUUGGUUUAUACAAAACCCUGUAAAAGGCAUUUUUUGCAUUGCACCUCACUUACUGGGCUGAUAGUAACACAUUAUAUAUAUAUAUAUAUAUAUAUAUAUAUAUAUAUAUAUAUAACUCCUAGAAAGUGUACUCCAGAAGACUUCGUGAUAAGAGUAAUGCUUUUUAUUGUGUUAAGUCACACACUUACAAACCAUCAAUGUUUCAGUCCAUAUACCCGGACUUAUUUCAAAGAGAUUGGUAAAUAGACCAUGGUUUCUCCUUUUUUUUAUCAGGUUGAUCCUAGUGGGAAAUAUGAAAACUUGGUGACAAUUAGCGGAUUUAAACCCCAUUUCCGCUUGGCUGGAGGCCUCAAUCUUCCGAAAAUAAUUGACUGUGUUGGUUCCGAUGGGAAAGAGAGAAGGCAGCUUGUUAAGGUAUAACAAGGUGACACUGCAGUCCAUCACUGGGAUUACUAACGAAAUUUAUCACAGGCUUAACAAGGAUUCGUAUACAACGUAUUCUGCUUUUAUGCCUUUUCAUUACUCUGUAUCUCUUGUGUGAACUUCAGUAUUUAAUAUGAGGCCAUUUUUAGAGUCGUAUAAAACAUAGAGCAGUGUACAAAUGUUUGGGCACUAAAAAAAAAUCAUUUGUUGGAUUUCUAUGUGGAAAAAAAAUCCAUGUUCCCUCUUGAGUGGGGAAAAAAAACAAUUUUAUUGCACAGAUUUAUUUGCCAAAUUUAAGUGACUGAAAACAGGAAAUAUGACCGUUCCGACUGACUGUCAGUCUGUAUUUGGUAACAUCAGCUUUGGCAGAAACCAAAGUCUCCAAACAUUUUUUGUAGCCACCUAAAAGGUUUCUAUUCCUUCUUUAGGAAUUUUCCGACUCUUUUCCUUACAGAAUAUUUUAUUUCAGAAAUAUUCCUAGGCUUUGUCUCAUGCAUGGUAUGUUUGAGAUCAACCCAGAAAUUGUCAUUAAUAUUAUUCUGGAGACCUCGAAUAAUAUUCCAUAAUCUUAAUCUUUCAUUUAAUGAAGUUGUUUGUGGUUGAUUUUGAGUUGUUUUUCGAUAAGUAAAGUCCAUUCUUUACAUUCAAUUUUUACCUACAAUAUUUCAGGUGAUACCAGAGGCUAUACACCCCCACCAAAUGUACAAGAGACCAAUCCCAACUUUAAGCUUUAACAAUGUGUUCUUUUCUUCAAAUGCUUCUCCUUUUUUUCUUAAAAUGUACAUUUGGUCGUUUUAGCCAUAGAGCUCAGAUUUACUUAAUCAGAAAUGCUUCUGGUCUAUGUUGUGUUACUGUGAUGAGACCCUUCCAUGCAAAUAAUAUUUGUGUAAGCAUGACUGCACAGUAGACCAAUGUACUACUCAGAGCCUGCAAAAUCUACCUUGUUGUGUUUUGAAGUUUGCAAACCUAACCAGUUUGAAAGUAGUUCUAGUGAAGACUUUUCUUAGUCUUCGAGAUACUGCUGUUACGUCAGCAGUUCCUCCUAAAUUCCAUGCUUAAAGGAAAACCAUAGUCAUUCUAUCAUCUUCUUAUUGAUGAAAUUGGGUGCUUUUAGGGGUCUGGAGUGUCCCUUUAAGGACUGUUUCAGACAGUGGAAACUACAAGUGCUAAUCAUUUAGCUGUAACCUUCCUCUGCUUUGUAAGCAUCCAUUAUAAAUAUUUUCUGACCCUCAUUCAGCUGCUUAGACCAGCCCAUGGUUGUUGAGUGUAAGCACAGCACACUGAGAGUUUCCAGGAGUCAUUGACCAUAUUGAGCUCUGAGCCUGUCACCACUUGACUGCGAUGAAGGGCAGCAAGUCAAUUAAAACACUUAAGGUCCUCUGACCUAAAAAAGAAAUCAGUAGUGGGGCAAUUGAAAACAUGCCGAGACAUUUUCACAUCCAUUUUUUUUCUAUUAGUUAAAUGCAGCUAAUAAAUAAUAAAUGUGGCAAAUUUACGUUUGCUCAUUGCAGAGGUUGUGUUAAAUUCUUUUCAUGUAGACAGUCAACUAAAUAUGGUACAAUGGGUGCCAGGAAGUUUGCAUAAAACUGUCAAUCAUUUACCUACACACAAUACAAAAUGCUAAGCCCUGCCUACACACCACCACAUCGUACAAAUUCAAUAUAUAACAUACAUAUAUAUAUAUAUAUUGUUUUAUUUAUUUUCCCCUUUUGGUAUAUGUGUCUGUAGUACCCAAAGAUAUACAUUGAAAUUGGAAUAGUGUAUACAUUAACAGGGUUAUGUACAAAAAUGAAAAUACAAAGUGAAUUUCAAAUUUAAGGACUGGGUAGUCAAGCAGACAGCAUAUGGGGCUUAGCGAUUUUUUACCAAUUCAGUGAUCUUGACCUUAAAUUUGAAAUUCACUUUGAAUUAUCACUUUUGUGAAUAACCCUGUAUUUGAUUUUCACUUUAGCAUCUCCCACUGUAUGGGCCCAAUUGUUUUUUGUUUUUUUUAAAUUAUUAUUCAUUUUUCUUUUGCACAGUUUGGUAUGAGUGCAAUAGUUCUUCUAAUCAUUUAAAAGUAAGGUGCUGAUAGUUCUGAGCUUGGAAAUGUAGCUGUCGAGACAGUAAGGAAUUUGAUCUCUUCCCAACAUAAUAAAUUCAUUUCAAGAGUUCUACAUGCCUACAGAUGUCUACGCUUUCUAGACACACUUUAGGUUCUAAGCAAAACAUGCUGUGACAUCAUUUUGUUUUGCUGCACUGUGCUUAGAUCUACUUCUUAUCUAAAUAGUGCUGACACAUGGGUUCUAGUUAAGAUGAGGUAACAGCUGACAGCAUGGAGCAGGAGCUCUGACUGUGAGAAAACCGAUAGUCUGUCAGCAUAAAAUGCAAAGUCCUGGGAUUCGAGUUUUGCUGCAGAGUUGAAAAGUAAUACAUAUGGCAUUGAAAAACAAAAUUUCUGCUUCUGCAGAAUAAACUUAUUUCGCAUUGAGGGAUUUGCAUGUGUCGCUGUUAUUACAUUUAAAUCUUGUGUUUCUCGCCUUGAUUCUGUGUACAACUUGUUUGUAAGUACUGCUCUUGUUGUGAUAUCAUUCAAAGGGUCGAGAUGAUUUAAGGCAAGACGCUGUCAUGCAGCAGGUGUUCCAGAUGUGUAAUAUGUUGCUACAAAGAAACAGUGAGACGAGAAAGAGGAAGCUGACGAUCCGCCGAUAUAAGGUGAACAAGCACUGACUUGGUAUACAUGUGUGAGCAGAGUCUCAGUCACACACAAUACAGGAUUAUUUAUGAAAGUGAGAAUGUCCAAAAUUCCAAGGGAAUUUCACAUUUUAGACCAACAUUGCUGACGUGGAGAAUUUUUCAAUUUCGCCUGUUUUGUCCUUAAAUUAGAAGUUUACUUUGAAUUCUCUUCACAUUUCUGACCGUUUUCUUUUUUAGUAAAUAGCACAUUUGUAUCCCAUGCUGGUCAAACAUGACUUUACCCCCUAUUUUGAAAAUAUUAUACAUAACUCAUUAAAAAAACAAAAAAAAAAGAAUUUUUUUUUAAAUUUCUGAUCACAGCUUCUUGUUCACUUGUAUUAUAGUUAUUUAUUUAUUUUCUUUACGUGAGUAGUCCACUUAGUUGACUAUCGUCAUGUGUCAUAUGGAUUUUGCUCCUGGUUGCAAUGAGAAACACAAGUGUGGAGCAUUAUCAAUGCAGAGACUAUGCAUUGAGAUGUUACAUGAGUUUAUUUAUCAUUUCAUAAUCAUAUAAAGCUUCUGUUUAAUCUGCAAGUGUCUUUUAAUCUUUUAGAACUCCGCUGGUUAAACUAUGAUUGCCAGUCAUUCUGAGUCAGACAUUUUUCAUCAUUACAGGUGGUGCCCUUGUCCCAGAGGAGUGGGGUGCUGGAGUGGUGCACAGGGACAGUGCCUAUUGGGGAAUACCUGGUAAAUGCGGAGGAAGGGGCUCAUCGCCGCUAUCGCCCUAAUGAUUAUAGCAGCUUACAGUGCCAGAAGAAAAUGAUGGUAAUAUAUAUUUUCUUUAUAAAAACAUGUUGAUGUGAAGGUAUACUGAAAUAGUAUUACUUUGGGGUUUCUUAGUUUGACUAAUUGCAAGUUAAGCAGUUCCUUUAUGUUUGACUUUCAACGUAUCGCUUGAAGUUUGAAAACAAUGUAUACAUUCAGUACAGUGAGAGAGUUGAUGGUUUGACUUCUGUAGAGACUAGAAGAAGAACAUUGCCUUAACAUUGGAAAUAUUUUCUGCACAAUGAAAUCUGUAUACAUCUCUCUUCACAAGAGAGUAUUUAAUGACCUUGGCAAGUAUGUAUAUGGGCUGUAUCUAGACUAUUGCAGUUAAAUGUAGUAAGGGGGGAUUAAUGUGAUAUUCUAAGCACCAAGUCAACUUUUUUUUUUUAAAUAAGUUUUCCUUUCCUUAUGCCUCUUGUAUCUUACUUAUUACACACCCCCUUUGCUACUCUUCAUUAUUUAUAUCUUUUAUCUUCUCUUCCUUGCGCUCGAUCUUAAUAUACGGGCACCGCCAUUUUGUUCUCCUCUGUCCUUGGUGCCAGCUGUUUGUUCCGCUCUGGAAUUCUUCUGACUGAUGCAUUGUGGGUAAAUUGGCUUAGCAACUAAAACGGAACGUUACUUAAGUUCCGUCCAUUUCCAAAAACUGGCACAUCACGCUCCCCAUGAGAAAAAGUCCUUAGUCCCUACUUUUUCUCAUGCAUUUCUUAAAAACUGAAGUAAAAAAAAAACCGAAUGAAUAAAAACAAGAUGAAUAAGAUGGCCAAAAAAUGUAUUAUUAAAGGUUGCUCCAAGUACCAUGACCACUUCAGCGAUUUGAAAUGGCCAUGGUGCCUGGAGUCUGAAUGUGCAGUGUUUCCCUAUGACCUCUCUCCUGCUUGAGGUGGAACGCCAGCCACGGCAAUUUCAUUGGGGUGUAAUUGCCAAACCGAGAGGCAAAGUUCCAGGUUGGCUAAUUUAAUGUGUGCGCAGAAUAUCAGUCAAUGGUUGAGAGCGGUCAACUGAUGCCCUCAUUCAAUGAAUUGUGACAGCCAUGGUUCCCGGGUCCUGUAGCUCUGCAGAAGCAGGAUGCACAUCACCAGACCAUCAGGGAACCUCGAAGCCAGCCAGGACCCGAGUAACCCUUUUCUGUGUAACCAGGCCAAAGUACUCUGGGCAUCGUAACCGCUGUAGCUGGCUGUACUGGUUAUAAUAAUUGCAGUAACUCUUUAAUUUAAAAUCAAAACCUGUAAAGUAUCAGAGAGACACCUUAAUGAAGCAGUUUAGGUGUAUUGAUCAUGCACCUGCAGUCUCACUGCUCAAUUAUCAGCUUUUUCAGAGUUAAAUCGCUUGUUUUAUGCAUCCCUGGCUACACCUCCGCUAGCUGUGACUCACACAGCCUCAAUGAAAAACAAAAUGGUUUCAUUUUCAUUCAGCUCUUAUAGCACAGUGUGUUUACUUUAGAAGUAUUUAUCUCCUGCUGUCUUAAUUGAACUUUACACAUGAGGCUCUAGCAGGCUAUUAACAGAGGAGGAGAUACUAAAUUCAACGCACUGUGCAAUAACAAAAAUUUACAAAUUAGAUCUCUUUUCAGGAAAUAUUUGGGUGGGGGACAAUGGCUGAAUGGCAGAGAAUUGAGCAGUGUGAUUGCAGGGACAUUAAAUAUACCCCAAAGUUACUUCAUUAAGCUAAACUUGUUUUGGUACUUGCUGUCCAUUUAAUGUUCAGCACAGGUUAAAUUCUGUUCUGGCAGAUGUCUGCUCUCAUUACAAGAUAUUAAAAUAUAAAAACAAAAAAAAACAAGGUGUUCCAUGUCUCACAAAAGCUGUAGUGGUGUUUUUUUUACAGAUUUGAUUAAUCUAUGAAAAAACUUCCAAAUGAACACUUACUGAAUAAGAACUAUUGUGCUAAUGUGGUCCCCUAUUUUAUGUACUUUCUUCUCUGACGUUUGUUUUUCAGGAAGUGCAGAGGGCACGAUUUGAAGAAAAGUAUCAAACAUUUCUCAAUAUCUGUGAGAACUUCCAGCCCGUGUUCCGAUACUUCUGCAUGGAGAAGUUUUUAGAUCCUGCUGUUUGGUUUGAGAGACGUUUGGCGUACACUCGGAGCGUGGCUACAUCUUCCAUAGGUACAGCAAGUUAAACUUUGACACGACACAUUGUUUUUGGUUUCUUUUUGUUUUUUCUUUUAUUUUAUCAGAUCAAAAGCAAAAGUCUUUGAAAUAAGCUCCUAACGUAUCAAAGUAUUUUUUGCUAAUUCAGAAUUAUCUGCCAUUCCCAGGUUAUAUUACCCAGCAUUGCAUGCACAGUUAUGUAGCUGAAUUAAACCAGAAAAGACUUCAUAGUUUCACACGUAGGUGUGUGUGCCUUUUGCAUUGGGGGUGUAUCGGGAAUUUGUUUAAUUUUUUUUUUUUUUAGUUAUGGAAUUAUAACUUGCAGGAAUAUUAAAACUACAAGAAUAAGAGCCGUUUCUAUUCACUUAGCAAUACAAUUUAGCUGAACUAUUUUUUUUUUGUAUGUUAGCGACUCAGAGUUUAUAAUACUAACUUUAAAAAGAAAACAAAAAAUAUAUUUGAUCCAGUAUAAAAUAAGUAUUUUCACUGCAUUGAUAUGGUAUUGCAAGUGCUUAUUGUUUACCAGGGUUGGUAGAUGUUUAUAGAUGUAGUGAAUUAAAUGUAGACACCUAUUCACUGUACUGGGUGGGCAUAACCGGUAUGAAGGAGACUGCGUUUUAUUUAUAACUGGAGCAGCCAUACAAUAUACCUCAAAUAACAACCCUGCUGUCCUUUUUGCUGAUGGCUUUGGCAGGUUUUAAUCAUUGCUUACAAUAUGUAUUUUAAUGUAUAUUCCAAAUGUAAUGCAUGACCCAUAACCUGCUUGCUAUAUAGGAGAUUCUCAUCAGCUCUCAUACUUUAAGGCUGUAUCACAAGAAACCAUAUCCGCAUCACAUCUUGCCUCUACGUGUCUUGGUUGUUUUUAACCCCUUAAGGACACAUGACACGUGUGACAUGUCAUGAUUCCCUUUUAUUCCUGAAGUUUGGUCUUUAAGGGGUUAAACUUGGUCCUCGGCUUAAUAAUGUAACAAUAACAAUUUAUGUUAAAAGAGCCCUCUACUUUUUGGAGGAAUCUAGAUGGACUGACACAGUGGCGUACACAUGACCCAUGGGGCCCCGGUGCGAAAAUUGAUCCGUGGCCCCGCCCCCCCCCUCUCCCCCGCGCGCGCUUACUCGGCGCGGGUCGGGGCUGCAACACAUGGCGGCGGGCACCCGCGACCGCGGUAUGCACACACACUUAAAGGACCACUACAGACACCCAGAUCACAUCAGCUCAAUGAAGUGGUCUUGGUGCCAGGUCCCUCUAGUUUUAACCCUGAGGGUUAAUCCAGCCUCUGGUGGCUGUCUCAUUGACUGCUGCUACAGGAGCUUCCGCGAUUCUCACUGUGAAAAUCACAGUGAAAAGAGACUGAACGUCCAUAGGAAAGCAUUGAGUAAUGCUUUCCUAUGGGCGGUUUAAAUUCGUGCACGCGCCUCUUGCCGCGCAUGUGCAUUCGGAGCUGAGAGGCGGAGGGAUCCCCAGCGCCAAGGGAGUCCGACGCUGGAGAAAGGUAAAUGCUGAAGACACACACAUUCUCACGAACAGACGCAUACACACAAGCUAACAGACGCACACAUUUACUGAGAUACAUACACACUCACUUACAAAACAUACACUUUCACUGACAAACACACACUCACUAACAGACAUCAAACACACUCAGUAACAGACACACACAGUAACACACUCACUAGCAGGCACACACCCAAUAACAGACACACUCACUGACACACACACUAACACAAACAAACACACACACUAACACACAAACACUAACACACACACUAACACACAAACACUAACACACACAAACACUAACACACAAACACAUACACACACACACACGAACACACACACACACAUUUUUUUUUAAAUUUAAUCCCCUCAGCCUCCUUACCUUUUGGAGAGCUGAGGGGAUUCCCUGGGGUCCAUUGGUGCUGCUGGGCUCCUGGGCGGCCAGCCACUGGGUGGACUGGCUGUCUGGGUGGCCGGCGCGCGAGGGAGCACUCUCCCCUGUGUGCUCCCUCUUCCGCUCCCUCGCGCGCCGCAUAGGGAUGCCGGCGCCGGAAGAUGACGUCAUCUUCCGGCUCCGGCAUCAGUGCGGUGCGCGAGGGAGCGGAAGAGAGAGUGCUCCCUCGGGCGCUGGUCACCCAGACAGCCAGCCAGCCCGCCCGCCCGCUGGGAUCGGCAGGGCCAGCCUCGGGGGGGCCCUGAGAUGGCCGCCUCCUGGGCCCCCCAGGAGAAGAGGCUGGCCCUGUGGGUACAUACCGGGUCGCAGGGGUGGCCGGGCCCCCUGGUGGGCCGGGCCCGGUCGCAGCCGCGACCCUGGUAUGUACGCCACUGGACUGACAAACGAUUGCCUUCUACAUCUCUCUGGCAAUUAAAGUGUUGGGAGGAGCAAUUAGUGUCAUUGAUAAGUGGUAGAUAUUUAACAGUACAGAGCAUUGUAUGGAUGUUUCUUGGGCACUAAUGAUAGUAGUAUUAGUUGAGUUUAUGACAAUUUUCUUUUAAUGUGACGUGACCUGCUACAUUUUAAUUAAUUUGCAGUUUUAGUGCGUCUACUUUGUAAUAUACAAAACGUAGGUCAGGGAAUAGCAACCUAUGCUGCCACACCUCUCCUGGACACUUAGUGGUCAACUAACCAACAGGACCAUGGUUUCUCCAAGGUGGUCCAUAUCAUGUUGGCUCCUUGAUUGGCAUGCAUGAAUCUGUCAUAUCAUUCAUUGUGACUUGAUUUUAAAUUCCUGGGCUGGUAGUUGUUCCUGAAAGCACAUGCAUUAGACCAAUAAUUGUUCAGCCAUAGUGAACAAUAUUAUAUCCUGUGAUGCCCUACCUGAUAGAAGAUAGACCACAAUUGCUACAGUGUGCACCAAAGUUAUUUUACAGAUACUUACAUUCACUCACACACCCACCCACCCAACCAGACUUUCUAAUCAUCCUUUAUGAUCAUGCAGCCGAACCCUCAGCAUUUUUCGUUUGUAAGGGUACAUUUCAUUGUGUUGCUUUGUAACAAUACCUUGUGGUUUUACCGGCAGUUGGUUACAUUGUUGGACUUGGAGACAGACAUGUGCAAAAUAUCUUAAUUGAUGAAGAGACCGCAGAACUUGUACACAUUGACUUGGGUAAGAUUGUAAACACAGAGGAUUGCUCGUCUAAUAAACUAUAGGAUCUUGCUAAUACUUUAAUUUAUGUAUCUGUAGGAGUGGCUUUCGAACAGGGUAAAAUUCUUCCAACCCCGGAAACUGUUCCUUUUCGACUCACACGCGAUAUUGUGGAUGGCAUGGGCAUUACAGGAGUUGAAGGGGUUUUCAGAAGGUACUGCAUAUUUUUGCUUUUGUCACAUAAAUAUUAGUUAUUGUUUGUAUUUGUUUUUUUUUUUAUUAUUUAUUUCUUUUCCAAGAGACAUUCUAGUUACAGACAUUAACAUAUUACAUUAUCAAAGUAACAAUAAAGCACUACAUUCAUUUAUUUAUUUUUUUUAAACCAUUUUUAAGGGGACUCUGGGGAGCUAGGUGUAGGCUCUUAUGCACUGAAAUGUGAGUAGAGCAUAACUGAAAGUUGAGGUUUAGAGAGAGUGAGUAAAGAAUAAUUGGGGGCGUGGAGGUAAAGGAAGAGUUGUUAUACAGGGUGAGGAGAGAGGGUAUAUGGGUAAGAGGGAAGUGCUAAGAGUUUGGGAAGUACCCUUGCUUAAGUUGAGAGAGCAUUUUAAAUCCCAUAUUUUCUGUUAAUGUAGGAUCAAGUCGUGAACCUUUACGAUUAGCUUCCUCGUGCCAUAUUUAAAGCAGAUUUUGUUGUGGAAAUCUUUUUUUUAUAAAUGGCUGGUAUUGUUAUUUCAAGAAAGGCCAUCAAACGCUAGUAAAAUAUACUGGCCUCAACCAGCAGUUUAAUACAGAGAUAAGAACAGUGAGAGGAGAGAGAUUUUAUUCCUUAAAUACUGGUGGUGUCACAUACAUUUUUUCUGGGAUUGCCGAUGCAAAUUACGACACUGCCUGUCGGCUGUUGUCCACACAUUUUGAGCAGUGUUUCCCAUGGAGGCCUGUUUGACUAGCUAAGGUGCUCUCAUGUGUUUUCUUUCUAUGUAGAUGCUGUGAGAAGACGAUGGAGGUGAUGAGAAGCUCACAGGAAGCAUUGCUGACCAUUGUAGAAGUAGGUUUCCCUCCACUACCAUAAUCACGGACAAAGCACUGGGUCCAAACUCCCUUUACCAUAUGAUCACAUAUAACCCAAUACGUCAAAUCAUCCUCACCACCAUGAACACACAACUUUGGGUCGAAUCCAUUUCCACGACCAUGAUCACACACAACUCACCAGGUCAAAUCUCCCCUUACCACCAUAAUCACAUAUUUGACACAUUAAGUCAAAUCUCUCGCCAUCACCAUUAUAGAACACAACUCACACACACAAAGGUUUGGGCCAUAUCUCUCUCUCGACCAUCAUAAUCACACACAAUGUAUUGACUCAUAUCUCCCUCUACUACCAUAAUCACAUGUGUAUAAAAGUGUUUAAAUAACAAAAGUAGUGCACUUGUGACACGAUGGGUGGAUAUGCUGUAUAAAGAAUUCCUGCCAGCAAUACACCUGGAUGCCAGGUAUGGCAAAAUAGCAAUGCGGUCUAAUUAUUUACUCAUUGUGAGAGUAAAAUGUUGUAGUGUACCCUGUUGUGUUCUCCUGUAUAACGUCAAUUUAGACAUCUUUAUAAAUACUGUUCAAGUGUAAAGGUAAAAAUAUGACCAAACUCAUCGUGCUGAACAAAAAGCUCUCACAAAUAUUCAACAUUGCAUUUUCAGUUGUAAAUGGUACUUUCAUUUAGUUAGUUUUGUUUUGUUUAUUAUCAAUUUUUAAAAAUUGUUAAUUCAGUACAUUGCCCUGCUGCUUUUUCACAGAUGCAUGCCACCUAUCAUCUCUGUGAGCUGAUCACAGCAGGGCUGCUCUGUGUCCCUGUUUACUGCCUCUCUCAUCAUUCUCCGUUUGCUCUCUGUCAAUGCUCUGCCUUAUCACACAGGCAGGUUGCUCUUUUUCUGUAUUGUGCCGACCACUGGUUUUCCCUUUUCUCUGUCUUCAUAUGCUUCCAGACCUACACUCUGUCAUAUUUCAUAGUUUAAUUUUUUUAGAUGAUGUUCUAAGGAUCCUCUGUUCAUCUUAGCACUUUUUCUAUUUAUAUCUGUUAUACAAAAUAUCCUAAACCCUUGAUGAGAUGGCUCUCUCCUACAGAUUACUUUUUUGGUAGUUUUGACAAAAAUGGCACUUUUAAAUCGCUUUUCCAUUUCUUAAUACACAAUAAACAGCAGUAUCUGUUGAGAACUACUAUCAAGCAAGUGGAGGCAAUCAUCUCUGUUUAAAACCUGUGAUACUGUGUAUUCUGUGUAGUAUAGAAUCAUGUGAUACUGUGUAUUCUGUGUAGUAUAGAAACCUGCGAUACUGUGUAUUCUGUGUAGAUAGAAACCUGCGAUACUGUGUAUUCUGUGUAGUAUAGAAUCCUGCGAUACUGUGUAUUCUGUGUAGUAUAGAAUCCUGCGAUACUGUGUAUUCUGUGUAGUAUAGAAUCCUGCGAUACUGUGUAUUCUGUGUAGUAUAGAAUCCUGCGAUACUGUGUAUUCUGUGUAGUAUAGAAUCCUGCGAUACUGUGUAUUCUGUGUAGUAUAGAAUCCUGCGAUACUGUGUAUUCUGUGUAGUACAGAAUCCUGCGAUACUGUGUAUUCUGUGUAGUAUAGAAUCCUGGAUACUGUGUAUUCUGUGUAGUAUAGAAUCCUGAUACUGUGUAUAGAAUCCUGGGAUACUGUGUAUUCUGUGUAGUAUAGAAUCCUGCGAUACUGUGUAUUCUGUGUAGUACAGAAUCCUGCGAUACUGUGUAUUCUGUGUAGUAUAGAAUCCUGUGAUACUGUGUAUUCUGUGUAGUAUAGAAUCCUGUGAUACUGUGUAUUCUGGGUAGUACAGAAUCCUGUGAUACUGUGUAUUCUGUGUAGUACCGAAUCCUGUGAUACUGUGUAUUCUGUGUAGUAUAGAAUCCUGGGAUACUGUGUAUUCUGUGUAGUACAGAAUCCUGUGAUACUGUGUAUUCUGUGUAGUACAGAAUCCUGCGAUACUGUGUAUUCUGUGUAGAUAGAAACCUGCGAUACUGUGUAUUCUGUGUAGUAUAGAAUCCUGCGAUACUGUGUAUUCUGUGUAGUAUAGAAUCCUGCGAUACUGUGUAUUCUGUGUAGUACAGAAUCCUGCGAUACUGUGUAUUCUGUGUAGUAUAGAAUCCUGCGAUACUGUGUAUUCUGUGUAGUAUAGAAUCCUGCGAUACUGUGUAUUCUGUGUAGUAUAGAAUCCUGUGAUACUGUGUAUUCUGUGUAGUAUAGAAUCCUGUGAUACUGUGUAUUCUGUGUAGUAUAGAAUCCUGUGAUACUGUGUAGUAUAGAAUCCUGCGAUACUGUGUAUUCUGUGUAGUACAGAAUCCUGUGAUACUGUGUAUUCUGUGUAGUAUAGAAUCCUGCGAUACUGUGUAUUCUGUGUAGUAUAGAAUCCUGUGAUACUGUGUAUUCUGUGUAGUAUAGAAUCCUGUGAUACUGUUUAUUCUGUGUAGUAUAGAAUCCUGUGAUACUGUGUAUUCUGUGUAGUAUAGAAUCCUGCGAUACUGUGUAUUCUGUGUAGUAUAGAAUCCUGUGAUACUGUGUAUUCUGUGUAGUAUAGAAUCCUGUGAUACUGUGUAGUACAGAAUCCUGUGAUACUGUGUAUUCUGUGUAGUAUAGAAUCCUGUGAUACUGUGUAUUCUGUGUAGUAUAGAAUCCUGUGAUACUGUGUGGUAUAGAAUCCUGUGAUACUGUGUAUUCUGUGUAGUACAGGAUACUGUGUAUUCUGUGUAGUACAGAAUCCUGUGUAUUCUGUGUAGUACAGAAUCCUGUGAUACUGUGUAUUCUGUGUAGUACAGAAUCCUGUGAUACUGUGUAUUCUGUGUAGUACAGAAUCCUGUGAUACUGUGUAUUCUGUGUAGUAUAGAAACCUGUGAUACUGUGUAUUCUGUGUAGUACAGAAUCCUGUGAUACUGUGUAUUCUGUGUAGUAUAGAAACCUGCGAUACUGUGUAUUCUGUGUAGUACAAAAAUCCUGCGAUUCUGUGUAGUAUAGAAUCCUGUGAUACUGUGUAUUCUGUGUAGUAUAGAAUCCUGUGAUACUGUGUAUUCUGUGUAGUAUAGAAUCCUGUGAUACUGUGUAUUCUGUGUAGUAUAGAAACCUGUGAUACUGUGUAUUCUGUGUAGUAUAGAAUCCUGUGAUACUGUGUAUUCUGUGUAGUACAAAAAUCCUGCGAUUCUGUGUAUAGAAUCCUGUGAUACUGUGUAUUCUGUGUAGUAUAGAAUCCUGUGAUACUGUGUAUUCUGUGUAGUAUAGAAUCCUGUGAUACUGUGUAUUCUGGGUAGUAUAGAAUCCUGUGAUACUGUGUAUUCUGUGUAGUACAGAAUCCUGUGAUACUGUGUAUUGUGUGUAGUACAGAAUCCUGUGAUACUGUGUAUUCUGUGUAGUAUAGAAUCCUGUGAUACUGUGUAUUCUGUGUAGUACAGAAUCCUGUGAUACUGUGUAUUCUGUGUAGUAUAGAAUCCUGUGAUACUGUGUAUUCUGUGUAGUACAGAAUCCUGUGUAUACUGUGUAGUACAGAAUCCUGUGAUACUGUGUAUUCUGUGUAGUACAGAAUCCUGUGAUACUGUGUAUUCUGUGUAGUAUAGAAACCUGUGAUACUGUGUAUUCUGUGUAGUACAGAAUCCUGUAAUACUGUGUAUUCUGUGUAGUAUAGAAACCUGCGAUACUGUGUAUUCUGUGUAGUACAAAAAUCCUGCGAUUCUGUGUAGUAUAGAAUCCUGUGAUACUGUGUAUUCUGUGUAGUAUAGAAUCCUGUGAUACUGUGUAUUCUGUGUAGUAUAGAAUCCUGUGAUACUGUGUAUUCUGUGUAGUAUAGAAACCUGCGAUACUGUGUAUUCUGUGUAGUAUAGAAUCCUGUGAUACUGUGUAUUCUGUGUAGUAUAGAAUCCUGCGAUACUGUGUAUUCUGUGUAGUAUAGAAUCCUGCGAUACUGUGUAUUCUGUGUAGUAUAGAAUCCUGCGAUACUGUGUAUUCUGUGUAGUAUAGAAUCCUGCGAUACUGUGUAUUCUGUGUAGUAUAGAAACCUGCGAUACUGUGUAGUAUAGAAUCCUGCGAUACUGUGUAUUCUGUGUAGUAUGGAAUCCUGGGAUACUGUGUAUUCUGUGUAGUAUAGAAUCCUGGGAUACUGUGUAUUCUGUGUAGUAUAGAAUCCUGGGAUACUGUGUAUUCUGUGUAGUAUAGAAUCCUGCGAUACUGUGUAUUCUGUGUAGUAUAGAAUCCUGCGAUACUGUGUAUUCUGUGUAGUACAGAAUCCUGCGAUACUGUGUAUUCUGUGUAGUAUAGAAUCCUGCGAUGCUGUGUAUUCUGUGUAGUAUAGAAUCCUGUGAUGCUGUGUAUUCUGUGUAGUAUAGAAUCCUGUGAUACUGUGUAUUCUGUGUAGUACAGAAUCCUGUGAUACUGUGUAUUCUGUGUAGUACAGAAUCCUGUGAUACUGUGUAUUCUGUGUAGUAUAGAAUCCUGUGAUACUGUGUAUUCUGUGUAGUACAGAAUCCUGUGAUACUGUGUAUUCUGUGUAGUAUAGAAUCCUGUGAUACUGUGUAUUCUGUGUAGUACAGAAUCCUGUGAUACUGUGUAUUCUGUGUAGUACAGAAUCCUGUGAUACUGUGUAUUCUGUGUAGUAUAGAAUCCUGUGAUACUGUGUAUUCUGUGUAGUACAGAAUCCUGUAAUACUGUGUAUUCUGUGUAGUAUAGAAACCUGCGAUACUGUGUAUUCUGUGUAGGCAUUGUGAAUCCUGCGAUACUGUGUAUUCUGUGUGUAUAGAAACCCGGCGAUACUGUGUAUUCUUGUGUAGUACAAAAUCCUGGGCGUAUUCUGUGUAGUACAGAAUCCUGUGAUACUGUGUAUUCUGUGUAGUACAGAAUCCUGUGAUACUGUGUAUUCUGUGUAGUACAGAAUCCUGUGUAUUCUGUGUAGUAUAGAAACCUGUGAUACUGUGUAUUCUGUGUAGUAUAGAAACCUGCGAUACUGUGUAUUCUGUGUAGUACAAAAAUCCUGCGAUUCUGUGUAGUAUAGAAUCCUGUGAUACUGUGUAUUCUGUGUAGUAUAGAAUCCUGUGAUACUGUGUAUUCUGUGUAGUACAGAAUCCUGUGAUACUGUGUGUUCUGUGUAGUAUAGAAUCCUGCGAUACUGUGUAUUCUGUGUAGUAUAGAAUCCUGCGAUACUGUGUAUUCUGUGUAGUACAGAAUCCUGUGAUACUGUGUAUUCUGUGUAGUAUAGAAUCCUGUGAUACUGUGUAUUCUGUGUAGUACAGAAUCCUGCGAUACUGUGUAUUCUGUGUAGUAUAGAAUCCUGUGAUACUGUGUAUUCUGUGUAGUAUAGAAUCCUGUGAUACUGUGUAUUCUGGGUAGUAUAGAAUCCUGUGAUACUGUGUAUUCUGGGUAGUAUAGAAUCCUGUGAUACUGUGUAUUCUGUGUAGUACAGAAUCCUGUGAUACUGUGUAUUCUGUGUAGUACAGAAUCCUGCGAUACUGUGUAUUCUGUGUAGAUAGAAACCUGCGAUACUGUGUAUUCUGUGUAGUAUAAGGCUAGAAUCCCGCGAAUACUGUGUAUUCUGUGUAGUAUAGAAUCCCAUACUGUGUACUGUGCAAAAGCCAGAAUCCUUAUACUGUGUAUUCUGUGUAGUAUAGAAUCCUGUGAUACUGUGUAUUCUGUGUAGUAUAGAAUCCUGUGAUACUGUGUAUUCUGUGUAGUAUAGAAUCCUGUGAUACUGUGUAUUCUGGGUAGUAUAGAAUCCUGUGAUACUGUGUAUUCUGUGUAGUACAGAAUCCUGUGAUACUGUGUAUUGUGUGUAGUACAGAAUCCUGUGAUUCUGUGUAGUAUAGAAUCCUGUGAUACUGUGUAUUCUGUGUAGUAUAGAAUCCUGUGAUACUGUGUAUUCUGUGUAGUAUAGAAUCCUGUGAUACUGUGUAUUCUGUGUAGUAUAGAAUCCUGUGAUACUGUGUAUUCUGUGUAGUACAGAAUCCUGUGAUAUUGUGUAUUCUGUGUAGUAUAGAAUCCUGCGAUACUGUGUAUUCUGUGUAGUAUAGAAUCCUGUGAUACUGUGUAUUCUGUGUAGUAUAGAAUCCUGUGAUACUGUGUAUUCUGUGUAGUAUAGAAACCUGCGAUACUGUGUAUUCUGUGUAGUACAAAAAUCCUGCGAUUCUGUGUAGUAUAGAAUCCUGUGAUACUGUGUAUUCUGUGUAGUAUAGAAUCCUGUGAUACUGUGUAUUCUGUGUAGUAUAGAAUCCUGUGAUACUGUGUAUUCUGUGUAGUACAGAAUCCUGGGAUACUGUGUAUUCUGUGUAGUAUAGAAUCCUGCGAUACUGUGUAUUCUGUGUAGUAUAGAAUCCUGCGAUACUGUGUAUUCUGUGUAGUAUAGAAUCCUGCGAUACUGUGUAUUCUGUGUAGUAUAGAAUCCUGCGAUACUGUGUAUUCUGUGUAGUAUAGAAUCCUGCGAUACUGUGUAUUCUGUGUAGUAUAGAAUCCUGCGAUACUGUGUAUUCUGUGUAGUAUAGAAUCCUGCGAUACUGUGUAUUCUGUGUAGUAUAGAAUCCUGCGAUACUGUGUAUUCUGUGUAGUAUAGAAUCCUGCGAUACUGUGUAUUCUGUGUAGUACAGAAUCCUGUGAUACUGUGUAUUCUGUGUAGUACAGAAUCCUGUGAUACUGUGUAUUCUGUGUAGUACAGAAUCCUGUGUAUUCUGUGUAGUAUAGAAACCUGUGAUACUGUGUAUUCUGUGUAGUAUAGAAACCUGCGAUACUGUGUAUUCUGUGUAGUACAAAAAUCCUGCGAUUCUGUGUAGUAUAGAAUCCUGUGAUACUGUGUAUUCUGUGUAGUAUAGAAUCCUGUGAUACUGUGUAUUCUGUGUAGUACAGAAUCCUGUGAUACUGUGUGUUCUGUGUAGUAUAGAAUCCUGCGAUACUGUGUAUUCUGUGUAGUAUAGAAUCCUGCGAUACUGUGUAUUCUGUGUAGUACAGAAUCCUGUGAUACUGUGUAUUCUGUGUAGUAUAGAAUCCUGCGAUACUGUGUAUUCUGUGUAGUAUAGAAUCCUGUGAUACUGUGUAUUCUGUGUAGUAUAGAAUCCUGUGAUACUGUUUAUCCUGUGAUACUGUGUAUUCUGUGUAGUAUAGAAUCCUGUGAUACUGUGUAUUCUGUGUAGUAUAGAAUCCUGUGAUACUGAUACUGUGUAUUCUGUGUAGUAUAGAAUCCUGUGAUACUGUGUAUUCUGUGUAGUACAGAAUCCUGUGAUACUGUGUAUUCUGUGUAGUAUAGAAUCCUGUGAUACUGUGUAUUCUGUGUAGUAUAGAAUCCUGUGAUACUGUGUAUUCUGUGUAGUAUAGAAUCCUGUGAUACUGUGUAUUCUGUGUAGUAUAGAAUCCUGCGAUACUGUGUAUUCUGUGUAGUAUAGAAUCCUGUGAUACUGUGUAUUCUGUGUAGUAUAGAAUCCUGCGAUACUGUGUAUUCUGUGUAGUAUAGAAUCCUGCGAUACUGUGUAUUCUGUGUAGUAUAGAAUCCUGCGAUACUGUGUAUUCUGUGUAGUAUAGAAUCCUGUGAUACUGUGUAUUCUGUGUAGUAUAGAAUCCUGUGAUACUGUGUAUUCUGUGUACAAUAGAAUCCUGCUGAAGUCUGUAUAUCUGUGUAUUCAGUUUGUGUAGUACAUCCCUGUGAUGUACUGUGUAUUCUGUAGAAUAGUAUAGAAUCCUGCAUAAACUUUGGUUGGUAUUGACGUUUGAUAAAACAUUUAUUCUAGUGUUGAUCGUAAAAGAUAUAGCUAACAUGUCCUGUGUGGAUUGCCCUACAGGUCCUACUCUAUGAUCCACUAUUUGAUUGGACAAUGAAUCCCCUCAAAGCACUUUACCUACAGCAAGACGAAGGGGAUCCUCAAUGCAACCCUCUGUGCGGUGAUGACCUGUGAUACUGUGUAUUCUGUGUAAUAGCAAUCGAAAUACCUGUGUGAUUUUAUUUUGUUUGCUAUAGAAGUCUGUAUAUUAUUUUUGACGUACUAUAAUAAAAGAAGCCUAUAUUAUACUGUAUUCAGCUUUGUGUAGAAGUAUGUGUUACUGCAUAUUUUGUUUAGUACAGAGACCUGUAUUACAAAAUAUUAUCUUUGCUGUUUAGUGUAGCAGCCUGCUGUAUUGUAUAUAAUGUAUAGUGAAUAAGCCUGUAGAAUUAUAUAUUUUACUUAGUAUAGAAGCCUGCUGCACUAUAUAUACUCUUGAGUAGAGAAUCAUUUGAGUAGAGAAACAUUUGGUUGGUAUUGACGUUUGAUAAAACAUUUAUUCUAGUGUUGAUCGUAAAAGAUAUAGCUAACAUGUCCUGUGUGGAUUGCCCUACAGGUCCUACUCUAUGAUCCACUAUUUGAUUGGACAAUGAAUCCCCUCAAAGCACUUUACCUACAGCAAGACGAAGGGGAUCUCAAUGCAACCCUCGGCGGUGAUGACCCAGAAUGCAAUCGAAAUACAUGGUAAUGUCAUUUGAUUCUAAUCUCAAGAAUCACAGUUUGUUUAAAAAAAAAAAAAAGAAUGGCGAAUAGCUGAUGCACCAAUUUAAAAAAAAGUAAAAUCUAUAUUGUGCUGCACAGCAUAGGGUAUGGACCUCUGUGCUUGUUUAUACUGUUUUGUCCAUAAUGUUCUGUUUAUUUUCCCCAACUGUACAGCGCCAUGGAAUUUGUUGGUGCUUUAAGAAUAGCAAUAAUAAUUUUGAAGGUAACACUUUGACAAAUUAGCACUUAUUUUUAAACGUUUCACAUUUUUUGGUUGUUUUAAAAAAAUUGCACAUUUCUGCUGUCUACAAUUCCAUCCAUCUAAAGUGCAACUUGGACUGACCCCAAACAUGAGUGGUUUGUGAAGUCCUCAAUCUCUGAGCAGCUUACUUCACUGCCAAGUUUAAUUAAAUUGGUGUCUCGGGCAGAUUUUAGUUUUUUCUUCUGCUCCUUUUUUAAAAAAAACAAAAAAAAACUUGUGAUUGACUAAAGGCUGAAUAAUAAGUGCGUAAGAUAUGGCGUUAGUGCAUAUGUAACUCAUCCUUGGGUCUUAGUCCUGGAUUCUAUUUGAUACAUAGCUCAGAAAGUUUGCACAUUGAUUUCACCAUCACUUCACUGACAAUCUGCAGUAGCUGAAUAAGGGAAAAGGUUGCCAGAGCGGAGAUGGAAGGGGACUCUUUCCCCCAUACUAAUGAAAUACAUUAUUGAAUUCCAGAAGAUUAUAAUAUUUUUUCCCCUUAUAAUGACUCUUAUGUUUGUGCACUAGAGACAAGUUCCAGUUUGUAAAACAUUUUAUAUUAAUAUCGUAAAAUGCAUUUCUAGAGUAUUUUACUUUUUUAACUGACAUUUAUUGUUAUCAUUAUUUUCAUCAGCAGUGACACACAGAGCUUUAAUAAAGUGGCAGAACGUGUUCUCCUUCGUCUCCAAGAGAAGUUGAAAGGGGUGGAAGAGGGAAUGGUUCUGAAUGUUGGAGGACAAGUGAACCUGCUCAUACAGCAAGCUAUGGACCCAAAAAAUCUCAGCAAACUUUUCCCUGGCUGGAAGGCCUGGGUGUAGCUCUUGGUCAUAAAAUGUAUACUUCUGCACUAUGCAUGUAAAUGGUAACAUGAUAAAAUAUGUAAAAGGUUGCCACAGUUAAAUGUAUGCACAAUAGAUGAACUCUGGUCAAUAUUUCAAUUUAAGAAUCACAGUUUCCAAUGCGGCAAUUACAUAUUUUGAAGUCCUGAAAAUAAAAUUCACAUUAAAGAAACACUAUAGCGUCAGGAAUGCAAACGGGUGUAUUCCUAACUCUAUAGUGUCCUGCUCGCAGUUUCCCCCCUCCUUCACCUGCACCCCUUUUAUCCUGUAACAUUUUAUAGCAAAAUGUGUUAAAGGUACAUGAGAAAUCCCUAAGGAGAUUCAAACAAACUGUUUAAUAAAUGUGUACAAAGCACUUUAGAAAAAAAACUAAAAACUUUUAUUUUCCAGUUAUGAAAAAAAUUCCACUCAAAUAAUGUUUGUGACUUUUUAUUCAGAGACUAUAAAUUGAUAUGUUAUUUGUUGUUAUUUUUACUAACAUUGUUUGCGAUCUGGAUGUUAGUGGUUCUAAACUGGUUUGAUUGUUAAACUUCAUUUCGGAACAUGCUGUAGCUGUAUAUUUUCUUACUAAUAAAGUCAUGUUCUAUAUGUUUUAUUUUUAUGUUUUACACAUGACAUCUACUGUAUUUAUUUUAAAUUGCGUGUACUUUAUUACCAAAACUAUAUUGAACUUUAAAGGGACACUCCGUUAAUGUAGUGGUUUUGGUACCUAGAUGCUGUCCCUGCAUUGUGUCAAAUGCAAGCAUGGCUUACAUGUCAUUUGUUAGUCAGUGGACCUCUAGUGUCUGUCAAUCAAAGAGUCAUUAGAGGCACAUCAUAGUGAACAUGUUAAAAAUGUACAGUCUUCAUGUCGAACACAAUUAAGCCUCCCGAUAAAAAAAGCAUUUGAAUUUUCAAAAACAUCCAUCCAGACAUUUUCAGCCAAAGGUGGACCAGUGUGCGGAGCAAGAUUGGGACACUGCUGAAUUAAAGUUGAAUAUAAAUGUAUUUUUUUACUUUCUACGUGUAUUAUAAUCAUAUGGCAUGUAAGUACAUUUUUUAACCCAACAUAUUCCUUGAAUGUGAAAAUACCUUCAUGUAAACUUACUUCCCAAUGCUUUGUAUGUGGAAGCUCCACUUGUGUCAAUAUAAGGAGUUUAUUGGCUGAAUUAAAAGUUCAGUCUUUUCGCUUUUUAGUUGUCAUCUUUCCACAUUUAAAGUAAGAGGUUGAGUUAAAUAACAGAUUUAAAACUUUAACACAGUAGAAGAAGAGAGGCAUGGGGCUGAAAGAGGAAGAAUUCAAUCUUAAGUAAAAGUCUUUUCUAUCUGAAAGUUGAGUAUCCUGGAUAUUCAGGGAAAUGAAUGUAGAGGAGUUUCAUGAUUGGAUGCUCCUUAAGCUACGAAGUUUAAACUUUACUGGAUUGAAGUGAUUUUCCACUUUGUGGACCAUAUUUUGUUGAACAUGUUUAUAUGCCUUGUUAUAAACUGUAUGUUACAUACCAAGAAAAAAGUAUUGUUGAUUGCUUAAGGAAUCAGCUAGUUGCAUUAUUUCUACUGUGAAGGGUAAAUCCAAUUUUUACGCAAAAGAGUGAACUCUAUGGCUGAAGCAAGAUUGUUUAAGCCUUCCCUCACUGUGUUUUAGAGGCAUUCUCAUAACCUUUAAAUCGGAGAGUUAGAUGGAAGUGAAAAAUGUAAUAUGCAGUUGGGCCAGGGGACAUUACCACAUUGAAAGUCUUGGAUAUGUAUGAAUAUGGUGAUCUUGGUUGGGCUUUAUCUCUCUCGGUUGCAAUAAGCUAAAGGGAUUAUGGGGCAGAUGUUAUUAACGUGAUGAGAAUGCAAGUGUAUCAAUUGGUUGCACAUGGAAAAGUCCAUAUUUCAUCUGAUUCUUUAAAACCAAAUACCUUAGUCUCUGGCACCCACUACAAGACCACCAACGUAAAUUGCUUGUGUUGUAAGUGUGUAACACAGGUCCUCGCCAUACUGGAAGCAUUUCGUAGGCAAUGUGUAAAACAUAUCAAUGACCUAUUCCAAGCAAUCUUUUGAUGAGUUGUUAUAACUGUGGCUCAUCUUCAUUUCUGAUGCUCAUGGAGGAUGCCGGGCUGAUUGGAAAAAUUUGAGAGAAUUCGUGGAGAUCGUAUGGUGAGCGAAUUAAUGUUGUAC